AUGGCUGAUUGUGUUACAAUUAGGAAAAAGCACCUCCAGAGACCAAUCUUUAGGUAAGUAGUGCCAUGAUCAUUUCUUGGGAUUAGAGUAAUUCUUCUGAACUUUUCCUCUUGCAUCUCUUCUUGCUAACUUGGAUUUCAGAUGUGAAAGCAAAUAAGAGGCUCUGCACAGCAGGAGUCUAAAGUUUAACUCGCUCUGCGUGCCAGCAAUGUCCUCCCCCCCAUAAUGAUAUAGUCAUUUUCGUGGAAGUCGGAGUAAAUGUUCUGAGACAUUUGUUGCGGAAGCUUAAGAGGGAGGAAAACAACAGCAACAACUGAAAAGAGACUGAAACUUUCUACGAAGUUUUCUGUGGCAUUUCCAUGCUUGCAAAAGAUGCACAGAAACCUUUCUUUUCCUAACGCUUCGCUGUUGCUCGGACCCAUUCUGGAACGGUAGAGCCCUCUAAAUGUUGUACAUUGUUCAAAUUUGGCUAGCUGAUUAUGUUUGUGUGCCAGAAAUGUAAUGCCUACUAAUGACACAUGAUUUGCAACUUCUGCAGCUCAAUGCUACAUGUACCUACUUGAAAAUAAGUUGCAAUGAGUUCAGUUGCACUUACUCACUGGUAAACAUGCUUAAGGCUGCAGCCUUAAUAGCAUGUUUGAAGUAACAUGGAAACUAAAUGCAAUUACUUUUCUUUUUCUCAAAGGAACUAUGCAACCAACAAGACCUGAUGUACAUUUAUUCAGUGAUAACUCCCAUUCAUGUGAAUGAGGCAUACUCCAUAGGAAGGAAGAGGGAGAUAUUUGGUUUGGUUUGAGGUUUAAUGUGAACUUACCUAAUUUAUGUCCAGAAACAGUAUGAAACCAAAAUGUCGCUAUCCUUAGAAUUUCACACUUCUCCAAAUUCUGCAGAGCAGUUCUACAAAUGAUAUAUAAAACAUUGGAUAUAUUCAGGAAAGUGUGCAUUUUUGUAUGUACAUUAUAUUAGGGGAAAUUGCAUGCAAAAAUGUGUGUACUGAGAUCAAUGGCACACUGAAAUGCUGACAAAUUUUCACAAGGACUUUUUCUUUUAAAAUAAAAUCACAAACUGUUGCGGAAACCUUGUGAAUUGAAUUAAAACUGGAAAAAUGGGAAACAGAGAUAGAUGGAAAUUGAAAGAUUCAUCAGUCCCUACUCCAUAGUAAGUGUAUGUAGGAUUGCUGCCGAAAUAUAUAAUGGGGUUCUUACAGCGAAGAAAUAAAAAUCAUGAAACAGAAGUAAAUUAGGUUAUAACUCUGAUUCUGCGGUGUAAGUUUAGAUUGCAAGAAAACCCACUGAAGUCCAUUAAAUUAUGACUUCAAUGCUAUGCGCAGUUACUUGGGAAUAAUCCUCAUGGAGUUCAAUGGGAUUCCUUCUAUGCAGACAUGUAUCGGAAUGGGAUGAACACAACCGUUGACCAUUAGUUUCCACCCAAAAUCAGGCAUGACUGAAGGACAUUUGCAUAUAGUACUGUACAAUCCAAAUCAAAACACUAGUAUAUAUUCUGAGUACAUUUUGACCUGUAAAACUAGGCCGCGGGGGAGGGGAGAGGAAAUCUUAUGAAUGGCAAUUAUGUUUUUAUUGUAUGAGUUUCAUCUCAUUUGUUUAUUUUAUGGCAAACGUCUUUACACCUUUGCUUUAGGCUUAGCCUAAUAAAGUGUGGAAUUGCAUAGCUAUAUAAUAAAUAUAAAGCAGAACAAUCACAGCUAGUUCUGCUGCCUCCUUUAAAACACCUCUGGGAAGAACACGAUGACAACAAGGAGAUCUCGUUGCCAAAGUGUUGAUAAGCUACAUGAAUGCCAAGUUCCAAUGGGCCUCAGAAGGGCAAAUGGGGCCGCAGUUUGAUAAGGUGUGGAUAUCUGCCCAGAAGUUAAAUUCCAAAGAUAAGAGCCUUUGCCUUCUGUGUGGACUCAGAUAGAGUGUCACAGUCAGUUUGACUCACUGCGAAAGACAAGUGUCCAGUGUUGGCAUCCAAGUGUCCCUAUUUUCCAGGGACAACUCUGAUUUAGAGCAUCCAUCCCAGUUUCUGAUUUAAUCCUGGAAUGUCCCACUUUUCCAUAGGAUGUCCCUGUUUUCAUUGGAGAUGUUGGAGGGUAUGGAGUUAUCUGACCCCCGAGCCAUCUGAAGGCAAUCCUGUAUAGGAAAGGUUUUUAAAAUGUUUUUAAUGUUUUUAUAUAUGUUGGAAGGUGCCCAGAGUGCCUGGGGCCAACAAAUAAGAUGUCUGGGGUAUAAAGAGUAAAAUUGUCAUUAUGGAAUGGGACCUCCCUAUAUUCAUCAGAGAAAUGUUGAAGGGUAUGGCAUUGUCAGGGCUGGAUUUAGGUUUGAUGAGGCCCUAAGCUACUGGAGAUAAUGGGGCCCUUUUUAUGUCCAGCUGUCCUUUGUCAACAACAAAUUGUUGCUGUUUUUUGUGUUGAAUAUACGCUAUAUGGUAAUUUAUGGACCUAAUAGGUAUCUAAAGUCAUUUGCACAUAACACAUAGGAGCCUACACAGCACAAAACACUGUUGUCGUAUGUAGGUUUUAUUUUUAUUUUUUUUAUCUUAUAUUUUGGAAAUGUACAUCCAGUUUAUUUUUCUUUAAAAAAAUUUGGGGCCCCCAAGAGAGUGGGGCCCUAAGCUAUAGCUUGUUUAGCUGAUACGUAAAUCCAGCACUGGGCAUUGUGCAGCUGCAAGUCACAUUUUCAACCAACCUUUGCUGCAAUUUAGGAUUUCAUGCGGGCACAGAAGUUCCCCCAUUCACAAGGCCUUUUCCCCAAUCACUUCAGACAAGGAAAUGGCAUUCUGCUGCAUGCAGGGUGUGGCUCAGCCCAUUGAAGAGACUGUGGAAUCCCCUUACACAGCAUUCCUGUACUAUUAUCCAACUCUUCCUCCUAGGAGCUGAGGUUGUCAUGCAAGGUGAUCCUCAUAACAGUCCCAUGAGGUAGGUUAUGCUUAAAAAUAGAACCACAGAACCGUAAAACUGUAGAGUUGGAAGGGACCCUGAGGAUCUUCUCAUCCAACUCCCUGCAAUGCAGGAAUAUGCAGCCGUCCUAUACAGGGAUUGAACCUGCAACCUUGGCAUUAUCAGCACCACACUCUAACCAACUGAGCUGACAAGCCCAGGUCACCCACUGAGUUCCAUGAGUGGAGAUUGGAACCUGAGUUUCUGUCCCGCUCCAAGUCCAUGCGCUAUGGAGCGACUAUGGAGUUGCGGCGCUCAUCUUGCUUUCAGGCCGAGGGAGCCAGUGUUUGUCCACAGACAGGUUUCCGGAUCAUGUGGCCAGCAGGACUAAACCACUUCUGGCGCAAUGGAAGACCAUAACAGAAACCAGAGUGCACAGAAACGCUGUUUACCUUCAUGCCACAGCGGUACAGUGGUACCUAGGGUUACAGAUGCUUCAGGUUACAGACGCUUCAGGUUACAGACUCUGCUAACCUAGAAAUAUUACCUCGGGUUAAGAACUUUGCUUCCGGAUGGGAACAGAAAUCGUGCAGCGGCAGCAGCGGGAGGCCCCAUUAGCUAAAAUGGUACCUCAGGUUAAGAACAGUUUCAGGUUAAGAACAGACCUCCGGAACGAAUUAAGUUCUUAACUCGAGGUACCACUGUACCUAUUUAUCUACAUGUACUGGUGUGCUUUUGAAUUGAUAGGUUGGCAGGAACUGGAACAGAGCAACAGAAACUCACCCUGUCAUGAGGAUUCGAACCGCCGACCUUCCGAUCAGCAAGCCCAAGAGGCUCAGUGAUUUAGACCACAGCGCCACCCACAUCCCUAGUAUUAAUGCACCUCCGGCACUAAAGCAUAUUUUCUAUUCAAUGCUUAUUUCUCUAAACCACCUGCUAACCACUGUGUGCACUGGCGUGUAGGCAGAGUCCUGGGCUUCUUCAGUUUGAAGAUCUGAAUUUCACAGGCUUUAGAAGCCAAAAGGAAAAACAGUGUCAUUUUUUUAUGCUGUCGUAAAAACUUUCCGGCCACAAUGCAAUUCCCUUCGAAGUAAGUUCAAGCGGAACAUUUUAGUGGCCCUUAACUCCAGGUAAAUAAAGACUGCAACCCUGCGCACUCGUUCCUGGGAGUUAGCCCAACUGAACUCGGUUGAACUAUGUAACAAUGAACAUGGAACUAUAAGAGUAUGGUAGAGCGUGAGACUCUUAAUCUCACAGUCAUGGGUUCAAAUCCCACAUUGGGCAAAAUGUUCCUGUAUUGCAGGGGGUUGGACUACAUGACCCUCAUGGUUCCUUCCAACUUUAUGAUUCUAUGAUCACAGCUUUUGGUCACAUAUAGGCUUGAACUCUAAUAUACUUGAGAAUGUAUUCUUAAACUGUACAGGAAAAUAAUAAUAAUAAUAAUAAUAAUAAUAAUAAUAAUAAUACAUUUAGAAUUUGCUAGUCACCCUAUACACAGUUAGGCCAUUUAAAUCCCAUUGACAGUAAGGGUUUUCAGCAGCCGUGCCAUUUGCAGAGUAGCGGCAGCCUUUGUAGGCUGUAUUAAUUUACAUUUUAAAACAUCUAUCCUGUAAAGGUGUCCAAAGUUUGACAUGGUUUACAGAUGCUUCAAACAAAAAACCUGCACAAAAUGACAAUUAAAUCAUAGCCAAAUAUAAACAGAGCAAAACUCUACUGUGUGUCAGCUCCAGUCAUAAAAACCCAGUUCAAAAGUGACGCACUCCUGAAGGUUUAGUUUGGGGCCAGUUAUCAAGGGAAGUGAGUCCCGUAGUUUCGGGGGGGGGGGGCAGGCAGUGGGGUUGCUUGUUCUUACUCUACGGCUUGGUCCACACAUGCAGCAGAAGGAGGUGAGAAGGUGAUAAGAGAGUCCUGAUUCCUGAGGCUGUUGUGGAAUGGACAGUACCCAGUGCCGGAUUUGCGUAUAAGCUAAACAAACUAUAGCUUAGGCCUCACUCUCUUGGGGCCCCCAAAAUUUUUUAAAGGGAAACAAACUAGAUGUACAUUUCUGAAAUAUAAUAUAAAAAAACAAAUAAAAUAAAACCUGCAUACAGCAACAGUGUUUUGUGUUGUGUAGGCUCCUAUGAUGUAAGUAAUGGGCCCUGCCUGCUAGCCUGCUCCCUAAACUAUCACUGGUUUGCUCAUUUCUAUAUAUAGGGUGUCUACAUUCUGCAUGUGCAAAUGGCUUUAGAUACCUGUUAGGUCCAUAAAUUACCAUAUAGCAUAUAUUCAACACAAAAAACAGCAACAAUUUGUUGUUGACAAAGGACGGCUGGAUAUAUAAAGAGCCCUCUUAUCUUCAGUAGCUUAGGGCCUCAUCAAACCUAAAUCCGGCCCUGACUGUACCACUUCAGACAGCAGGUAGAGGAAACAUUUUUGAAUGCUCCUUGAUUUGAGGGGAUAAACAAACAAACAAACAAACCCACAAUCCUGUAAGUAGUAUUGUUGGAAGUGGGCUGGGCUAGAACCUUGAUUUGCUAGCUUUUUACUUGCAGGGUAAAUCUCAGGAUCCUGCUGAAUUUGUCAAUCAAGCCUAUUUGCCCUGAAUACUGGAAACACUGUGUCUCAAACACGGAUGGAAAACCUACAUUGGCUGGGAUCAUAGGAGCCGUCUCCUAGGUCCCUUCAGCACCCCACAACAGGGCCCCCCAAAGUUGUUGAGCAUUGCCAUUUGAACGGUGUGCAUGUGCUGCUUCUUGUGAUCAGUUAUGCGAGGCUGGGCUCCCGUGAUAUUUUAUUCAAGUUGGCCCCCUUGGCUGGGAUUGUGCAUUCAGAUGAAAUGUUGGCUCUCAUCUAUUUUAGCAAAUUGACACAAACACAUGAAAAGCUUACAGAACACGGCAUGGCAGUGCCUAAUACACCCUGAUGAACUAGUCCCUAAGCAUUCCAACAUGUUUUAUAGCAGGUUUCAGGUGUGUACUUUUAUGACUUCCCCUGAAUUUUACAGAUUGGACAGAUCUACUGUCUGAUGCAUCUAAAACAGGGAUAGCCAAUAUCAUCUCUGAUAGCCAAUAUCAAAGCAUCCCUGCUCCUAUCAUCUCUGAGCAUUGGCCAUGCUGGGUGGAGCAUAUGAAAUAUGUAGUCCAAAGCAUAAAGGCAGCACCACAUUGACUAUCCCUGACCCACAGUAUUGCAUGGUACUUUUAUUGAGUUUUAUUGCAUUCGCUUUAAUUGUUUUAAGCUGGAAACCACCAACUUAAACGGAAGUGCAUUCACUUAAUACUGAUAUUGUUGUCGAUGACGAUAAUUAUGACCAGGGAUGUGUUGUGAGUCUGGGGCUAUUGCACAAGACAGAAAGUGGUUGGGUGGAAGAAACAGGCGGUGCAGAUUCUCCCUUGCAAGAGUUACCAAAGGAAAACAGUCUUGAAAUAGAACCACUAAGCUAGACAGGGGUUGGGGAAUUCUAGAAAACAAGACUAUAGCACAGAUGCUGUAGUUAUUUCCCUCUUGUGUCUUUUGUGGACUGGUGCAUCUCAGUUGCUUCUGGGCUGUGGUUUGAGAGAGGCAAUUCUCAAGUUCCCCAAGGAGGAUCUGGGUGCUAUUUCAUAGGUGUUGGAAAAUAGGGGCAUCAACAGCACAGAACAUUUAACCAUCACUUCUGCAACAGUGCCAGAAUGUCACUUAUGUCACUGCAAGGCACACCUGUCCUAACCUCUCCCACUCAUUGGAUACUGUUAUCACCAGAGGUGUACCCAGGGAUUGGCGAAACCGGGUACUUGGUCCACAUAAAACCUAAUAAUUUCUAAUGUGGGUAUUGAGGGAAAGUGAUUUUUCCCCGAGGCAGAGGGGCGAUGGUGAUACAGCACCUUGAGGUCAGGGUGCAGGGGACCCCAGGAACGCCUCUGGUUAUCACACACUUCAGCUGCAAUAUGACAAGCCAGUCUUUGCAAAUAAAUGAAAAGCCUUUUCAAAAAUACCUCUCUCCGUUUGCCACAGUUAUGGCUCAUGUUAACCGAAUCCCUCCUUUCCCACUCUUUUGCUGCACUGUGGACUCAGCUACAUUAGUCCAAAAACAGCGUUUUGAAUGCGCUAUAGACAUUCAACAUCAGAUGGCGCUGAAGAACAGAAAAACCCCACUAUGCGAUUUUCCAUAGCGUGUUUUUUUCUUUUGUUAUAACGACUUAAUUUCUGACUUAUUUAUCGUGGUUCCCUCCCCACUUGUGUAAAUCCACCCUGUCUCUUCAGCUGAUACGUGAUGUACUUUAUUGAUGGUCUCUCUGCUGAGUCUAGCAAGUGUGGUGUAGGCACAGAUUAGCUUUGACCAAACUGUAGUCCAAUGUUUUGGACUACAACUCCCAUCAAUCCCAGUCAGCACUAGUUGGGGUGGAUGGGAAUUGUAGUCCAAAACCUCUAGAAGGCACUAGGUUGGGGAAGACUGAAAUGUAAGGUGUUGGACUGCAGAGAUUAGGGUUGAAGUCCCCACUCAGCCAUGAAAUUCACCUGGUGAUCUUAGGAUACGUGUUCUUUCUCACAUACUAAGAUCCAACACCAAGUUGUUGUGAGGACAAAUUGAGCACAGGAGAGGCCCAUGCACUAUUCCAAGGUCUUUGGCGGAAGGGGAAAUGUUAACGUGUAAUGAAAUCACCUGAGGGUACUCUAGUAAGGUUUCAGAGGAGGAAGUACUUGAAAUGGAGCCAUCUGCAAGCUAUUUUGUACACAGUAGACUGAGGAAUACACUUGUGCUGCAUGUAGAUUGAUCGGAGACUGAGAUAAGAACAGCUGAAAAGUAAAGGAGAAGUUUGUUUUGGCACCUUAAGAAAAAAUUCAGAUGCAUUUGAACAGCUGCCCAAACAUUUGCAUUUCAAUCUCUUAAUUGUUCUGCUGCAAGGUGAAUGGCAGGAUGAUCCCCGCAAAUAUGUUGAGGGAAAACCAACUUUAAUAGAAUGGGAUUUAGAACAGAUUUGCAAAACAGGGAAGCACAACACACUUCUCUAUCCCCCCCAUAUGGUUUGAAAGGGCAGCGUUAAUAGCUGUCAAACACAAGAUUAGCUCAGUAUCAGGUGUUCCAUUGUUUACUGUUAGGGACUGAACUUUCGAAGUGGCCUGAAACGGCAAAAGCAGGCAAUGUUCUGAUGAAGCUGAAUGUUGUACUUAGUGGGGAGCUAUUGCUUUUCCAAAAGACACUGGGCCUGAGUCUAGGCAGUGGAGCAGUUUGAGUUGUUAUAAAUUGAUUUCUCUCUCAGAUGUAAAAGUAUUGUAUACAUUCAACAGCAGGGGUAGAACUUGCCUGCUCUCAGUGAUUUUUAUUAUAUAUGGGGGAGAUUAACUGUAUGAAUGAAUCCAGUUCACUUAUACACCCCAUAUUCGUGUGUAGCACUGGAAUUCAAGGGGAGAGAGUGUGUGUAACAUUUCUGUCCCAAAAGGAAUGUAUGCACAAUUCUGACAUCAAGAGAUCGAUGGGGGCCGAUCCUCCAAUUUAAAUGUUAGUUAUAUGUGUGAAUACAGGGAAUACACAUACAUUAGACAGAUAGGGACAGCAGCAGGUGCAAUUUGGAGCAGAGGUUUGGGGCCAGUGGAGUUGUCCUGCUUACCCUUUCCCCAUGCGUGCCCUAUAUGUGUGGAGAAUCAUAGAAUUGCAGAAACAGGGUCCUUCCACUUACAUACCCCACAAGUGUCCCGGAAAAACUGGGACAUCCCAUUUCCUCCCAUGAGAGCACGGCAGCUGUUUAAGUUGCUGUGAUCUGGUGCAAGUUCGUGCCGUGAUCUCACCCUGAAAAAGCACAUUGGUUUCCGCAAUUUUCUACAGCACCUCAAAUGCGUGUUCUUUGGCACCGUGAGAGCAUGGCCCUGAAAAAGAGUCUGUCUUUUGCACUCCAUGAUCUCGUGUGGGUCGUGUGACUUGUGCAGGAGCAUGGAUGGGAAGACGCAUGUCCCAGUUUGGGGACUCAACAUGCUGAAGGGUAUUCCACCAACACAGAGGGCAUAUGAACUUCUUCAGGGACUAUUAGACAUGGUGGAACCAAUGCGUCCCCCAGCAGUAUGAGACUGAGUACCAGUUGUUUGGGAGCGAUGAUGGAAGAAAACAAUUGCCUUUAAGGCCUGCUUGUGGGUUUCCUGGGGGCACCUGCUUGGCCACUGCAGUAAGAUGCUGGAUGCUAGGCCAGAUGGACUUUGGAUCAGAAUCAUCCAGGUUAUUCUCAUGUUCACCUAAUGGCACAGUUUCACGAAGAAAGGAUAUUUGUGUGGACUCUCCUCUUCCGCUGAAGUGAAAAUGAAGCUCCUGUUCCCAUGUGUGCAUUCGUGUACCCUACCCACAAAUGACUGCUGGAUCAGAAUAUGCUCAGCAGCUCAUCAAAGAAUUCAGUCGACAGCAAGCCUAAUCCUCAAAGUGGUUGGUGAAUGCAUAUCCCAUUCAGGCCACUAUUAACCGUGCUUUUAAGUCAUCACAAGAGAACAAUAAACGGAGGGUCGAGGCAGUGCUAAACGCUAUUUGGAGUUCACAGUGCUGCUUCUAAAAUGUUGUAUAUUUUUCCCACUAAACUAGCUCGUACUGUAGCAUGCUUUAUUUAAUUCUUGAAAGUUUCCUUCUCCUUUUAUGUACAUUUUAAAAUGUUAAUAAUGGAAAAAAUGACACAAGCUGUCUAGUCACCUAAGAAUGAUUAUGUUAAAUUUACCAUUUUGAAAGCAAGUUAAGCUAUAAAUAGCGCAGGGCAUGAAUAGAAACUCAAAUGCUACUAAAUUGGUGCCCACUGAGGAUCCAAACAACAACAAAAAGAUUUUGCAACCCACAAAGAACCCAGGAAAAAACAACCCUAUUUGUAGAUAAAAUAUUGUCCAUUAUUGUCACAACAGAAAAAAAAAAAUCAAAUGGAGCUGUUCUGGUUUUUCCGUAGAGUAUAGAAUUCCUCCCAAAGCUCUGAUUCGAAAAAUAACUUGGUCUGGAAUGGCUAGGCAAUUGCAUAUGCUAAGGCUGACAUUUAAUAGCACAGAACACUGGUAUGACCUUUCAAAUGCUGAGCUUAAUACAUGUUAAAUAUGCCUUCUUUAUUGUGAUUGGAAAGAGAUGUGGGAUUCUGCAUUGGCUGUCUUUCUUUGCUAGUAUGCAAAACAGAAUGAAAGAAAGCGGGUCUUUCAAGUGCUUGAGAAACAAUGGAAAUAAUAAUCUUUCCUUUCAUCCCUACAAGAUUAAUGAUGAAAAACCAUUUACCCAGGAAGGCAUCCUAGAUAUUCAAAGUGCUGCAGCUGCUAUUUAUUUUUUAACAAAUGUGCCAUAAUUUUUUUAAAGCAAUCACAGAGCAUAAAAAUGUUUUCCAUUAACUGAACUAAUUAUUUUGACAUUAUUAGUACAAAAGGGUGGUGAAAGGGCAGGCAAGAAGGAGCCUCCACAGUGAAAUGGAGAGGAUAUAUGCAAACUCCAUAGCAAACCCAUGUAAAUAUAUUGAAAUGCUGUCCAUUUGAAUCAAGGAAAAUGUUCAAUCUGAUGGGGAAGAGAAUCAGAUGGACUGAAAAUGGAUUUCCUUCUCCUGCUUUCCAUUGAAUAUCUGAAGAUAUUGGCAGAUGAAUUGUGGUUGAAUUUUCAUUGAGAGGGAGUAGGAUGGUGAGGAUCGUAAACAAUAAAGAGAUGAUCGAGAGAACCAUUUAAUUUAACCAUUGCAUCAUAUUACCAGUGGACAUUUUCCAGAGAAAGUUAUACAUUCAUGAGAUACAUGAAAUGGUUCAAUAUAGCUUCUAGUGUUCUAAUGAGUUUAGAAAGAGAACAUAGCAUUUUAUGGUACCAAUAGGGGAAAUUUCAUUUUGGUGUGCAGUUAGCAGAGAUAGAAGAGCCGUCUGGGUAAUUCUGAUCGCUGUAGCAUUGCAGUGAAAAUAGAUGAAAUUCAGCACUGGCUUCCCAUCAGCAGACAUUAGCUGGCGUGCCAAAAGUUUGUAAGAUGAAUGGGUACAGUUUAGAGCUGAAAAAUGCAUUAACAAAAAAGCUGGAUUCUGACAGUGUUAUGGCUACGUCUUCUUAAAAGUGAAAAAAAAUAAGACGUUUUAGGACAUAAUAUUGGGGAAAACAGGGAAGAGUACAAAUAUAUACAAAAGGGUAUAUAUGAAACUUUGAAAAAUACAUUUUUCAGUCAGAGUAGUGUACAUCAUGUCAAGAUAAAGUUUCACUUAGAUAUAUGCAGGGCUGGCCUGCCCAUGAAGCAGAGUGAGGUGGUCACCUCAGGUGGCAGAUCUGGACCUGAGGAGCAUGCUGCUCACCUCCUCCUUCUACAUGAGUAGGCCUCACCAUGUCCUCCCCCUCCUCUGCCCCUCAAACCACCACCCUGCUCUGCUUUCCCCUCCUCUUCUGCCACAGACAGGCCAUACCACUGCCACUGUCAUGCUGCCACUGCUGCAUCUGCUGUUGCCGGCGUGCAGGCAUGGCACACCCAUAGCAAGGGCAUGGGGCACCCAUGGCGGGGUGGCAGCAGGGCAUGCCCAUGGUGGGGUGGGUGGCACUAGCAGGGCAUUUUGCCUCAAGUGGCAAAACAUGCCAGGCUGGCCCUGCAUAGAUGCAUUUUUCACAAGAGGGAGCCAGUGAAAUAACAUGUUAUUGGGGAGAUGCAUGUUGGGGUGAUAUAUUAGGUUCGAGAUUCUGAACAAAAGGAACAGGAGGAAGAGUGAAUUUUGCAAAAGUGUGAGGAAGUUACAGAAACAGGAUGUGAAGGAUUUGGAGCAGGUGGGGAAUAAUGACUCCUGGAAAAUAGAACCUAUCAAAACAGCUUUCUUUCCUUAUUUUUAAUAGGCAGCUGGGCAACAGAAAGGGGAACAAGGACAUUAUUUAUCAGUAGCAUCCCACACAGAGAAAAAAUUAGAAUAUCUGCCGGUACAUCAUGCAUUAAGCAUCUCAUAUUGUUGCCAUGUCAUUUCCUAGUGUUUUGCCAAAACAAAGCAGGCGUUGUAAUGUUUGCCCCUCUUGACUUCUGUGUCAAUCUGUCUGGCAUGACAAUUUUGAUGAAUGUUAAGUGUGAGUGUGACUCUUCCACUGAAGGAAGAUUGAUCCAUUCUCAUUGUCUAGAAGAUCCUCCUUCCUGUUCUGUACAAAACUUGUACUUUAUCUGCAUAAUGCCUUGUGUGCUUUGAAAAUCACGCUAUUGAGAAAAUAUGCAAUAGAAAGUGCUGAUUUGAAUCAAACUCAAGGACAAUUAGCAAAACUUUCCCCUUGAUUGGCUGAGAUCCAACACCCCUCGUCUCCUAUCCACUCCAAUCAAUUUUGGGGGGUUGGGAGAACUCCUAGGGCAGAUUGGGGGUGCAUGGGGAGGGGGAGGAGAGGGAAGGGAAAUUCCCUUAUGCAUGCAGAAAUCCUUGACAGACAGAUCAACUUCACUGAAUACAACCUGCUAAUGUAACUUUUAAAAAUAGUGAAUAUAGUUUUUUAUAUUUUCAGAUUUCAUAGCCCGCUGCAAUGCAUGUUCUGUUAAAUAAGUAUACACAUGUAUUAGAAGCUAUUCUUUCAUUGUGAUUCAGGCCUCAUUUCUUGGUAGAGCCGAGGGUGAACACCACUGAACUUGUUAUUUGCUCACUUCAUUAUUCAUCUCUAUGCCUUGGAAAACCUUGCCGUAAGCUCUAAACAGUGAAGAAUUACUUGACCUGUUGACCUCUCCACCAUAAUGAAUCCUGUGUUUUGCUCAGGUUUUGCAUGUAGUAUUGGUUGUUGCAACAAUCUAUGAAAGGCAUGUAGACACAUUAGCAGUGGGACAGCAUAUUCCAAUUACCCCUGCCAUAAACAGAGGGGCACUCUAUUAAAUAUAGUCUGAAUUCAGCAAGGAUAGAUACAUUCUGGCAGCCAGUGCAAAUUUCCCCCUCAUAUUCUGACUCGAUCCAACAGCCCAUUCAGGUAUCCUUAAUAUGAUUUACCACCAGGACAUCUUAACCAACCUCUAUGGACAUUCAUAGUGAUCUGAAAUCUCCUGAGAAAUCCCUACUCAAUGUGUACCCAUAUUCUGAAAUGAGGCUGGUGUGUACAAAAAACAGGAUCUUCUCAGUGCUUACUCCUCAUUGUAUCACUCCUGUUCAAAUAAAUUUUCCAGGUUCAUUAAAAGAAAAGGAAAAAAAAAACCCUUUUGAGAGAACUUACAAAAUAGGGUAAGGCAUUGAGAUGGGUGAGGUUCUAGCCCUGGAUUGCAAGCUAGUGUUGUCAAUCAGCAAAAUCCAGUGCCUCUUCUCCCUCUUCGCUUCCUGGCAUUCUCCUUAUAUGGUAUUGUUUUGCACUGUUGGAUCAUUUUGUAGUCAGCCUGUCAGUUUUGAGCUUCAUAUCUGUUCAAAUGAGUCCCAAUUGAUUUGGAUUGAUCUGAUUCAAUUCGGACCGAUUCAGAGCUGAUUUCAAUCAGAUUUGAUUUGGGAUUAGGCUGAAUUGGUUGCCUAACCCUAAUCAUUAAGUGUUGGCAAUCACAUUCUCCCAAACCCACGGGAAAGGGACAUACUACCCUGUCCUGGCCACAACUGGGAGUCAGCAGGUGUCAGGAUGGACACCUGUAAGUAGCACCAGGCAGCUAGAGUAUCAGGACCUUGGAUAGCUCCAAGGAGACAACUUGUUGUGGUCGAGUUUCGAGGCUUAGAGCCAAACACUCUACAAUCUCUGCCUUGUGUGUUGGUCAUCAUUGGGCUCAAUUCAAGGUGCUCACAGUGAUGUUUAAAGCCCUACAUGACUUAGGCUCCAAAUAUCUGAACCACCACCUCCUUCUCUGCAGAUCUCCUCAGCAAAGGAGGCCCUCUUGGUAGUUCCACCACCCUCAGAAUGUGGUUGUGGUAGCCUGGGAGAGGGCAUCUCUGGCAAUUCAUUGGUUGUGGAAUUGCCUCCCUAAAGAGAUACUUUCAAUAUACAGUUUUCAUUGUAUGCUAAUGAUGCAACUCCUUACCCUGACCUUUUAUAUGUGAGGUAGACAUUACGUUAUGUGAAGGGCAAGCAAGAUGCACUACAAAAUAGUUAGUUAACCCAAAAUGCCAGUCCUUUAACACACACAACCCUUUAAAAGUUAAGUUACAAUAUUUGUAUGUCUCCGCUUGAAGUCAGGUUUAAUCUGUAUUUCGUUUCAAUCCAAGAUUUUCCAGCACAGCACAUAAAUUAGCAUUCUUCCAGGGGGUUUUCUGCACAUUUACCUCAGGAUUCACACUUUCAUAGCCAAACAAAUGCUAACAAAAUCAGCGGGUUCCAGCAAAUGUCACCUGUGGUGUCUAAGUUUCCACGUGGCUUUCAGAUGGAAGUUUUGUUUAUUUUAUUAGAUUUGAAAGCUUUAUUGCAUCAUUUGGCUGAAGUGUUCCUUCCCUAUGCUGCAAAAGCAGAUUUGGCUGGCAUUUCUCAAUAUUACAGCUUUUUAUGCGAGAAGCUGAAGGCUAGCAUCUGUACAUUGUACAAAACACAUGGUCUGAAUUAUGUGCAUGUGCCACCAUUUCUGGUGCACCAGAUGAUGUGCUUGGUUAAAAUGGUGUGUGUGUGUGGAAUGGAAGAAGUUUUGAAGGCUCUCCCAGACAUUCGAAGAACAGAAAGUAGCGAUUAUGUCAUCGAAUGCAUUCCAAAUCAUAUUAAAACAUGUCAGAAAAUAGUUAAGGAAGGGGGGGCAUAGGAGGAGACUCCACUGGUAAUGUGGCUUCCAAAAUUGUUAUUUAAAAAAAUACAUCCAUCCCAAUCCAGUGGCUUUUCAUGCACAAUGGAAUGCCAUUGCAGAGAACCUUUGGCCUUCUUGAUGCUGCUGAACUAAAACUCUCCUUAGGUCCAGCAAAUAUGGUCAGUGGCUACCCCUGCGUUACACAAACAGCACUCCAUCCCCUAACAAGGGCUUCUCCCUUCACUUCAUUAUUAGAGACUCCCAACUCCCAUCUAGGUAAGCAGCAGAGACACUGUUGUUGGAAGGGUGUGCUUCCACACUGCUAUAGGCACCGCUACUGGGAAUGCGUUAACAUUUCAUACUCAGAUUCAACUUGGAGGGCCUUCUGGUGAGAAGGGAAGUUACAGGGAACCAGGCAGAGGGCCUUCUUAGUAGUGGCAUCCUCCCUGUGGAAUGCCCUCCCAUCAGAUGUCAAGGAGAUCAAUAACUAUACAACUUUUAGAAGACAUCUGAAGGCAGUCCUGUACAGGGAAGUUUUUAAAUGCGUGAUGUUUUAUUAUGCUAUUAUAUUUGUUGGAAGCUGCCCAGAGUGGCAGGGGCAACCCAGUCAGGUGGGUGGGGUACAAAUAAAAUUAUGAUUAUGAUUAUGGCCAUUUAUGGCAGGUGACUAGAUGCAUUGUCUAUCCUGUUAUUUAUUCAGUGCCCAUUCCCCGCCUCCCCUAGGCAAUAUGAUUAUAUUUGACAUGUUAGCUAGAAAAGUAUUUCAGGGUAGCUAAGCAUGCUUUUUUUGGGCAUAUAUAUAUCUUAGUACAAGUAUAUUACAUGUCCCUAUUUUCUGGUCACAGUCCAGAAGGAGAAGAGAUAACAUGUGAAGCUGAAUGCCAUUUGCUGCUAUGGAGACCUGAUGUAAGGCUCUCCAUAGUGAGUCAAACUGGUUAAUUAUUGGAAUGCCGAUAACUGCCUUUUGUAUUCUGUGGUCUGUAUCUUAAUCCGUGCUUGUUGCUGUUCUAUAUUAUCUGCAAACCACUUCUCAGCCAAGAUUUGUGUGUUCCUGGCAUUGGGCAACCGGGACAGAUUAAGGGAUUCUGCUGGUUUACUGCCUGCCUUGCUGCCCAGCAGUCUCCCUGCUGGAACUGACAGAGCCAGUCUCGGAGGUGGUGUUGAAGACUUCCAGACCACUGGUACUGGGGGAUUUCAACAUCCAUGCCAAGGUGACUGGCUCUGAGGUGGCUCAGGAAUUCAUGGUUGCCAUGACAACCAUGGGGCUGCCCUAACCUGUCAUUGGCCUACGCUUGUGGCAGGCCACAGUCUGGACUUCGUUUACUCAACUGGACUGGAAGAGGGUAAUCUGAAAGGGGGGGUAUUGACAUGGUCAGAUCACUUCCUGUUCUGAUUUAGGCUUUCAGCACCUUUCCCCCUCUGCAGAGGCAGGGGAACUAUUAAGAUGAUCCACCCUUGGAGGCUGAUGGAUCCCAUCAGUUUCCAGAUGGCUCUGAGGGAUUUUCCAGCUGAUAUGACUGACUGACCUCUGGAACAUCCAAACGGCUCAGGCCGUUGACACGACUGCCCCCGAGCACCCUCUCCUACUUUGUGGAGCCCGUUUGUCUCCCUAGUAUACUCCAGAGAUUAGGGUGAGGAAACAAGCUGGGAGACAGCUCAAACAUGAGUGGUGGAAAACUCCAGUUGAAUGCAAUUGAGGGUUCAUCAUUGAGCUUACCUAGUGGCAGUGAAGGCAGCAAAGAAAACAUACUUUACUGUCUCCAUUGCAUCCUCACUGUGCUGUCCAACAGAGCAUUUCCAGGUAGUGUGUGGCCUGUGACAGUCUAAUCUGAAGUUAGAACCAAUGGUAGAUUGCUGUGAAUUGUUUACAAAACAUUUUGAGGAUAAAAUUGCUUGCAUCCACCAGGACCUUGACUCUGCUGUUACAGCAAAGAGGUGCCCCAGAGCACUGCCUAGUCCUGUUAUGUUGGAUGAGUUUCAGUUAGUAAGGCUUGAAAAUGUGGGCAAGGUGCUUGGCUUGUUUAGGGUGACCACUUGCACUCUGAACCCUUGUCCCUCUUGGCUGAUAAAAACUAGCAGGGAGGGGACAACUGACUAGGGCAGGGAGGUGAUCAAUGCCUCCUUGCUACAGGGGGUCGUCCCUGCCUGCUUGAAGGAAGCAGUGGUAAAACCACUCCUCAAGAAAGAUUGGGAAAAUCUAAGUAAGUACCAGCCAACCUUGCUUCUUGGGCAAGAUUCUUCAGCGGGUGAUUGCAGACCAGAUCUAGUCACUUUUGGAAGAAACUGAUUUUCUAGAUCCAUUUCAGUCGGGGUUUAGGCAUGGGUUUGGCACAGAAACUGCUUUGAUCACCCUGUAUGAUGACCUAUGUCAGGAGACAGACAGGGAAAAGGUGUCCUUGUUCAUUAUCCUUGACAUCUCAGCAGCUACCAAUACUGUCAAGUAUGAUAUGCUUCUCCUUCUUCUUGGAACAACUUUUCAUUGCAUUUCAUAAACAAGGAUCACAGGAAUUAUAAACAAUAUGCGUAAAUCUUCUCAUGCCAUUUGCAGUAUAUUUGCAGUAAUAUCUACAACAUAUGAUUCAUUAUUAGUGUUCAGUGUAGAAGUUCCUGGUUCACAAACUGGUCUAAACAAAAACAAGGGGAAACGGGAUAGAACAGAGUUAACAGACAAUGUUCAACAUCACAUAGCUAAGCAUUUAACGAGGAGCCCUUGUGGUUUGUGUUUAGAUUAAGUUUGAGUAAUAGUAAUUUUCCCUCUUAUGUUACCAAUGAAACAAUAUAAAAGGUUGGUCUAUUGAUGAAUAUGGGGCUCCAGACUUGGCAUGUUCCAGCCUCCUUCCACUGUGGAGUCUGGGUCUUUUGCGGGGGGGGGGGGGGAGGAGUAAAUGAAUUAUUUUUUUCCUGCCACUUUCAUACCUGGUUGAGGUACUGCCAAUUUGGCAGUAAUUGGAAUAGAAACAGCUGUUUUGGUAGGAUCAUCACUUUUACCAUUGCUAAUCUGUAUGAGAGAAUAAAAUGCAUUUUGCUCCAUUCCCCCCCCCCACCAAAUUUUGAGGAAUUGUCUGCCAUAAAGGGGGGGUAGAGUGAAUGGAGUCUGUUAAGGUUUCUUGUUAUAAUAAUUUCUAAGUAUCUAAGCUUUUUGUGGCAGAGUCUAUUAAGUCUAAAGAGUUCUGUGAGUGCUUUUUGGAUCUUGGGUGGAACACUGAAGCAUAACGCUUCAGAUUUUGAGAAGUUAACCUGCAGGCCUGAUAGGGUUGCAAAGUUGUUAAGAUCUCGGAAUAUUGCUGCUCCCGUGUUCAGUGGGUCAGGUGUAACAAUCAUUAAAUUCUCAACGAAUAGCCCUUUUGUAUAGUACUGUUUUCCAGUUUGGACUCCUUUGAUGUCUGGUGUUGUUCUGAAACAUAUAUCUAAUGGUCCCAGGGAUCUCCUUCCCCUGGGAAAGAGGUGCUGCAUUGUUUUUUUAAGCCUGUGUGUUUGUAUGUGAGCGAUAACACUCUCAGUAAAAGGCAUCAGAAAAUUAUUUUCUGAAAAAUUCUGGCCACAAGACAAAAUUGAUCAAAACUUCCUGAUGUAAUGCCAGAGCAAGAAGCCAAAGCUGUCCAGUGUCUCCUCAGUGAUUUCUGAAUCUGCAAGAUAAUAAUAUUCGUUAUUAGCAAGCAGACUCCUGCUCUUUACAGCACUUGUUUUCAAUACACACAUUUCCUAGAGUCGCAUAAAAUAUCAUUUUUAUCCCAUCUUUCACACCCGUAUGGAGAAACCUGUAGCUCUGUGCCGCCAUCAGGGGAAAUGGACUAUAUAUAAACAAGGAUCAUUGCUUGUUCCAACCCUACCCCCAUUUCCUUGUGGGAUGAAAUGACCCAUCUGAGUUUUCUCACAUGAGGAGAAGGUUUACAGAAUGCAGGAGACGAGAAGCGCAUGGGAAAAUGCCUUCAGUAACCUUUUCCCUGUUCCUUUUCUCAACUGCGUAAAAUGUGUCUGCCUUGGCCUAUGAUUAUUAAUUACUCUUGUUGCUAUCUUGACAGGGACAUACAGCAGAGAGUUGCUUCACUAAGUGACAUUCGUAAAGUUUCCAAUAAAAAAAAAGAGAGCAACAUAUGAAAAGAACUUUAAAACAAACAUCCCAUUCCCACUAAGAGGAAAGAGAGUGAGAUGUAGCCAUUUCAGUCCUGCAAUCUGGGAACUUGCCGUGACCAGACUCGUACUGUUUUACAUGCAUCACCAACGAGCUGCUUAAAGUUUAUUUAAGGCCCCGUUGCAGUGAACUCUCUUAAAAUAUAUCUCCCAGAAAAGUAGUCGUAAGUCUUAUGUUGAGCUGCUUCCUGAAAGUUCAGACAAUAUACUUUUUAAUGUAACCAGAAACUGGGCUAUGAAUAGAUUUAGAAUACUGUAUCAUGGGUCUGGGAUGUUUCCUGUGAACUAGCUGGUACUUGUGAAUCCAUAGCCAAUGAGGUCAGCCAUCUCUUCUUCCCAGGAAUGCCCUUGGUAACAACUCUACAUCAUGGCAGAGCAUCAUUCCCACGAGAUAUUCCAUUGAACAUUACAAAUGAAAUGCCCCUGGAUUGUUAAGGGCAGAGUGAAAUGGUGUCAAAAGUCUUUUCUCUGUUAAAAAAUGAAAUCACUGUCCAUUUUGCCUUUAAAGGUAAACCCACCCCCAUCUAAAAGUUCUUCAACUCCACCUUGACAUUGGCCGAAGGAAGUGUCAUUGGACCACCUGUCUAGCAUGCUGAAUGUCCCAGGUUUCAAUCCCUGCUAGGGCUAGGAAUGUCCCCUGCCUGGAAGGUCUCUGCCAGAUGGGCCUGUGAACUGGAUGCACCAAUAGUUCAAUUCAGUAUAAGGGCUUAUCCACACUUACCUUUCCCCCUGCUCUUUCCAGGCACAGGGCUGUGCUUUAAUGCUCCAAGUGCAAGCACUCUUUUUUUAUUUUGCCCUGGAAUUUCCCCCGUGAAAACCCAUUCUUUAAAACACGACAAACGGCAAUUCAGGUUUUCCAUGGAAUGCCAUUUGCUCCGAUUCAGCAGUAAAGAGUGCUUUUUUGCAGGGAAAGCUCCAGAGUAGAGCAACACUACUCGGUUGGUUAGAGCAGGUGAUGAGGAUGCCAUGGUUGCAGGUUCGAUCCCCGUCAGGGACAGCUGCAUAUUCCUGCAUUGCAGGGGGUUGGAUUAGAAGAUAAUCAGGGUCCUUUCCAAUUCUACAACUCUAUGAUUCUAUGAAUGUGGAGGAUAGGUAAGCAUGGAUAAGUUCCUAUGACAUUCCUGACCUUACUUUCAGGGAGAGGAUGAAUGGUCCAGCAAAUGUGGCAGGAGCAUAGAAAGCUGCCUUGUGCUGCAUCAGAUGACUGGUCCAUCCGACUCACUGACAGCAGCUCUUCAGGGUUUCAGACAAGAUUCCACCGCCAGAUGUGCCUGAUGCUGGGGAUUGAGUCUGGGGAAGCCUGGAUAGCUCAGUUGGCUAGAGCGCGGUGCUGAUAAUGCCAAGGUUGCAGGUUUGAUUCCUAUAUGGGACACCUGAACCUCAGGGUCCCAAUUCUACAGUUCUAUGAUUCUGCAUGGGAUGUGGGUGCCGCUGUGGGUUAAACCACAGAGCCUAGGACUUGCCAAUUAGAAGGUCGGCGGUUUGAAUCCCCGAGACGGGGUGAGCUCCCGUUGCUUGGUCCCUUCUCCUGCCAACCUAGCAGUUCAAAAGCAUGUCAAAUGCAAGUAGAUAAAUAGGUACCGCUCUGGUGGGAAGGUAAACGGCAUUUCCGUGUGCUGCUCUGGUUCGCCAGAAGUGGCUUAGUCAUGCUGGCCACAUGACCCAGAAGCUGUACGCCGGCUCCCUCAGCCAAUAAAGCGAGAUGAGCGCCACAACCCCAGAGUCGGUCACGACUGGACCUAAUGGUCAGGGGUCCCUUUACCUUUUCCUUUACCUAUUAUUCUGCAUGCAAAGCAGAUGCUGUACCGCAGAGCUAUGACCCUUCAAGUUUCUCUUAUGGUUCUGAUGCACCUUUUGGUCCUGUCUUACUGAUUUGUCCCACUUCUGCUUCUGCAAUAGCCAAGUCAGAUUGGUCAUAGGGAAUGCAAGGCACCUCCGAGUUGGAGAAGCUUUUUAUAUUAUCAAUAUUUGUACAAUAAGGGCAAACACUAUGCCUGCCUUCCAUUCUCAGGGUCCAGCAUGAGCAUGCAGCUCCAAGCCUUCAUUAACUGAAAGCCAGCUUGGCCAAACAGAUAAAAGUGUUGGACCUGGGAGACCCAAUACAUGGCCUCAGAGAAGCUGCAAACUUUCACCUUCAAUUCUCAUCUCCUCCCCCCCCCCCAAUGUAUUUAUUUGAAAGGUUUGGCCUCAAGCCCAGCCAUUCUCGCCUUUGCACUGGUAUCUUCUAACCCCAACUUUAUUAACUGUGAGCUGACAUUUACUGUUAAAAGAUUGCGAUUGCUUUGAAACGGGAGGGUCAUAUAGCACAGCUUAAAUAACCUUGUCAAACUGCUUAUGGCUGCAUCCAGUCAUCCUUAAAGGAACCCUGAGAAUGGUUCAUGCAGUACUAUCACUGGGGCAUGCAUGCAUGGAAUCCGGUCAGGCGAAAAGCCGAUUAAAAAGGAACUGGGUUGUUUUUCCAUCAAGGCUGUCAGCAAAAUGUGUCUGAGAUAGAUUGGAUAGAUUGUACCUACAUAGGUUUGCAGGGUUGGGGAGUGGACAGGAUGAUAAGAUACAACGGCAAGUAGUUUGAGAUUACUGCAUCCUCUGAACAGAGUAUGCAGUAAUCUCAAACCACUUGCUGUUGUAUCUUAUCGCACAGGAUUGAGAACCUUGUAGCCCUUCAGGUGGUUGGUGAAAUAUAGCUCCAAUUCUUCCCGACCUGGGGCUGUUUGGAAUUAAAUUCCAAGAAUCAUCAGAUUCCCCAUUCCUGCAUUGUCAGAUGCGAUGCCAAGUGGUUUGGCAUCAAUGCACCCCAUGAGCCCACAUGCUCCCUUCUCAUGUGUUAAUCUUUCCGGAGGACCACAGAGUCCCUUUCCCUGUGAUAAUAUUACCCUUUUAUAAGGAUGGAUUGCAUUUUAGCCCCUUGGCACUGAGCUUGAUAAAGAAAAGCCCUUAUGUUCACACACCAGAACAGAAAACAAACACAACAACUUUCUCAAAGGAAAAGACGUUAAUUUGGAGCACAAUCUAGUCAAGGUAAAGAGGUUUUAAGCUCAGCUGAUUUUAAUGGGAUAGAUGGCAUGUUCUUCCCAUGAAAUCAGUAGGACUUAAAAGUACGUACUUCGCUUUGGAUGGGUCAGGACUUGCUCCAACUAAAACAGAGCUAGAGAAUCUGUGUGGCCCUCCAGAUAUUAUUGAACUAUUGAACUCCAACUCCCAUCAGCCCCAGCCAACAUGACCAAUGGCCAGGGAUGGUGGAAACAUCCACAGCAACAUCUGGAGGGCCUUGGGUCCCCCAGUCCUGAACAAAAGUGACCAAUCUAAUUCACCUUCUGAGAUUUCAGCCUGUACUUGCCUCUCCCAUCAAAAUAAAUGGGCCUUGAAAGUUCAUAGCCUGGAUUGGACUGUGCCCUUUCUAUUCCUAAUGAAUUCUGAAUAGCUUUUCAAAAGCACCAGCCAUUUGCUCGAAGCACGUAAUACCAAAGAAAGGCAUAAUUUCUUAGGUUUCUGGUUUAAUUUCCAGAGAUGGCCUUGUGUAAUUUCCUUAUUGCAAUUACUGCCAGAAUGUUGCAGAGUUGCAAAUGUGGUUUUGUCUUUUUUUAUAUAAUAAAAAACAUUAUUUCACUUUUUUGGUUUUUCCAACGUUCUAGCCCUUUUAUACUAGUCUCUUUUUUAAAUUAUUGAUUAUCUUAUUAAGCCAAAGACUUAUUUGCAUCAAGGACCAAGCCACCUUACAAAAUCAUUUGUGGAAAAGGUGUGCUCAAUGUGCCUUCAUGGUCAUGGUCAAGGAAGGAGAAAUACUUCCUUGCUCCAGAACUCUGCUUUUCUCUUGUAGCUGGUGGGCCUUGAUGCUGGAACUUCUAACUGGGUGCAAUUUGGAUUUGAAAAGGAACUGUGCAGGGCUGGCUUUAGGGCUGGGUGAGCUGGUCGGUCAGCCAGGACACUGAACUGAGGAAGACACAAGGCUGUGCUCAGUGGCUGUGUUUUUUUGGGGGACAGUACUGUCAGCAUUUCCAUACCCUCCAACAUCCGUCUAAUGAAAAUAGGGAUGUCUUAAGGAAAAGUGGGGCAUUCUAGGAUUAAAUCAGAAACUGGGACAACUUCUGUAAAUCUUGGAUUGUCCCUAGAAAAUGGGGACACUUUGAGGGUCUGCUGAGCUUGGUUGGCCAAAAACAAUUAUUUUAAGAACCACCCCCCCCCAAAACAACAACAACAACAAUACCCUGGUUCUAUAUCUUGUUUGGGCACCAACUAUAAAAAUGGUCUUCCUUUAACUAGCUUUAAAGUAUGUUUCGUCUUCAAUUCCCACCUAGAUGUCAUUUGUGCUAGAUAAAAAUCAGUGGGACACAGCUUUCCUUUGAGGCAACUUAGCACUUCAAAUGCUAUAAACACUGUAAGCACUAUAUAAAUAAUAGCAGAAGAAAGCUGUAAUCUCUAAGAGGUCAGCUGGAUAUCUUAUUUAUUUUUUAAAAAUAAAAAUAAUGGAUGUUCUAAAAUAAAGAAUGCUUACCAAAAGAAAGGAACUGCUUCAAAACAAAGUAAACACAAACCCUUUGAUAGCUCUGCUGCACUGAAUUAGUUCACUGCCACUAAUGGCUUUUUGAGCUUUGGCUUGUGGCACUGUGGGUUAAACCACAGAGCCUAGGAUUUGCCAAUCAGAAGGUUGGCGGUUCAUGAGCUCCCGUUGCUCGGUCUCUGCUCCUGCCAACCUAGCAGUUCGAAAGCACGUCAAAAUGCAAGUAGAUAAAUAGGUACCGCUCCGGCGGGAAGGUAAAUGGUGUUUCCGUGCGCUGCUCUGGUUCACCAGAAGUGGCUUAGUCAUACUGGCCACAUGACCCGGAAGCUGUCUGCGGACAAACGCUGGCUCCCUCGGCCAAUAAAGCGAGAUGAGUGCUGCAAUCCCAGAGUCGGUCACGACUGGACCUAAUGGUCAGGGGUCCCUUAACUUUACCUAACAGUGGAACAGUCUCCCUUGGGAGGUUGUGGGCUCUCCUUCCUUGGAGGUUUUUAAGCAGAGGUUGGAUGCCCACCUGUCAUGGAUGCUGUAGCUGAGAUUCCUGCAUUGCAGAGGGUUGGACUAGAUAGCCCCUAAGGGUCCCUUCCAACUCUUUUCCAAUUCUUUGAUUCUUUGAAGCUAACUGUGGCACAACAGCUGAGAGAUCCAAGUUUUGAGCCAUGUGGUUCUCAAUGGAUAGGAUUGCAAGGGACGAAAAACCUCUUGUCUACCAGAUUUACAAGGACAUUUUAAUGAGUUUCAUUUCAUUUCUUUCUUUUUUAUAAAAUUUUUAAUUUUAUUUAACAUAAUUAUUGCAAAAUAUAAGCAAAACACUGCAAAUACAUACACACAUAUACACUUCAAAUAAGCAGAUAUACAUGAAAAAAGAAACAAAAGAGAAAAAAAGAAGAAAUGAAGAAGAAAAAGAGAAAAGAAGAAGAAGAAAACAGAUACAAUCUUGCUUAAAAUGUAUAUAGGAAGUGCAGUGUAAGCGAUGGAAGUCAAUCAAUGAAAUUUUAUUAUUAUUUUCAUAUUGAGAUAUUUGUAGAAUGAGUUUCAUUUCUGAGAAGCCGUGUUCGCCACUGGUAACUGGAUCUUAAUAUGUAAUUGUAACAUAACAGGGACAUCUCCCCGGCUACGAUGAAGUAAAUAUUUUACGUAGUUGUGUGUGAAACUGAACAGAUGCUAAUUUGAGAGUUAAGCAAUUGUUUAGGCCAUUGGUGUGUGUGCAGGCUGGUUGAAAAACACAAACAAGCAACCCAGCAACAUUAAAUGAAUUAUUUUUGCUUCUUUGGUCAAAUUUAAGCCGGCUGUCAAAUGUAUCCUAGGGAGCCUGGCAGAGAGGGCUUGCUUAUUAACUAGUGUGUCUGAACCAAUUGUGGUAAGGUAAAAAACUUACAGUGGUACCUCGGGUUAAGAACUUAAUUUGUUCCAGAGGUCCGUUCUUAACCUGAAACUGUUCUUAACCUGAGGUACCACUUUAGCUAAUGGGGCCUCCCGCUGUCGCCGCGCUGCCAACGCGCGAUUUCUGUUCUCAUCCUGAAGCAAAGUUCUUAACCUGAGGUACUACUUCUGGGUUAGCGGAGUCUGUAACCUGAAGCGUCUGUAACCCGAGGUACCACUGUACUUUAUGUCUGGGCAUCAGUAAAAAUUGGUCAGGCAGGUUUAUGAUUCACCAGGCCAAGUAGCCCCCAAUACAGUUUGUUGUAAGGGGAGGAGCAACACAGAAGGCUUUAAGGAGGGUUUCUGUGGCAAAGCAGGAUGCUUCUUGUUACAACAGAAAGGAUUCCAGGGCUGCUGGGGGGAAAAGAGAGUUUGAGAUGUCAGCGAGUGAAUUCUCUGAUUCGCAAGCCUGGGCAGUGUGUUUGGAGGUCCUGGGCUGCCCAGAAGACACAACCCCCCUCUCAGCCUCACUGAUGUGGUUCAAAGGAAAGCAGAGCAAUACAUUUGGCACCAGCUUGGCUGCAGGAGUUGCUGGAAGGAAGCAUACAAAGCACCAUCCAACCAUCUUAGGGACUCCAUUCCUUGAUUUGUGUGGGGUUGACCCCCCCCCCAACACCCGACUACCAGGGCGGUGCAAAACCUUUUUCUAACAAGCCACAUGCCUUAUACUAGCUGUGCCUGUGUGUGGAUGAAAACCAAGAAAGCUGACUGGAACAAACUUUCAUUUACUGGGAAAUAAAAGGCAUAAAAGCACACAGACAGUGCAAUUUUGUGACUAAUUUAUGCAUGGCAGCACAGGUUUAUAUAUAUAUAAACUUGCGGAAACCUUUGACCGUUGUUCCAACAUCUAUUCUAAGCGAAAGAAUUUUAAGGUUUAAGAUGUGGUAGAGGUCAAAACGACCGAUUGGCAAUUAAAAGCGUACUACUUAAAUGCACUUUUACCUCUCACAGCUGGGUAUAAAUAAAGGAGGGCUUUAUAGUGAUGCAAGUGAAAGGUGAUUUAUGGUAUAAGAACAUUUUCCUUACCUUCCUGGGAAAGUGGUGAGGGACUGAGUUUAUGACUAAUUCCCCAUCUCAUCCGGCAAUGGUGCAGCCUGGUUUCAACUGUCUUACCACCUUUUCGUUAAACAACCUCUAGAUCUACUGCUCCCCUUGCUGUUCAUAAUGUAUAACUGGGAGAAAUUACCCAGUAGAAUAAAUCUGCCAACAGGAUUAGGUAAAAAUCCUCAAGGUCUACAUCAGGGGGCAGUCUUUUUAGUUUGCCGGUGUUAUUAUUCCCAGUUAAAGCUAGGACGCCAAAAGGAUCAGCACUGGCUCCCUGUGUGUUUCUGAGCACAAUUCUUGGUGCUGACCUUUAAAGCCCUAAAUGGCAUCAGCCUAGUAUACCCAAAGGAGUGUCUCCACUCCCAUCGUUCCGAGGGCCUUCUGGCGGUUCCCCCCUGCAGGAAGUGAGGUUACAAGGAACCAGGCAGAGGGCCUUUUUGGUAGUAGCACCCUCCCUGUGGAACGCCCUCCCUUCAGAUGUCAAGGAGAUAAACAACUAUCUGACUUUUAUAAGACAUCUGAAGGCAGCCUUGUUCAGGGAAGUUUUUUAAUGUUUGAGGUUUAAUUGUGUUUUUAGUAUUUUGUUGAGAGCCACCCAGAGUGGCUGGGGCAACCCAGUCAGAUGGGUGGAAUAAUAAUAAUAAUAAUAAUAAUUAAUAAUAAUAAUAAUAAUAAUGUCAGGGCAGGGCAGGGGUCAGAGCAGGGGAUGAGAAUAUACCCCAGUGUUCACAUGGCUUGUACCAUGUGGGUGGCACUGUGGUGUAAACCACUAAGCCUCUUGGGUUUGCUGAUCAGAAGGUCAGUGGUUCAAAUCCCCGUGAUGGGGUGAGCUCCUGUUGCUCUGCCCUAGCUCCUGUAACCUAGCAGUUUGAAAGCAUGCCAGUGCAAGUAGAUGAAUAGGUACCACUGUGGCGGGGAGAUAAAUUGUGUUUCUGUGUGCUUUGGUUUUCGUCAUGGUGUUCUGUUGUGACAGAAGCAGUUUAGUCAUGCUGGCCACAUGACCGGAAAGCUGUCUCUUUUGCCCUGAAAAGUGAGAUAAGCAACCCCAUAGUCACCUUUGACAGGACUUAACUGUCCAGGUGUCCUUUACCUUUUUACCUACCAGGCUCCAAUUCAUUGAGAUGAACUAGAUUCCGGUGCCCUGCGCCACCCUCAUAAUUUGAUUCUGAUGUGCACUUCCACAUUCCAGAUAAAGUUGAAAGCUAUAUCUGCUCAGCCUCCUGGUACCAGGUACGAACAUAUUUUCUUGCAAUGGGGUGCUUUCCGCUGAUUUGAACGUGAGUGACCACCAGGAUUUAGUGGGCCAAGGCAGUUCUGUAUUUGGGGGGUCGAUAGUGACUGUGAAUUAAACAGAUGGUGGCCAGAGGGCUCAAUUGUCAGGGACUAGACUGAACAGGAGGAAUGGGAAAUGAGCCCUCGGUCUGAUCGGCUUCUCUCAGAAGAGGAGGAGGAGUGGGAAGUUUCGCCCUCCCUGUCUCCAGCAGUUUCAGGAGGAGAGGGAGACAGGGAUGAUGUGCAGCUGAAGAAGGAAAUCCCAAGUUAGGAGAUGGUGGAGGAUGAGGAGGGGGACGCUAGAGUGCAGUAAGCAGAGACCUCCCUGGAGAGUAUGGGAGACCCUCCUAGUUCUAAGGCUCAAAGUUCCCUCUGCAUUCAAGAACAGAGGAUGCGAAGGGAUGUGACUCCUGUGACUUUCCGUAGGUUUCCAGAAUAUUGUGGGAGACGGAAGAGGAGGGACUCAGAGAAGCUAAUGUCUCCUAUGCGUGGAGACAUGGAUCUUUUGUCUUGCAACCAGAUGACUGAAUAAAAAGCCAUAAAAUACUAUCUGUUUCUUCUUCUUGACUCUGAGGCUACCAGGAGAGGGGAGAAUACUCCACGACUGACAUCAAUAAUAGAAGAUUGCUAUGAAAUAAUAAUAAAAGUACACAUGGGCAUGAGAAGAGCCUGAUGGAUGAAGCCAUUUAGUCCAGCAUUCUGGUCACACCCCUUCCCCAGCCCUUCCCCUCAAAGAAAAUGUUUUCCCCCUCCUUUGAUACAUGGCUGGUGCUCUCAGAGUUAACAGAUCCAAAGCAGGUCCUUGAAUAAAGCUUGAAAUGUUAUAGGAAACUUGACCACAAAUAGCAAGUGCCCCUGGCAACUCUCCCCACCCUUUAAUAGUCUUAUUCUCCAUGGAAUACAGAACUAUAGAGUUGAAAGGGACCCCCGAGAGUCUUAUAGUGCAGGACUCACGGCCUAAGGCUAUCUGAUCUCUGUUUAGUAACCUCCAGUGCAGGACCUUCCGAAGUUGUAAUCAACACAUCUGAGAAAAAUGGUUAAUGAUUUAAUUGCAAUAAAGUUUGGGGUAUUAUACCCCACCAGUGGAGUUUGCCUAGGGCAAAAUUUGGCAUUAAACAUGCCAUGCUCUGUUUUUAAAGUAAACAAUGUUUGCAGAAUGGAAUGAAUGUAAAGAUGCUUCAAGAGCAUUGCUGGGAAAAUCUAACUUUAAAAGCUUCCUAAUUGCCCUUUCAAUAACAAAAGUGCCCCACAUUUUACCCUCGAGUUCUGCUCUUUAAGCACAUUCAUUAUGAAAUUUAGUUAAUGCUGGUUAACCAUAUAUCAGCUGAGGUAUGAGGUUAGCAAAGAACACUUCAAAGCCACUAUAAAAUCAAUGCCGUCAUGCAGUAGAUUCAGGUUUUAUUUUGUGUCUAAUUUUUUCAGGCAGCAGUAUUAAACUCCUUCUACCAAGGAGCCUAUCUGCCCCCCGCCAUUUAUCCUUGGGUUGCCACAUUUUAAAAAGUGAAAAUCUGGACACAAAAGUCAUCGAGCUUCUUUUGGCAAAGUUGUUGAGCUUCUUUUGCAAAAUCUAAAAUAAUAAUAAUGAAGCUUUUGAGCUUUUUAUAAAGGAAAUCCACCAAAAUCUACACUUCCGACUUGAGUUGCCAUACGUCCAGAUUUUCCCAGUCAUUGCAGCGUUUUCUGCCCAAACACUGCUUCCGGUGGCUGAAUCCUGGCUAUGUCUGGGAAAUUCCAGACAUAAGGCAACCCUAGUAAUCCAAAACUGCAAUUUUUGGCCGGCCACGCUUGAAUAUGGGCAAUAAAGGCAUCCUGUUUGAAGUCCAAUCAGGACAGGGGACACUUUUGUCCAAAAAAGGGUGACCCUGUUUUUUUAGGGACAGGUGACAACACUAGCCAUGGGUUUCCGACUCCUGGUAUACAGGAUUUUGGCAUGCUUGAAGGUUUUGAUUUCUCUGAAUUAUAAUAUUAAUCAACCUGAUCAUCAUCCCUCAGACUAACAUGCAAAUUGGAUUGGGUCUUCUCUGAACUUUCUGGUACAAUUCUUGACUCAAAGGAAAAGAAUCAAAAUGUGUUAAAAAUGCAUACUUAAGGUCCAGUGUUUAGAACAUGUGCGUAUUUCGAUAAAUGUUUACAUGAGGAUUUUAAAAACAAAUAAAACAAGCAAAUAAACUGCAGAUUUAGGGUGGAGUUCAACAUAUCAUACUCUUCCAAUUGUCCUAUCAGUGCAUGCAUUUCAGCUUGCCAGAGAGAGAAAAAUCUCCCUCCUCUUGCACACUGUUCUGGGGUCCCCCCCCACUUGCACAUCACAGAUCUGAUUGGAGGGGACGUGAAGAAGGAGUAGGGAGGAAGAACGCCCUGUUCUGCUAGCAGGACUUGUUGCAUUGGCUCCCACUAGCGCAACUACUUAAAUUGGAUCCUGCCCAAACAUCAGAAUGAGAUGGAACAGAUUUAUGAAUGACUAUAUGGACCUUUCAGAACCACUUGACUUUUAGCUUUCCAUUCCAGCUUCAGCUUCCUUGUGUCUUUAUGACUUUAGCACCAUCAGAAAAAUGACGAUUGAAGUUCUUAAUUGUGUGUUAUCGUUGGGCGAUGAAAAAGGAAGCCCUUUGAAAGUAGCACAGGGGAAAAAAAUUGUUAUUGUGGUGCGGCUUAUUUCCUGCAUGCAGAAAAUCUGUUGUGAUUUUGUGGCCUAUUCCUGCCUGCUUUGUGUGCGCUCAUUUGACUGGGGUGGUGAUAGAAAUCAGGCUAGGAAUCGCUCUUUGAUUUGUGUUACAUUAAGCCCAGUUAAUCAUUUAUUCGGCCGCUGCUAAUAAAAACCAAAUACUUCUCUUUGAAGAAGGGUACUAGAGAAUGUUAAGUGCUUGCAAUAUAAAGUAAGCAGUGGUGCUGGCAAAUCAUCUCAGCAGCUGGGGGUAUAUUUAGGACCAUAUUUUGCCUUAAAGAGAAUGAAUGCUGCUUUAGUUAAUGAAGGCCGCCCACCUAGGUUAAAGGUUGGAAUCUGACCAAGAACUUGACAUUGUCGAAGUAGCAAUUCGUGGUCGUCUUCUUUUUAUUUCUGCAACUUCCUCCUAAAAAUCUGGCCACAUCUUCCACCCUUGUAUCAAAGGGAACAAGGUCCCAGUGUUAAACAGAUUUAAAGAGGAAGAGACAUGGUCAUGUUUAAUUUUCUCCUAUUUAUGCAUUUUAAAUGCGUGGAACUUUGAUGAUGGGGCAGGGAGAGCAACAACUGGUACCAGGCGCUAUUUUUGGGUGGGAUUCAGUCACAUUCUGGCAAAUUCAGUUGGUGCAGUUGAAACUGGUUUGGAUGUCUCACUCAACAAACUCAUUCCCCCCAAAUAUCAGACUUUUUGUGAUAAGGAAAGUGAUGAGGAGAAUGCACUGGAAUGUUUGCAGACCCUCCAAGUGUCCCUAUUUUCCAAGGACAGUGCUGGAUUUACAGAAGCCGUCCCAGUUUCUGAUUUGAUCCUCAAAUGUCCUGUUUUUCCUUUGUACGUCCCUAUUUCCACUGGAGAAAUUUUGGAGGGUUUAGAAUAGGACAUCCUUAUUUUCACUGGCGAAAUAUUAGAGGAGUAAGUGUGUGGGAUAACACUUGCUUUGAUGUAACCCACAGUUUGGCAGUCUUUCCAUUCUUCUGAAUUCAGAUAAGUGUUCAGAGGGUUGGGGAAAACCUUUGGGGCAAAUGAAAAGCCAAGGUCAAAUUGUGAGGGCUGCAAGAUCGGCCCAUAACUCAGGUGAAGCAUUGAAUGGUAGAAUGAGGAAAUGUCCACAUGGCAACUUUGACACUGUCUGUUUCAGGGUUGGGGAGACUUUCUCAAACUGUAGGCCGCAUUUCCUUCUGGGCAUUGUUCUGAGGACCAGAUGCCAGUGGCAGCAAGCAGGAAGGCUGAGGGAAAAGCCGGAAAAGCAACAAGUGUGAAGUUCACCUUUUUACAGUAGGCAAGUUUCUGCAUACACUCACACAACUCUUCUAUCCUCCAAGGCGGCAUGCAAGAAGCAUUAUCAGAGUUCAGGGACACUUUCCAGCCAGGCAGAAAUACUCAAGGGUCAGUACAGGGUGUGGCUGAGGAAGAGGUAUGCUCUAUGGAGAGCCAUAUCUGAGGGCCAGAUAGAGAGACAUGGAAGGCCACAUUGGGCCUCUGGUUCUGAGGCUCCCCAUCCCUGGUUCAUUUAGCACCGCAGUUAACCUGAAUGCACCACAAAUGCAAAGGAUGUGUCCUUUGGUUAAGACAAGGCCGCCCUUUCUCACUCCGAGCCUGUAAAGCUGGUUAAACAGACUACAUGCAAGGUUAAUUGCGUCUUCUUCUUUGGCAAUCACUCGUAGCCAAGUAAGAUUGUCUUCCAUGAACACGGUUUUAACAGUGAGUCUGUAAGUGACUGUGGAGGCCAAUUCUGGAUCCACACGUCCUUCCACAGUGGGGACAUACAUUUCUGUGCAGGAGUUGAUCAUGGUGAGGGUUUGCCAAGCGUGCCUUCCUCUUAGCACGUUUCUCCCUUGCGUCCUGAGUUCGAGUAUCUCCAAAACCCAUACCCAUGACACCUUUGGUAAAGGUUGUUCUCCAAUUGGAGCGCUUGCAGGCCAGUGUUUCCCAGUUGUCAGUGUUUAUACUACAUUUUUAAAAAUUUGCAUUGAGAGAGCCUUUAAACCUCUUUUGUUGACCACCAGCAUUACACUUUCCAUUUUUAAGUUGGGAAUAGAAUAUUUGCUUUGGAAGAUGAUAAUCAGGCAUCCACACAACAUGACCAGUCCAACGAAGUUGAUGUUGAAGAAUCAUUGCUUUGACACUGGUGAUCUUUGCUUCUUCCGGUACACUGGGAUUAGUUCACCUGUCUUCCCAAGUGAUGUGUUAAAAUUUUCUGGAGACACCGUUGAUGGAAUCUUUUUUUUAUAUAUAUAUAUAAAAAGGUUAAUUGCACACUGUUAAUCACACAGCUGCAGAAAUGGUUUUAUUGUUCUAUUAGAAUUUGUACACAGAGGGGUUUGUCAUUUUUUUAAGUUUGUCAAAAGUGUUUUAUUGCUUUUCUGGUUUCUUCUAUUUUUAUGCCUCUUUGGUGGCUUCGUCCUACAAAGUGGUUAAUUAAUGCAUUUGCAAAUGCAAUGGUGUCAAACCAAUCAUCAUCAGUGGCUUGGAAUCCCAGCAGCGGAAACAAAAAGAGAGAGAAAGGAUCAGUGGGAUGAUGAAGCCAAAUGAGACAAGGCACAAUUCAUGAUGGUGAACAGCUACAUGGCCGGCUUUUAAAAAACAAAAUUGGAUGCACUAGGGCCCUGAAUCUGCACCGGACGGUGGGUGGAGUGAGGGCUGUAAAAUGUUGUCUACCCUGUUGCAUCCAAGGUCUGGAUCACAGAGCCCACACCUGCCAUUUCCUCUCUUUAAAAAUGCCCUUCACAAGUUUGCUAAAUAGGGUUGCCAUGUGUCCUCCUUUUCGAGGACACCUCAUUUUUCAGAGGUAACAUUUGAGACAAAUUGUGUUUAUUUGCUUUGAAUGCCCUCUUUUUCGCUCUUCAAAAUAUGGCAACCCUAAAAUGUUGCGUACUGUCUUGUUUGGCCCUCACCAUCUUUCUUUAUGUGUACUGCAGGACUCAGGAGCACACUAGAUGAACACCGAAAUCUUUCCGAAAGCGGGGGAGGGAACAUGCUGCCUUGAGUCAUUGGAUGUGCAUGUAUCCAUCUGCACAAAAAACGGCUAAGCUAGUGUUGUGAGGGGGAAGUUCAGGACUGUUUAUGAAUGAGCAUGAGACAAAAGAAAGGGCUCAUUCAGAUGAUGGUGCAUGAUUUCCAGAACCAACUUUCCGCAAGAUGUGCUGAGGGCCAUUGGUUUCAGGUGCUUUAAAAGUGGAUCAGACAAGUUCGUGAAGGGCAGAGCUGUCUAUAGCUCUUAGUCGUGAAAGCUAAAUAAAAGUUCCAUGGCUAGCAUGUCACUAAAUGCCAGUUAUUUUGGAGGGGGGCAUCAUUAGGGGAUGAAGGAUUUUCAGAGUUACUGGAAACCCAAAUCCCAUACUAAAUGGAUCCCACUUGGUCUAUCUGUCAAAGUUCUUGUUAUGUAAUUAAAUAUGUCUAAGCAACCUGAGACAGGAGAGGCAUGGUUUAUUGCAGGGAGGGCAGAUGAAGGCAUCCAGUUUUGCUGCUACAGGUGCACCAUGACAUUUUUUUCUCUCUGUGUUCCUACCAGCGGUCAUACCUCCUCUGGUCACUGCCGUGGAUACACGACCUGACUGCCUGUCUCUAAGCACUAGGUCUCGUCUGCAUGACAUUCCCACACGGCAGGGUUAAUGCUGCCGGCCUUCAUGUCACAUUUGCAGACAUCUUUGUAACACAGAAUAGGGACUCAGCUACAUUAGUCAAAAAACAGUGUUUUGAAUGCGUUAUAAACAUGAAACACCAGAUGGCGAUGGAGAGCAAAACAAAUCAUUGCAAUUUUCCAUAGCGUUUUCUCUCUCUUUUGUUAUAACAAUUUAAUUUCUGACUUAUUUAUAGCUCCACACACCCCCGUGUGUAGAUCUACCUUUGAUCCGCCAGUAGACCUAGUGCCUGAAGCCAGCUCCUUGUAGAGGUUGUUGAAAGAUACAGUUGGAAACUGAUAAUCUCCAGCUGUAUCACUGAAUGAAGAAAUAGCUAGGUGCCUAAUGCCACCACAUAAAGAAAAAGAAAGGUUUGGUAUACUAGCUGUUAUCUAUAUAUCUAUAGAUAUAGGAUUUUAAUAUCUAUUUAAUGUAAGAUUUAGUUAGCACCAAUAGUAAAACAGCAAUGUGUUCCAAUGCAACGUAAUCCCAGCAUCCUUUUCCCAUAUUUUUUUCCCUCGCUUUUAUGGCAGUGUAUCAAACAUGGCCAGUUUCCCAGAACCUUUCAAGAUAAUUUUAUGUCUAGUCAACAGAUUGGAUGCUUGCAGUAUAGGAAGCCGCGUCUUGGCUCAGAAAACACAUCUGAACAAAGUUGCCUAAAAUAUGACAAAGUAUUUAUGAACUUACUAGGGGCUGCACCCAGCUUGCUCUGCUCAACAACCUCUCUGACAUUCUCCCUCCUUCCACCUCAUGCAACUACAGUGGUACCUCAGGUUACAUACACUUCAGGUUACAUACGCUUCAGGUUACAGACUCCGCUAACCCAGAAAUAGUGCUUCUGGUUAAGAACUUUGCUUCAGGAUGAGAACAGAAAUCGUGCUCUGGCGGCACGGUGGCAGCAGGAGGCUCCAUUAGCUAAAGUGGUGCUUCAGGUUAAGAACAGUUUCAGGUUAAGUACGGACCUCCGGAACGAAUUAAGUACUUAACCUGAGGUACCACUGUAUUAAGUUUGCUUUUCACCUUCCCAACCACUUUUCUGAAGCUACUUCUCUCUUCUCUUCCACAGUCCUACUUUGCGCCAGUUUUCACCUUCACCCCAUGUCUAUGCCUCCCCCUCCUUUUGUACAACGCCCCCCCAUUACACACAAACCACCCACAUGGUAACCUCCUGCAUCUUCCUCCCCCCACAUACUGCAACUUCUAAGCACUGUCUUCCACCCCAGGGUUAUUUCCCCCCGGCUGUAACUUCCCAGAACUCAGUUCUGGCACCUCUCAGAUGGGCACCAUUGCCAUUAUAAGAGAACAAGGGAGGUGUUCCUGGUGAAUUCUGGCCCCUCUUUUUCUAGAAAAAUACCACUGUUCCUAGAAGAAAUAAUCCUUCAGAUAUUAUGUAGAUAGAAAUGUACCCCCUCACAAUCCCUCUUUCAAAGAAAUAUGAACAGCUCUGUGAAGACACAUUUUAGCCAGAAGUGAUUUCCAGGACAUUCUGCAAGUGAUUUGUUCUCAAAUAUUUAGAAAGGCUUUUUUCAGCAAGGUUUUUCCAAUACCGUGAAGAGCAAUAGGUUAGGAAAGGUUAGAUAAACAGUGUUACAUCCAUUACAUAUGUUUUAGACAUUCAGAAGCCUUUCCCUAUUGCAAAAAUAAUAAAAAAGUAGAGUGCUGUUUUAUAAGAGAUAUUUUGGCCCAUGGUUUAGUUGUAAAUCUAGCCAAAUAUUAUAUUGGAUUUAAUCUGCAAAGCUCAGGGGAUGUCAGUAGCACUUUGAAGGGAGUUGUGGGUGGGGGAAUCAGAUAUAAUGCUGGUCACAUGGAAGUGUGUAUAGGGUUGUUAUUUUUACACACACAGCUGCCGCUGCAUCAGAUCUCUUGUUAGCAGCACAGUCUUACCUGCAAAACAUUUAAAUGGAGCAAUUAUGCCUUUAAAUUGCUCCCUGGACAAACAAGGCACUUGUCUUAAGUGCCUUGGCACACAUAUCACGCAGGGUUCCCAUAUGAUGAGACAAGCAAAGAAAACUUAACCAUGCCUUGGGUUGCCUGCCUGUUUUCCAUGUGCAGCUAUAAUGAGCCUUGAGGGCACUGCAACUAACCUUGCUGCUGUGGUCAAUUAACCUUGCAGUUAACAUAUGCUAAGCCAUGCAUCUUUCCCUCUGCCUAUAUAUUUUUGCUCGUGAUACAUUGAUUGGGUGUGUUUGUUUUUAAGAGUCUGAAAAACAUUAUAUAUCAGAAGGAGGUCGGCAACAGUCCGUGUACCAAGAUUAUUCAUUUGCCUAGUGGUUUACUUCGUAAAAUGUUUACUGAUUUCAUUGCUAUUGUGGUUCUGCUUAACUAAGCUUAAAUAUAAGGGUCAAUUAAAAGUUUUACAUUAUUAUGUCUCAUGGAUAGCUCAGCUGGUUAGAGCAUGGUGCUGAUAACAUCAAAGUUGCAGGUUCAAUCCCCAUAAGAGGCAGUUGCAUAUAUCUACAUUGAACUAGAUGAUCCUCAGGGUCCUUUUCAACUCUAUGAUUGAUUGAUUGAUUGAUUGAUUGAUUGAUAUAUUUAUUUAUUUCCUGCCCUGUCCCAUAAGAUCCCAGGGUGGGUUACAAAUAUGUAAAAAUUCAAUAUCAAAACCAAGUGUUCCUGCUUGCUUUGAACUCUUGCUUCCCUUUGUACCAACAUAUCCCAAAGCACAAUAAAUGCCUAGGUUUGCACACUUAAGAAUGUAAGAGGAGCCUUGUUGGUUCUGACCAAUGACCAGCAUCCUGUUCUCACAGUGGCCAACCAAUGGGGGAAGCGUAAAAGCAGAUCCCAAAUGCAAUAGACCUCUCCCCAGCUGAAAACUCCUGUUUUUUCACCUCUAGCUUAAAUGAAGCCCAAGUUCCUUAGCUGAUGACUAAUGUAUUGAGAAUGAUUUGUAUGAUCUGUCCCCAUGGCUUGCAUUCUUAAAUUUCAUGCAUCAUUUAUGGAUCUUUGACUUGUACCAUUCCCGUUAUUGUAAGUCUGCUCACCUUCCGGGUGCGGCGGCAUUGGGGGCAGAGGUUGCUCCCCACAGGACCUGAUGAGGGGUUUCUGGUCACUGGGAACCCAUCUGAGCUGAUGAGGAGGGCAUAACACCCCUUUCGCCUAUCAGGUGCUGGAUCCAAGCCUGCCUGCGUGAUUGGCCAAUGGCAGGCAGGCUUGGACACAGGGCUGACCUUGGGGGGUAGUCCUGAUGGAGCAGGUAGGCUUCCUUCAGUCCACCUCCAGGGCAUUUAAGGACCUUGCCCCUGGACCUGUUACCUGGUCUAUUCCUGUGACUUGUGGCUUGCGUUCUUCACUUUUAGAUAUAAUUUAUGGAUAUUUGAUUUGUAUCGUUCCGGUCGUCGUAAAUCACCUUCAGACUUUUUUGUAUAAGGUGCUUAAUAAGUGAAACAAAAAGAUUAUGAUACUGCAUUUAUGUCAGUUCAUCUCCUUUUACUCUUGUCUCCAUCUCUACUCACUGCCCUUCUCAAUUUCUGCUAUCUCUCCUCUGCAGAAUUUCUGUGUGGUAGCUGUCCACCGUCCAAUUAGAAAGAGGGUAUAGCAAAUCGAUUUUUAAAGUAGCUGUUCAGUCAUAAGCGUUCCUUUGAAUGCCACACAACAUUCCCCAAGCAGAAAUGAUUUACAGUGAAGUGAGGAAGAACCAGUAAAGGAAAACAGAUAUCAUCUCUCCCACCCGUAUCCACCCCGAGCUAAGAUUUAUACUUGUUGUGCCAGAGUGACAGCAAGCAAAUCCAGUUCUUCCUGCAAAGGCAGCUUCCAGCUCUCCAGCUUUCUAUCUUUAAAUGACAAACACUGCUUGGAAAGAAAUUUCCACGCACCUGAAGCUUGACCCCAAACCACAAAUAAUGGGACAGGAAAUGGCUUCCCAAAUACUCUUUAUAUAUACAGUUUUUCCAUGGUACAUGAUUUGUAACACAGCAUUACUGGUGUGUGCCGACGUCUCGAAAAGGUCAUAAUUCUUUCACUAGGUUAAUUCAUUCCAAACACGUACACACAUGGAAGAUGUGGGAGAGGGAUCCCUUUUGGGAUUAUUCAGUGUAUAUUCAAUCCAUUUGAAAUAUUCUGAUCUGAAUAGUUCAUUUGUCCUGAAGAGUUUUCACAGGGUUUUCAUAGUCUACAGCAGGCUUCCUCAACCUCGGCCCUCCAGAUGUUUUGAGACUACAAUUCCCAUCAUCCCUGACCACUGGUCCUGCUAGCUAGGGAUCAUGGGAGUUGUAGGCCAAAAACAUCUGGAGGGUCAAGGUUGAGGAAGCCUGGUCUACAGGCCAUUUUGCAGUCUAAAGCUUUCGCGAAAGAUGAGACUCCAAGCCCUCCUCCACCAUUUGCAUACUUAUAGUUACCUAGAAAAUGUAAUGGUGUGUACACCGAUAUAAUCACAGUUUUAUCCUGUCGAGGCUGUUGCCAUAAAGGGGGAAAGUGGAUUGAUACAGAGGCAGCGUCACAAUGGACUUUGGUGGUUGGAAAGUGAUUUAGUUUUCACCAGUACCACAGUUGCUAAUGUAGCACUGGGGAGAAAUGAGCUUGUUACUGAGGUAAACUUUUAUUUUUAAAAUGAUUAAUGGUAUGUGUGUGCGCGCGCGCACACACACACAAUUCAUGUAGUUCAGUUUAUAAACAUACAUAAGUUCCUAGAAAAGGCACUUUAUUUGCAUACACAUUAUAAGAAAAAAUACAUUGAUGCUAAAUAAUAAUAAUAAUAAUAGUAAUAAUAAUAAUUUAUUUUAUCUUAUCUCAUCUCAUUUUAUUUUAUUCCCCACCCAUCUGGGUUGCCCCAGCCAUUCCAGGCCGCUUCCAAUAAAGCAAUAUUCAUUAUUUUAAUGAACAGUAAAAUUAAACAACAGCAAAUAAUAAUGAAACAGUUUACACUUAUCAAUUACAAUAAAGAAUUGCUAUAUAAUAAAUCUAGUGCAUGCUCACAGCUUGAAUACUUUAAACCCUUUCUUUCAAGUGAAAUUCUAUGUGAUUGGCAAAAACUGACUUGAAAUCUUAUAAUGGGAAUUCAUUACAGAACCGUACCUGUACAACCAGUUAGCUAGGGAGUGCAAUGUACUCUGUGGGUUUGGCCAGAGUUUGUGGUGUGUGAUGCAUUGCUGUUGCCUCUCGUCCUGUGGAUUUGCACCUUUCCUUUAAAACGAAAACUUGCCAAGUGGAGUCUUCUCUUUCUUCAGUCGUAAAGCUGGCUGCAAUACAGCUGGGAUUGUUUGCACUGUACUGAGAAUUCUGCGCUAAAAUGUCUGUUGGUAAAGGAGAGUGCUUCUGCUGUGCUGUGAUCCGAUUCCUGACCGGCCUCCCAAAGCAGGAUUGCAAACGAACAAUGAACGCUGCAGAAAGAACGACAUCUGACCUUCACGGUUUCUAUCAUUUCUCCUUACUCCCCUGCCCUUCCAAGUAUUUGAGACUUUCUGCCAUCCCACAUUGUUGUAUGUUGAAAGCAUUAAAGAGACAUAAUGGAGUAGCUUCUCUGCUGGUAGAAAUUGGGCUCCAGCUCUGCAGCCCUGAAUGGGUCUGUGUCUAGCUUUUGAAGCACCUGGGGAUACAACUCAGUGUUUUCAAUUUUCUCUUCCUUUCUGUGCUUGAAAGGAUACGGAAAGACUGAACUUUUUCUUCUUCCAGGGCAAGGCCAACACAGCAUUGCAUCCCAUUUCUACAUGAAAGCACCUCUUUUUUCCCCAGCAUGAAAAACUAAAAGCUUUUAUACUAAAGUGUAUUGAGCAGCUUUCAUUAUAAAGACACCUUUCGGGGGACUAAAAUGGUCGCUUUUGCACUUGGUACAAAAAUUGGAUAUUCACAUGCAGUUCACUCCCUUAAAAGUGGAGUCAUUACAUAGUUCUGUUGCAGCAAUCUCAUAUGCUAUGGGAGGGGAAACCUCGAAAUACAUAGAGGGACGCAGAAUGCCCUUGAAAAUGCUAUUUCCACAUCUUUGUGGCUUCUUACCAUCCCUUUAGUUCCACCAUCCAAUGUCUUAUUUAACGAAGCUUUGGCAUAUGUGUGUGGAACCUGUAGUCUUCCAGAUAUUGUUGGACUAUAAUUCCCAUCAUCCUUCAUCCAUGCUAUGCUGGCUGGGGAUGAUGGGAGUUGGAGUUCAUCUGAGAGGCACAGGUUUCACACUCUGGCCCUGUAUGUUCAGGAUUCAUCCUCAUAUCCUUUGGUACAUAUUGAAGACAACAUAAAUGUACCGUACUUCCCCCAAUCUUGUAAGAAGGUUACUAUGUAUCCUUGGAAAAAUACAUCUCCACCCUCUCUCAUUUCAAGACAUGUUGAGUUGUGAUCUAGACACACAUUAAACUACAUCCGAGCUGAAAUUUUGAAAGAAGAUUUUCUGAUGAAGUGCUGAAGAAAUGUUGGUUGGGGCUAAAUGGCAUGCUGAAGUAAUUCCGAUGGAAGAAGAAAUAGACAAUGUUGCUAGAGUGUCAAAACUCACUGAAAUGGUAUGAUUAAGAGAAGGCAGGCAAAGCAAAGAAUGAUUUGAGAGAUUCUGGUCCCCUUUUAUUAAUUACAUGAAAGAGGAGUACAAUUCGGACCCAUAUAAAAGUUUUUCACUGUUGCUAUAAUUUAUGUAUAUGUCGUAUAUAAGUUUGUACUGUUUUAUUCCUGGCAGCCAACUGAUGAGGGUGGUGUAUGAUUGCACCUGGCUGAGUAGAGGGAAAACUUGCAUAUGAUGUGUGGAGAGAGAGAGAAAGAGAGGGAGAGAGAGAGAGAGAGAGAGAGAGAGAGAGACAGAAAGAAAGAAAGAAAGAAAGAAAGAAAGAAAGAAAGAAAGAAAGAAGAUUUCACUUCACUUUUAAUUUGAAUAUUGCCUCUCUAUAUUACUAUACACAAGGCGAUGUACAGCAACAAAACAUACAACAAAGAAUGUGCGCCUUAAAAUAAUCUGAACUAAUACAAAAAGUCAUAAUAAAACAAAACUUUAAAAUGUAACGACAUAUCAAAUAAAGUAAUGUUAGAAUAUAACAGUACAAAAUAAAAUUAACUCUCAAAACAACAGCAAAUAAGCAGAAAUUCACUGUUAACAAAUACAAUAAAUAAUUACUAAACUAUGAUCAAUAAAAAUAACUGCAAGUGACAGACACCCCUAUUUGCUGCGGGUUGAAAGCAGCAUCUUUCUCGUAAUCAAUAAGGGCACAGGGUGUCUUUUUCUCUUUCUGGCAGGGGAUCAGCAUCUGUGGGAAGGAAGGCACGGUGGCCAAUUUCUCCUUUAAGUUGGCCAUUAACCGUUUGAGGCUUAUACGCCUGUCGGUCUUCAGGCAGACAGCAUCAGUAUGACGUCACAAUGGCCAGCCAUUCUUUUGCAGCUGCAUCAGCCUUGGGGGCGGCGGGUGGGCAGGGGCAACACUGAUCAGCUCUUUUCCCACUGAAUCCAGCCACCGCCUGUGGCAGCAUGUAUCUCCCUCUCAGACAGAAGCAGGGAAACUCAGACAAUUACUCUUUCUCGGUGAGGUGAGUUUCUGCAGGAACAUAUGGGAACCAGCGGCAGAGCAUAUGCCCGCGAUGCUCAGGGUGGGCGCGCUCCCAAGGGGGGCAUGGCGCAGAGGGUGCCCUCCCAGGUUUGGGAUAGCUGCUCAGGUGCACGCGCCCUGCAGCCGGGGGCCAAGCGAGCCGCCCAUGGGGGCCGAGUAAGCUGCCCAUGGUGGACAUUCGGCGCGCCACCUGCCCGCGACUCCGAAGCCUCCCCCAAGCUGUCAAAACAAAGGGGGAAGGGGGGAAGGCUGCAGCCAAAGUGGUGCAGCUCCCCCCUUACCCCGACAGCUCAGGUAGGUUUGUUAAAGGUAGCCUAGGCUGGUAAAUCAAAUAUGGAUGGCAAAGACACACAGGAAGGCCUUAUUGCAACUACUGUCUCUCUAGAUCUGCAUUUUCCUUCCUGUAAAUGUCUUUAAAAGUCAGACUGCCUUCCAGAAGUAAUGCAAGACUUUUUAAAGCAGGAAUUGGUAAUUGGAAAUAAUUAUGGGACAACUUUAAUGGGGUAGUUAGGGGAAGAGGGGUCUCUUAGACCCAUGUAAUGAUGUUCCAUGCGUCCAAAUAAUUAUGACUCUGAUGUAUUGCUGAUGGAAUACUUUGCCAUAAAGGAACACUGUGCUCAUAUUUUCUCUUUACUGUAUGUGGGAAUGUGCCUUAGGGCUGAAAAACCUCAAUUUCUUAAAGAAGCCAGUUCUUUUUCCGAUUCAUUUCAGCUGCUUUUAAUUUUUAUAGUUUAUGUUGUGUUUCCCUUGUGCGACCAGUGCAGCCUCUGGCAACAAAUGGAUUCCUGAACAUUCCAACUGCUCAGAGAACAUAGCUCUCAGAAUAUUUGCAGUCCAGCUUCUAUUAGAGAAGGAAAUGUCAGUUUGACUGGGAUUAAAGCCUCACAAAGGCUAGGCACAGUAGUUGCUGUGUGGGAUUGUCUGACUGGGAACAGGUCAGAAAGUAUGGUAGCUGAGGGGUGGAUAUGGAUUAUUCAUUGGAAAAUUAAUUCAGACAAGAUAGAAGUACUUUUGGCGUGAGAACGUCUGAGAUGGGGCCUUUUCUAAAGUGGCACUAAGACUCUGAGACUCCCCGCAUUUGGCCCCUUUGCUGCCAGUUUUCCCAAUUUCCUGCCAUUUUAAUUGAGAGGGCAUUUUUGGAGCCCUCUGGAGAGCAAGGGUCUUGGUUUUUCUGCCAACUGGGUAUGCUUAUUGCUGUUUUUUGUCUCCCCCCCUUUUGCUUUAGUCCUGUAUUUGAGGCUCUUCAUUGUGAGCUUGUCAACAUGCUCUUGCAAGAAAGGUGGGAUACGAAUAUUUCAGUGAGUCAGUCAAACUAAAGGUGACUGAAGAACGUUUGUAGAAUCGGCAGCGGAUUGAGAAAUGUGAACUUUGGGGAAGCCUAGAUUGAAAAGGCAGUUGAAAAGGGAGCCAGCAUGGUGUAGUGGUUAAGAGUGGUGGACUCAUAGGCUGGUGAACUGGGUUCGCGUCUCCGCUCCUCCACAUGCAGCUGCUGGGUGACCUUGGGCUAGUCACACUUCUCUGAAGUCUCUCAGCCUCACUUACCUCACAGAGUGUUUGUUGUGGGGGAGGAAGGGAAAGGAGAAUGUUAGCCACUUUGAGACUCCUUAAUAUAGUGAUAAAGUGGGAUAUCAAAUCCAAACUCUUCUUCUCUUCUUGAGAAAGGCAGAGGAAGCUAGGGAAAAGCCGAGAGAGGGGGCUCUGAAGAAACCUCCACAGAACUUCAGCUCAGGAGGGGGUGAGUGGAGUCAUACUGUUUAGGCAGAGGCCAAGGAGGGACAGGAGUACUAGGGAGACUGACAGGGAGGGUGGCUAAAGGAUGGAGGCCAAAGCAGGUCAUGGGUUGAAAAGCACAAACUUGAGAAAGAAUAGGCAAUGCAGACAUUGCUGAGAGGAAGUACUAUGCAGAAAUUACGAUGUGCAAGAAGUCUUCCUAUCAUCAAGAAGAAAAGAAAGAGAGGGAUGGAGACUAGGGAUACAGAGUUGCUUCAUCAAGACUUCAGAUUCUAGAGUCACUUUUGCACCUGACAGGCUUCUUGUAACUUUAAAGCAGGUCUGGGGAACCUGUGGCUUGCCAGACAUUGAUGAAUUCCAGCUCCCAUCAUCCCUGACCAUUAAUUGUGCUGGCUGGGGCUGAAGGGACUGCGAGCCCAACAACUUCUGGAGGGCCUCAGGUUCCUGGCUUUAAAGGGUUGCAUUGGAAAGGGAGCAGUGGCCACAAAGUUUCAGUACUGUUAGUGAAACUUAAUAACCUUGCAAACAUAAGGGGAGGACUAAGAAGAAUCAGUUGGCGGGAAUGAAACAUGGAUACUUAAUUUUACAUUUUGAAUUGAACUGACCAGUCAAAAAAACAUUUUAUCUUUAUCUUUUUACUACUAUUUUUUUUACUACUUUUUUUUUUUUGAGGGACGCGGGUGGCGCUGUGGGUAAAAGCCUCAGCGCCUAGGGCUUGCCGAUCGAAAGGUCGGCGGUUCGAAUCCCCGUGGCGGGGUGCGCUCCCGUUGCUCGGUCCCAGCGCCUGCCAACCUAGCAGUUCGAAAGCAUCCCCGGGUGCAAGUAGAUAAAUAGGGACCGCUUACUAGCGGGAAGGUAAAAGGCGUUUCCGUGUGCGGCUCUGGCUCGCCAGAGCAGCGAUGUCACGCUGGCCACGUGACCCGGAAGUGUCUUCGGACAGCGCUGGCCCCCGGCCUCUUGAGUGAGAUGGGCGCACAACCCUAGAGUCUGUCAAGACUGGCCCGUACGGGCAGGGGUACCUUUACCUUUACCUUACUAUUUUAUUAUUAUUAUUUGAACACACCAGAGACAGCAGGAUAGCUGAAAAAGCUGAAAAAUGUCUUAGUAAAUAUGAAUAAUCUGAGCUUUACUGUUCAGCCAGGUGGGCCUCUGGCAUUGCAUCUGCUAAGCACCCCAUCAGCGCUGCAGAAACCUUUGCCACAGAAGCAAAAAUAGCAGCGCUUGUUUUCAUUUCACCUGUGUGAUCACACGGGCUAUGUUUCUUAAGAUCUCCGCACCAGACUCAAUGUGCUAGACCUCUUUAAAUCGGGUGGGGGGGAACACCCCCCCCCAAUGUUAUGGUACUGGUCAGUAUUAUGUUGCUGCUUUAUGUAAUCCAAAUGGUCAUUUCCAGACAGAAACGUCUAAACAAAGAAUAUUGACACAGAUGUGAGGGUUAGGAAAGCACAACGUAGCUUCAAAGGGGUGUGUGUGUAGGGAAUGUCAGGUGAGUAAUUUGAAAUUAUCCUGUAUCAUUUGUAGCCCAACAUGCUGAGGACAGUUCUGAGACAUGGGGCUGGGUGGGUGAGUAGGUGGAGCACGACCCUCCAUCCCUGAUGGGCUGCAUUAAGUGUGAUGAGUCACAAGUUGUACAAGCCAAGUUUUAAUAGAUGUUUUCAGAACAAACGGCAGUUUUGUUUGGAAGAGGUUUCUGAGGCUUAUGAGGCUUGAACCCUCGGUGACGGUUCAUUUAAAAUAGUUGUUUUACAGCAGGAGCCGCCCACUGAUUCUUGGGAAUCGUGGGCACAUUUGCAAACAGGAAAAACCACAAUCGCACAUCUGCAUGUGCUCACACAAACAUCUGGGCCACUAGCAGUGGCAUAACGUGGUGAUGGGGGCACAGGGACAGCUGCCCUGGGUGCAAAUUUGUUAGCAAAAUUUCAACACCUGGUGCUGACUCAAGACAGCCGUGUGCUUCUGUCACUGGGCUCUGUUGAAAAGGGCUUCUCCAUGCAAACCAUGAAUUGACAUCCCCAGACAACAAAAUGACUCUUCUUUUCUUUUUCUUUGUAAUCUUUAUUUCUUUUUUAAUGUUUACAAAAAACAGAAAAUAAAUUAAUCUUCUCUGUAUCGUUCCAAUUUUAGUAUAUGUGCUGCCGAAGCGAGCACGAAAAUAAAUUAAUCCUUUCACCCACAUAUACGAAAAAGAAAAAUGAUACAUAGAAGAAAAUAUGAAAAGAAAAAUAAAAUAAAAAAAUAAAAAUAUAUUUGUCAAAUGCACAAAAUUAUUUAAAGAGUGCAAACCAUAUUGAAUAUUCUAUACCCAAAAUUCCUAGAAAUACAUUACCUUCAUAUUUCAUCUUUUCUUUUCUUUUGUACCGUCACAUUCUUUCUAUUUCACUAAGCUGGAUUGAGUCCCUUAUAUGUUAAUUGACUUCCCCCUAUCUCUUUGCAGUUUCCACAUUUCUCUUACAUUUAAAUAAUCUGCAUUCCAUUAUUAAAAAAGAAAAUUCCCUUAUAUCUGUGAAGUUAGUCUAGGCACAGCCAAGUGUUGUUGUUGGAACCAUAUUUUGUCAUAAUUUUUAAAGCAAUCCCAUUCUUUUUAACCCUGUCGCCUGAGUGAUUUCUUAUUAAUUCUGUCAUUUUGGCUAGCUCAAGGUACUCACACAACUUUAACUGCCAUUUGUCUUUUGUUGGUGUUAACUCAUUUUUCCAGUAUUUUGCUAUUAACAUUCUGGCUGCUGUUGUUGCAUAAAGAGACACUUUUAUUUUCAUUUGGAAUGCUUAUCGUUAAAAUGCCUAAUAAAAAAGCUUCAGGUUUCUUUAAGAAUGUAUAUUUUAGCUUUUUUUAAAAAGUUCCUCAUAAAUCAUGUCCCAAAUUUUUUCGUAAUUUGGGGACAAGUCCACCAUAUGUGGAAUAAGGUUCCUUCAUUUUGUUUGCAUCUCCAACACUUGUUGCUAUUAUUUUUAUUUAUUUUAGCUAAUUUGGAUGGGGUCAGGUACCAUCUGUAAGUCAUUUUCAUAAAGUUUUCUUUAACCAGAUAGCACGCAGUAAAUUUUAAGUCUUUUCCCCAUAAUUCUUCCCAUUCGACUCUUCUUUUCUUAUCUGUGCUGCUGUGAUCUCCUGGGUGAUGUGGAUGCCAUUAGGUAGUUGAAUGUGCAUGCCUGCUUGUUCCGUUGCCCCUUCCUCUCACCCCCUGCAUAGCCCCGGGUGCUGCUAACCCAUGCUACACCACUGGCCAUGAGACAUUAGCCUUAUGAAAAGCAUUUUCACUUUCUACAAGUCUAAUUUGGGAGGACAAUUUUCCUGGAGGGUUAAUCUCUCCUUCCUAGUUGCAAAGCCCAGAAAGAUCACAUACCCCAGCUGCGAUGGUGCGCACUUUCAGGUGUGUAGGGAAGCAACACAGGUGGGGAGUAGAGGGGUAUUUCUUACCUCCUCUGCUACAUCCCACCCACCAUAAUGGUCCCUCCUCCAUUGUAAUUGUAGCAGAAGGCUUCUUUGCACACAUGACCACUUUAGCACAUGGCUGAAGUGGGUGCCACGUGCUGAAAGAGUCGUGAAUUCUUCCUGCAUGUCCAUUGGAACAAGUGUCAAAGGUUACGUUUCAUUUCUUCCUUUGUGCAUUUCCCACAAAUGAGAGUUAACAGAGGUGUCAACCAGUGUCAACACCACAGUACAAAGGGAGCAAGGCUCUCAAAAACACGCGUAUGUAUGGUUUCCUCAGAUGUCUGGCCUCCAAAUCUGACAGCUCUUUCUUUUUAAAUGUUGCAGGUGAGUUUUCUUUUCUGUAACAGUGAGCUGCUGACCCCCUGAACUGAAGCGGCAUUUCUGCCAGCUUAAUUAGCUGUGCUGAUAAGAGGAAUCAUUAUGAAACCUUAAAGAUGUUCUUGGUGAUACUCAGCACACAGAUGCUCCCCAUGGACUGGCCUUAACCGGCUCCACAUGCUGUUCUCGCUGAUAUGUCAGCUACAUUUAUUAGCUCAGGAAAUGAAAAACACCACCAAUGCCCCCUUAUUUAACCAUACAUCUUUUGCCCUUCUGUGAUUUUUUUGACCUAUUCUUAACUGCUCUGGGUUUGGUUUUCUUUUCUUUUCAGCGUUACACUGUGCAUUCAGAUUAUGUCCAGCUCUACUUCAUAAUGCAUUAUUGGAUAAAUAUGACGUGCAGCGUAAAUUAAUAAUGCAGAGUCUUCUUCAGUAAAAGAAUAAAAGCUUUACUGAGUUAAAAUAAACUCAUGUGCAAAUACAGUGGUACCUCUGGUUACGAACUUAACUCAUUCCAGAGGUCCGUUCUGAACCUGAAACUGUUCUUAACCUGAGGUACCACUUUAGCAAAUGGGGCCUCCCACUGCUGACGUGCCACCAGAGUGCGAUUUUUGUUCUCAUCCUGAGGUAAAGUUCUUAACCUGAGGUACUACUUCCGUGUUAGCGGAGUCUGUAACCCGAAGUGUUUGUAACCCGAGGUGUUUGUAACCCGAGGUACUACUGUAACAGCAUGGCGAACAGAAGAUUAAACUAGCUUCAGAGCAUACACAGAGUUACUGAGUCACACAGAGUCUCCAUUGAGCACAGGCUUCACAGAGUACAGGCUCCACCUUACACACACAGAGACAUAGACUGAGAGAGACACUGAGUCUGCCUGCAAGCAGAUACAAUACUUAUACAGUGGUACCUCAGGUUACAUACACUUCUGGUUACAUACACUUCAGGUUACAGACUCCGCUAACUCAGAAAUAGUACCUCGGGUUAAGAACUUUACUUCAGGAUGAGAACAGAAAUCGUGCUCCAGCGGCGUGGUGGCAGCAAGAGGCCCCAUUAGCUAAAGUGGUGCUUCAGGUUAAGAACAGUUUCAGGUUAAGAACGGACCUCUGGAACGAAUUAAGUACUUAACCCGAGGUACCACUGUACAGGGAAUAAGUCAUCCUCAAUAUGAGUCACAGUGAUUCAGCAUGCUAAAUGAUUCUGCAGCUUUUCAGCAUUUCACAACAUUUAUAGACUCCUUUACUGCUUCCUUUACUGCUUCUGCUCUCAAAUACCUUUGUCACAUGACAAAAUAUGUUUUAUGGUCCCUUUUUGGAAGUGGAACAGGCACCUUGCACCACAGCCUCAGAACUGGGACUCUAUAGCUUCCGUCCUGAAAUAGCUCAGUCAGCAGAGCAUGAGCCUUUUAAUCUCAGGGUCUUGGGUUUGAGCCCCACAUUGGGCAAAAUUUUCUUGUAUUGCAGAGGGUUGGACUAGGUAACUCUAAUGGUCCCUUCCAAUUCUACAACUCUAUUAGUCCCAUGGCUGAAUGCUUCUCCACCUAUCCAAAACUUUCAAGACCUGGCAGGUCAAGAUGAGUCCCCUGUUCCUCCCUGCCUAAUUCCCACCACCUUCAUCUUCACAUCUCAUCUCUUAGGCAUACUCAAAAUCUUAAGUAAUCAUUUGUCUCUGUGUGGUUUCUAUUUUAACAUCAGUGGUAACCUUGGGAAUAAAUUUCGCUCUCGACAUCAGCUCAUCCAGUUAUCUGAUUGGUUGCUCUCACUUGGCAACAUUGUGAUCUAAUGCAUGAGCUCAAUAGUCAAGAUGGUUUAAAACCUUAGAACCUCACUCAUAUUGCAAAAGUGGGAUGAGACAUCCUUAGAGGAGGGAGAGAGGCAAUUUUUUUGCCAAUCUCCCACCUUUCCCGCUUACUCACUACUAUUGCCGCCUCCACCUCUAGAUGGGCGAAAUAUGCAAAGCACAAUGCGUGAGUGUGCCUGAGCUGGAUUCAACCAUUAGAUGACAAAUCAGGUUGAAACUGGCUAGUUUUGUGUCCUGAUUAGUAAUUUAUAAAAUGUCUUUUCAUACAUGCAAUGCUCAAAGUGUUUAUCAUAGCUCUACUCUUGUUGGGAAGACAUAAUGGAUUUCAUAAAAGGUUUGGUAUUUUUGUCCAAGAGGUAUUUUUCACUCGUAAAAUCUUCAGUGUCUAUGUGUGUGCGUGUGCGCGCAAGCCACCCACUCAAGCUAUUGAAAAUGCACAUACAAAGAAAGAUAAUUUGUGUCUUCCAGCCAAAUGCAAGUGAAAGGCGUUUGUGUACAAUUUACCUUGGUGUGAUAGAUGCAGAUAUAAUGAAAUAAGCAGCACAUAAAGAACUUUGUCAGGACAUCCAUUACUCAAAUGGAACUUGAAAUCUCAAAGGAACCAAAGAAGCACCACACACAUAGUGGACUGUCAACAUACCUUAUCACAGGCAAGAUCAGCAUUAAGAAAAGUUAGCUGCAUUUUCUGAGCAGAUUUUUUUUUAAACUUCCCUUAAGAUCCCAUCGCAGGCUAAAUCAAGGGUAAUAACUUGGUCUGCUACUGUAUAGAUCAGUUAAAUUACUAUUUAUUUUUUUUAAGUGCAUGCAAUUUUAAAAACUUUCCAAAACACAGCUUUUCCCAAACUAAAAACGACAGCCAAAUUUACCUGGGGCUAGAAACAGGUGGUAUGUACUACUGCCACUCAAGUCUGAAAAGGCAUGUCGGAGGCAGAAUUGUAAAAGUGUUUUCUCAUAAAUGGAUCUACAGUAAAAACCAGUAUGGUCCUAAAAGAAGGAUGGAGAUGAAUUGCUCAUCUUUACCAAUUUCGCCAACGAGCCCUUGGAAUCUGGUUGACUAUACAGCUGGGCAAGGUUUUGCAAUGGGUAUCCAGGGCACCACUUGGCAGAAUGAACAGAACACGACAGGCCUGGUUUAUCACAUGUUGAAGUAAGUGAAGUAAUACUUCCAAUGAGAUCUCAGAAGGUCAUCAAAAGCAGAAUCUAAAACUGUCCAGCUGCUCCAGUGGGUUGAAACAAACUUACCUCUGGAUGAGGACUGCAGUGCUCUCAGUCAGUGUUUUGCAUGCACGAACCCAUUGCAGUGCAAUGCAUUACAGUGGUACCUCGGGUUAACAGUGGCGUAGCGUGGGUUGUCAGCACCCGGGGCAAGGCAAGUAAUUUGCGCCCCCUAACCCGUGGAUUUGCGCUCCCUAACCCUAAGCCCCAGAUGUUGCGCCCGGUGCAGCCGGCCCCCCCUGCACCACCCACGCUAUGCCACUGCGGGUUAAGAACUUAAUUCGUUCUGGAGGACCGUUCUUAACCUGAAAUUGUUCUUAACCUGAAGCACCACUUUAGCUAAUGGGGCCUCCAGCUGCCACUGCGCCGCCGGAGCACGAUUUCUGUUCUCAUCCUGAAGCAAAAUUCUUAACCCGAAGCACUAUUACUGGGUUAGUGGAGUCUGUAACCUGAGUAUGUAACCCAAAGUACCACUGUAUACGUCACCCAGAGUUGAGCAAUCAGAUAUCAAGUGUACAGGAAUGUGGGAACUGGCCCAGUCCAUAAAUUGCAAGUCUGAGCACAAUUCAAAGUGUUGGUGCUAACCUUUAAAGCCCUAAAUGGCCUCGGUCCAGUAUACUUGAAGGAGCGUCUCCACCUCCAUCGUUCUGCCCGGACACUGAGGUCCAGCGCCGAGGGCCUUCUGGCAGUUCCCUCGCUACAAAAAGCCAAGUUACAGGGAACCAGGCAGAGGGGCUUCUCGGUAGUGGCACCUGCCCUGUGGAACGCCCUCCCACCAGAUGUCAAACAGAAAAAUAACUACCAAACUUUUAGAAGACAUCUGAAGGCAGCCCUGUUUAGGGAAACUUUUAAUGUUUAAUAGGUUACUGUAUUUUAGUGUUUUAUUGGAAGCUGCCCAGAGUGGCUGGGGAAACCCAGCCAGAUGGGCGGGGUAUAAAUAAUAAAUUAUUAUUAUUAUUAUAAUUAUUAUUAUUAUUCCAAAGAAUAAAACGAAAUUGGGAUUAAGGGGUUUUAUCAGGACAGUGGAGGGCAUGCGUCAUAGGUGCCAAUUCCAUGGGGUCCUGGGUGCCCAAGAACCCACAAAAUUCCCCAUGUAGGUGCUGGGCACCCACAAAUUUCGGACCCGGGCUCCUAUGGUCGCAGGGCUAAACUGGCACCCUUGGCACUGUGUGCUGUGUCCUGCACAGGGUGGGGCACAACAAUGGGGGGGGGUGUCCAAGGAGGGUCAGUUGUAGAAGAGUGAGAAAUGUCCCUAUUUUCAUCUGUGGAAUGUCAGAGGGCAUGGAAUAAGACUGGGCUGAUCUUAUUAUUGCUUCAAUAUUCCUUGGGUGUUUGAAAGCGUAUAACCCAUAGCUGUCAACCGUCCCUUAUUUGGCGGGAAAGUCCUGCUGCUGUCCCUUAUUGAUGAUGUCCCUUAAAUUCCCUGGGUUUCAAAGGAAGCAGCUCCUCUCCCUCCCUCCCUGCCGGCCAGGGAGGAGGGAGGCUCCAACUGUGUUGCUUGGCUGCGCUGCUCACCCAAUAAGGAGUCUAAGAAUGACUGGGGGGUGGAGCUUGCAUGCCUUGUGCCGAUCAAAUUGGCUGCGUUGCUGGGGACUUGCCUUUGCUCAGCGCUUCCCAGCGGAGAGGUGACGGUGGUUUUCCUUGCUGCAUCCCCUUUGCCGGGUUGCUGCACUGUGGGAACCACCGCUUGAGGCUUCGUUUGGCUGCUGGCUGGGCUUUCUGCCUUUGGCUUGGAGGGGCUCAGAAGUUGAACAUACCUGUGCUCGCAAAAUCUCUUAUUUUGGCUGCUGAUCCCUUAUUUUCAAGGCUGCUGGUCCCUUAUUUUCAAAUCUGUAAGUUGACAGCUAUGGUAUAACCCCUAAUGGCAACCGCCAUUUGCCACUCUCUGUCUUUAAGUAAAUGCGAAGAGCCAGAAUGGGUCGAUGUUGUUUUGCAAGCAGCAUUCAAAAGGGCAGUUGCUCUAGAAGUACUAGCCUUUGGCCUUUGCACUAAUCAACACGCAGAAAAUGACACCGGGGCACCUCGGUACUGCGGUACUUCAAACGUUCAGCAGAAGUUGGGAAAGGUUUGCAUAGCUUUUUCGUAUUGCAUUUAUUAAGUGUAAUCAAGUUUGAUCAAAUAUUGAGCACAGGUCUAACGAAAUCCUUGAGGAUGUACCUUGGGGCCUCAUUAUUUUCAAUUAAUUAUCAUUUUAUAGGUAGGCUCUGAACUAUGCCUAGGGGAGUGUACCAGCACAGCUUAAUUCUUCACACAGGAGGAAGAAAUGUGUAAAACUAAUUUUCUCAAAGGAAAUUAAAUGGCCACUAAAGCUGAAUCUCAUUUAAAAUGUAUCUCUUUUGCCCAGAGCUUGUACACGAUUAGAAGUUGAGCACGAUCACAGAUGUAGUCUUACGAGUAUUAACGAAAUCAUAUUAAAAGUGAUACUGGCCUUUUUCUUUCCUUCUUUUACUCUGAAAAUCAUUCCUCCCUUGCCCUGUUGUGCUUUAAAGCAAAAAUCCUGGACUGCAUUUUAGUUUGGGAGAGUGGGAAAUGAAGAAGAAAAACCUUUAUGGGUUAGGAAUCAUGUUUCUUCUAGAGGUUAGCAUAAACAGCUUAGUACAGGGUUCCCUGAAAUUAGGUCUCCAGCCGUUUUUGGACUAUGAUUCCCAUCAUCCCUCACCACUGGUCCUGCUAGCGAGGAAUGAUGGGAGGUGUAGUCCAAAAACAGCUGGAGACCCAAGUUUAGAAAACCUGGUUUAGUAAAAGGAAACUAUGGUUGGUGGAUGUUACCACUGUUUAAUGUGAACUUUAAUUUGUAUUACUGUUUGCAUGGUGAUAUUUUUCUCCCGUAUAAAUGCAACAUCACUUUCACUUUUGUCUGUGUGAUUUAUGAUCGAGCAUAUCCUUUUCUGUUUCCACUAGUUCAGUCACAAGGUAUCCUGCCCUGCCCACCCCAUGACACAUGAUUAUUCCUCAAAAGCAGGAUGGGAAAUUUGUCUCUUUCUGGAUGUCAUUGGACUACAACUCCCAUAAUGCCUGACUGCUGCUGGCAAUGCUAGCUGUGAUUGAUGAGAGUUGUGGUCAAACAGCAUUUGGAAGGCCACGAAUUCCCUCUUCCUAAUUAAGUGCAUGCAUUGUUUAUAUCUAGCUACUUGGAGGGGCUAAAACUAAUGAUCACAAAUAGCCUGAAAACAUGCUGCUUUAUUUCAAUUUCAUAUUGACUACAUCCUAAGCCUUUGAAUUCUACCAGGUAAAUAGAGUUGCCAGACACUGACAGCAGCAGCAGGGGUUGGAGAGGGGGAAAAACCCCUUCAAGAAUUGAUGGCAUACUUAAUUUAUUUAUGAUAAUUUAUAGACCAAAACCAAAAAGGUUCCAAAUGUUUUUCACUAGUGCAAAUUGCAAGCGCACAUGAAUUCAUAUAUCCCAUAUGGUGCAGUUUGACUUGUGGCGAGGAUCAAGGGUGAGAAUUAAAGUCUAAAAACCCCCAAAUUUGACAUCCACAAGUCUGAUGAUGCCUUCCAAAGCACAGGCAGCAGUUCCUAUUCCUUUGGAUACAGUCUGUGUGCAUUUUCAUUGAAAUGAAUGAAGUCUUCAUACACGUAGUGGAGCUCCAGGUGUACAAUGGAGUAUACUUGGGGCCUGCAUUCUGGGUAAAAUUAUGUCAGCCUGGAUAGCUCAAUUGGUUAGAGCAUGGUGCUGAUAAUGCCAAGGUUGCAGGUUCAAUUCCCCAUAUGGGACAACUGCAUAUUCUGGCAUUGCAGGGUGUUGGACUAGGACUGGGUGAUCCUUAGGGUCCCUUCCAGUUUUAUGUCUAGGAUUUUGGUAUAUGAGGUAGUAUUGAACUAAGUUUUACACACAGUAGACCCACUGAAAUUAAUGAUUGGCGGAAAUGACUGGCAGAAUCCAAUACCAGGGAGAAGAGUUGGUGGAAGAAGAUUGGAAAAAGUUUAAAGACUAUUUACAGAAAUACUGUAAAAUUAAUGAAUGUUAGAAAAAUGUUGGAAUGAAGUUAUAUGGCUUUAGUAGAAAUGUUAUAAGGAAUUAAGUAUAAAUAGAUUAAUAAAGGGAAAAAUAAGGUUAGAAUGUGUUAAGAUAAUUAUAGGAUAGGAAACAGAGGAAGAUGGAAAGGAAUUGCUGAAACAAUUAACAGAAGUGGAAUACGAAAAGGGAGGUGUGAGGAGGUCAUGGAAAUAAGUGAAUGAAAGAUGGGAUAAUGAAAUUGUUUGAUUUAUUUUACUGUUUUUGUUUUGUUUUAUUAGUUCAAUGUGUUUAAUGUGUCAAUGUUAUGUAGUGUUUUUGUAUUGUAUUGUUUUUGUAGUGUUUAAAUUGUUGGAAAAGUAAUAAAUAUAUUUUUUUUAAAAAAAAGAAAUUAAUGGACCUAAGCUAUGCUUCCAAUUUGACACACACCACUUCUCUGCUGCCCCUAUGUGUUUCCCAUGCAUCAUAUAAAUAUUGGAGACCUCACAUUUCUUUUCCCUUUGGGGUCAAGCUUCUUUGUUGUGGCUCCCCUGCAUCGAGCUGUCAGAUCGACGACUGCAGAGGCACUUGAAGCAUUGCUUGAUAGCACUGGAUGUCUGAACCACUCAUCACUAAAGUUCAAUAAUUUUAAUGGGUGUAAAACUUAGUCGAAUAACACCCAUUGUCAGAAACCACCUUCCACAGAAGAUGAAGGAAUAUACUGUUUUGGAAAGGACAACUAGUUUUGCCUUGAAUAAUCUCAGUUUUUUGUUUUUUUACAGAUUAAGAUGUUUGGUGAAGCAGCUGGAGAAAGGUGACGUUAAUGUGGUCGAUUUGAAGAAGAAUAUUGAAUAUGCUGCAUCUGUCCUGGAGGCUGUAUACAUUGACGAAACAAGGUAGGUCUACAGAACUUGGGGCAAUUGACAGAAUCUGGCUGGAUCUAUUUGUCUAGCUCUCCAUUCAUCCUACCACCUGUCUAUUGGAAGAAGGACUUCUCUGAGUGACAUCACAUCUGCACAAGUCACGACUAAAAUAAGAUGGUAAUGUAACCCUUAGGCCAGCAUCCAUUUUGGAGAUAAUGUAGGUGCAUUGCUUUGAACACUAAAAAGGAGGUCAGUUCUAAAUAUUUGAAUUAUUUUUCUGAGUUCAGAAUCCAGAAUGUCCUUAACCAUGUUGAAUGCUGCCUUUUUGUGAUCUUUAUUCUCAGUUCAGUAGAAUUAGAUGUUUUUGGGAACAGAAGGUGCUCAAUGUUGUUCAAUUACUCUGACCGUUAGAACUUGUCUCUCAGUACAUCUGUGAUUAAUUAGCUUUUUGUAUGGCUACACAUGCAGAAAGUCUUUUCUUUUUUCAUCCCAAGCCUUGUACAUACUUGAUUUAGUUUCACAGCUAAUUUCAUGCGUCUCAUUUUUACUGUUAGAAAUAAUGUUUAGGGUAGCCAUGUCAAUGAAACUGUAUCUAGUGUAAGACCAAUUUCCAGCGUGUAUACCUAAGUUUUACAUUUCACAGUCUUGACUUUCUCAACAUUUUUGUAUCGAAUGGAAUGUUCUCCCAAGUGUGGCUGCCAAAACAGCUUUAGGAUCACUUGGAUUUGGAGUAUGUGUUUGGUCCUAUUUCCUUAUUAAAUUUAAGGUCUGGUGUUUUCAUAAUUCCAGGAAGCCAGCCAACCUUGUUGUAUAGUAAGUGUGAUACGUGUGAUUUGUAUGACUUUCUUGUUUAUUAUAUGCGCACGCUAAACAUGAUACAUUUGGAGUUAAUAAAUAAGAGAACAAGAGGAACAACCUGCCUGUGAUUUCCUGUAACCUCUGCUGAGAACUGAAAAUUAAUAGAAAAGGAGCAGAUGCCAUUAUCCAACAAUUCUGCAUUAUACACAGAUUUCUGUGCUCUUGUCCAAGUCAAAUUUUUGUCAUUGCCUAUAGCUAUUCUGUUUGCACCAGAGUCGUUGUUGUUGUUGCUGUUGUUACAUUAUGAGUUGGGGGAUGAGUCUGGCCGGACCCUGAGUCCCCUCUUAACCUUCCAUCCUGUACCUUCAGUCUACUAGACUUUCUCAACCUGUGGGUCCCCAGAUGUUAUUGAACUACAAUUCCCAUCACCCCUAGCUAGCAAGGCCAGAGCUCAGGGAUGAUGGGAGUUGUAGUCCAGCAACAUCUGGGGACCCACAGGUUGAGAACCGCUGGCUCUAGUCCCAUUGUCAAAGUAAGGCUUUAGCUGACCAGUUAACUGCUCAUCAACAUCUCAAAGAAUGAGAUUAGUGAUGGUGCUUUUAGGAAAGGGAACAAGCUCCCCUCCUUUCCUUCACUGAGCUGCUAGCUGCUAUGUAGGGGAACAAUAGCCAGAAUGGUGCAUGGGAGCUGGAAAGAGACAGAGACAUGCUCUGUGCUGGAUCUAAAGCUGUUGCAAAUUGAGAAACAAGACCUCGUGAGGUGUUAAUGUCAUGAGCUCCCUUCCCAUCCUGUGCUAUAUGUGUAAAUAAAACCAUAUUGACUCUAAAGACACCACAGUUUUCAACUGACCUUCACUCAAACAAAACUGAACCCUGGAAAAACACUUAGAACCAAGGGUGCCAACUUGAAUAAAAUAUAGGAGGGGGGCAUACAUAAUCAAUCACAUGACAUGGCACACAAGCAUCAUUUGAAUGAGAAUUCCCCUCAACUUUGGGGGGCCCUGGCACCCUCAAAAAUUUGGGGGUGGCAGCAAAGGGACAUCGGCUCCUAAGAUUUUGUUCCUGUGCUUGGAACCCCUGGAGUCUCUCACCACUCAGAGAUUGGAGCGGUGUGUAACAUAACUAUUACUAUUAGGUAAAGGGACCUCUGACCAUUAGGUCCAGUUGUGGCCGACUCUGGGGUUGCGGCGCUCAUCUCGCUUUAUUGGCUGAGGGAGCUGGCGUACAGUGACUAAGCCGCUUCUGGUGAACCAGAGCAGUGCAUGGAAACGCCGUUUACCUUCCUGCAGGAGCGGUACCUAUUUAUCUACUUGCACUUUGACGUGCUUUCGAACUGCUACAUUGGCAGGAGCAGGGACUGAGCAACGGGAGCUCACCCCGUUGCGGGGAUUCGAACCGCUGACCUUCUGAUCGGCAAGUUCUAGGCUCUAUGGUUUAACCCACAGUGUCACCCGUGUCUCCAACUAUUACUAGUAACUAUUACUAGUAACUAUUACUAUUACUGUUAUUUAUAUUCAUAUUAUUACAUCUAGAUCUUACCUUUCACUCGAGGAGUUCCAGGUGACAUAUAAGCUCAGGCUCUCCCCCUUCCUGUUUAUACCUGUGAGGUAGAUUAGGUUGAGAGACUGUGACAGGCCCAAGGUGAUCCUCAACACCGAGUGAGUAUUUGAUCCUUGAUUUCCCAAAUCCUGGCCCAUUAUUCUAAUAUAUCAUACUAACUGUGGGAGGGGCACAUGGGGCCGCUCCUCCUCUAGGUGGGCAGAAUCAGCUGUAGGGGACAUGAUCCUGUCACUCUUCUGGCAGGCAGGGUCAACAUGAGGUCACAAUGGCCAGCCUUUCUUCUUCAUCUGCAUGGGGGCAACACCGGUUGCCCCCCUCACCCCAACUGAUUCAAGCAGCCACCUGUGUGUACUAUGUGCCUUUCUGUAAGAUACUGCCGCAAGCUGAAAAAUGAAGCCAUUGUCAAAAUAAGUUUCUUACUGAGGUGAGUAUAUGUAGCAGGAUGUAGCUUCAUGACAGAGCAGAGAUUUAAACCUGGGUCUCCCAGAUCCCAGUUGAGCACUCUGCACAAUAUAAUUAUUUCUAGGCAGAAACUCCAGUGCAUGAAAUGGCUUCACUGAUUCUCCCCGAGAAACAUCCAUCUUCUAAAUAUUAAAAUACUUCUGAAUUUAUUUAAGAAUUGAGGGAGCAUGGAAGAAUGACAGAUUUCUCACCUCAUAGAAAUAUUCCCUAUGAAAUAACUGGCUUUGCAAAGUCACAUUCAUGCAUUUCCUGCUUGGAACAGGGGCCCCACAUUGAGCAGUAGAUAAUUCAUGCUGCACUUCUGAAACUUUUAGUCUCAAAGAUGUGCUUCCAGAUCAUGUGGUUCAGAAUGCUCAGAAUGUACUUUGAUUAAGCAGCACCCCAGAUCUUUUUAAUAUAGCCGGAUACCAAAAUGGAUCAUUCAGACUCGCUUGCAAAGUCCCCACUGUCCCUCCUCUGCUUCUUCAUUCUUCUAAAGCAUCUGCUGUAUUACCACAAAUGGGAACUGUUAAAAUAUUUUCAAAAAUUCAAGGAGAACAUUCAAAUGAAACAUUUUACACAGUUCCGCCAGCCUAGCGCAUCGAUGCAUUGGGGGAGUACUUGCCUAGGUAAAUCCCUGGCCAGUGUCACAAGAGUUAAAUUUUCAGGAGUCCCCAGCUAGCAAAAUAAGAAUGGGUAACAAUUGGCUAGUCCAGACCCCAUUAUGUGUUUAAUAUGUGUGUUUCCCACUUGCCUAGAAAGUAAUAGCUUUUAGUGGGAAAAUCAAUAAGGCCUGAUUGUAUUUUUCCUGUUACUGAAGGUUGGGGGAGGAAGCAGAUAUGAAAUGCAUUUGAUUCAAAGUAAUUCCAAACUUUAAAUUAUGUUUCUUUGAUCGGAAACUUCACAUUUAAAAUUUGAAACUGUGGCAUACCCUCCAACAUUUCUCUGAUGAAAAUAGGGACAUCCUAUUCAAUAAUAAUAAUAGUAGUAGUAGUAGUAGUAGUAUACUCCACCCAUCUGACUGGAUUACCCCAGCCACUCUGGGCGGCUUCCAACAUAUAUAAAAACAUAAUAAAACAUUAAACAUUUUUUUUAAAAAAACUUCCUUAUACAGGGCUGCCUUCAAAUGUCUUCUAAAGGUUGUAUAGUUACUUAUCUCCUUGGCUCAGAGGUCGCAUAACUCCAUACCUUCCAAUAGUUCUCCAAUGAAAUUAGGAACAUCCUACCACAUGCUCCAACAUUGCUCUGGUGAAAAUAGGGACGUCCUAAGGGAAAGCGGGAUAUUCUGUUUAGGGAAGCUUUUAAUGUUUGAUGCAUUACUGUAUUUAAAUAUUUUGUCGGAAGCUGCCCAGAGUGGCUGGGGAAGCCCAGCCAGAUGGGUGGGGUAUAAAUAAUAAUAAUAAUAAUAAUAAUAAUAAUAAUAAUUAUUAUUAUUUAGAAACCAGGAUGGCAUCUGUAAAUCCAGGACUGUCCCUGGAAAAUAGGGACACAUGGAGGGUCUGUGCUGUAGCCAUCAUUUGUAUCUUAAUGCUGCAUGGGAGGUUAUUCUGACCAGCUGCAUACAGGAAGAACACAGAUCUGGAGCUGAGAAUGUUGCUGGCCUGGAGCUGGGGCUGUUGGGCACCUGUAUAUCCCAAAGUGCGGGAUUUUAACACAUUCCUGUAAAGAAUGAGAGAAGCCUAUCUUGAAACCCCCUAAAAGCAGGGGUGGCAAACCUGUGGACUUCUCACAGGUUGCAGGACUCCAACUCCCAUCAGCCCCAGCCAGCACAACCCAAUGGCCUGAGGUUAUGGGUGUUGUAGUCGAUCAACCUCCGCAAAAGCCACAGGCUUCCCGCUUCCCACUACAUUACUGUAGUAAAGAAAAAGCGUUUUGAAUUCAUUGUAAACAUGCAGCGCCAGAUGGCGCUGGAGAGCAAAAAAAAAUUAUUUGUGGUAUUCCAUAGCAUUUCUUCUCCUUCUGUUAUAAUCAGUGGCAGAGCUUCAUGCUCCGGCACUGGGGGCAGAGAGCAGGUGGGGCUGGGGCUGGCACAUGUCCUGGGGGCGGGGGGCGUCACCCAAAGGGGUGGGGCACACGUUCUGGGGCACACGUUCUGGGCCGGUAUUGCGCUGCCGGGGGCAGUGCGCUCCCCCCGUCCCCUCUUCCUCCGCCAGUGGUUAUAAUGAUUUAAUUUCUGACUUAUUUAUAGGGUCCCCCCCCGCCCUGGUGUGUAGAUCCAUACAAAAUCGUGUUUAUUAGGAGAAAUUGACACUGAAAUGCUAAAGAAUUUUCAUGAGGAUGUCUCCCCCCCCAAUUGCUGCAGAAAUGUAGAAAAUGUAGAAUUUAAGAUUAGAAAAAGGAGAAACCUAGAGAACUGAAAUGGACAAAUCCUCCAGUUAAGAGCCAGCUAGGUUUGGAGUUAGACAAGUCAACUACUGUGACUUGUUGAGGAUAUGCAAAGAUGGGCCAAGAUGUUUUGAUGCCUGGUGAAGAAUUGUGUCCCUAAUCAUUUGUGUGUACACUGAUGCAUAACAAUUAAAUACAUUAAUGAUAUGUUGCCUGCUAUUUGCAUUUUACCAUGUGCCACCUGAGGCCAGCUGCUUCACCAGUCUGCCUCUACGGGCAAGGCCCUGCCAUAAUUAGCAAUAAUAGAGGGGUUGCCUGCAGUGUCCGCUGAAGAGAAGGCAGAGGUCUUUAAGUCACUUCCAGCACUUCACAGCAUGCAUUUGAUGUAACUGAAUUUCCAGGAAACAAAUAACACCUUGGAAUUAGAUUUUCUCUUAACCUUUCGCUUGAAUUACUACUGAGGUCUCAUUAGACACAAAUUUGUCACAAAGUGAAGAGGAAGAUCAUAAACAGGAAAAAAAGAGGAGAAUGAAAAAGAAGAUGAAUAAGCUAAAAGAAGUUCUUCCCCUUUUUACGCUCAGACAUUUCCAUGACAGCCUCCGCCAACCAGGUGCCCUCCAGAUUUUUAGGACUAUGGCGAGAUCCUCACCAUAUAUUGAAACAUUUAAAACACAUGACUUCACUCAAGGAAUCUUGGGAACUGCUGUUUCCACCACACAGAGCUAUAGUCCACAGCAGUGAAAUAUACUUGGAGUCGAGAGUGGAUUUCAUGCUCUUUAUUCAGCUCAUAGUGUUGAGGAGGAAUGAAUGUUCCCCCAGAAUGUCUGCUUUAUAUACAUUAUUUACACAAUGGGCCCCACGUGAUUGGCUAAUUCCAGGAUUCUCUUGUAGGCCAAUCAGGUUGCGGAUUCACUUCCACCUGGAGCUGGAUUGGGUGGCUCCUGUGGACCAAUCAGACUGCUGCAUUCUGGAUCCUAUUGUUCUAGGACCAAUCAGACGGCUGCAUUCUGAAUCCUCUUGUUCUAGGACCAAUCAGACUGCUGCAUUCUGGAUCCUAUUGUUCUAGGACCAAUCAGACUGCUGCAUUUUGGAUCCUAUUCAACUCAGUACAUAACAGCACCCUUAACAAACUGUGAUUCCUAGGAUUCUUGGGGGUGAAGGGAGUCGCCCCCAAGAGUGCGUUAAAGGGUGGCCUUUAAAUGUAUGGUGUGGGUGAGCACUAUGACCCUCUUAACUCCCUGCCAGUAUAGCCAUGCUGGGUGAAGUAUGGUGAAGUAUGUUCCACCACAGGUAGAAAGUCCGCCCCCCCCCCCAAUAUAUGGGCAAGAUACUCAUAAAAGUAGCCCUCAAAAACACAACUGAAGUAGUCUUAAUUUGGUUGUGAUCCUCUGACCAGUGCUUUAGAUUUUUUCCUCCUUUCCCGCCUCCUGUUUUGUAGCCGAUCAUUCCAUUAGCAUAACAGCGAAGGCCUUCAAAUAUUAUUUCCCAUUUGCUAGCUGAAGUGCUACUGAGCUGCUUCUUCUCCCAAGCAGAAGUGGGCCUUCGAGAGCAAACAAUGUUAGAGAAAGGCAAGGUAAUCAGUUAUUCAAGCUGAGAAGAGAGUCAGGGCAGCUCUUCAUGCCCACUUCAUUAUUCAUUUCCUGGAGUAGAUGAUGGAACAUCAGCAAAGUAUAUAAUGGAACCGAAUAUAACAGAAUACCAAAGGAAACCGUCUUGAAACAUAAAAUGAGUAUGCAAGAUUAUCAACGAGGAUUGUAAUGUUUGUUAUCAGGCUGAAGAUGGUCUGGGGUGCUGAUAAAGUUGUUUUUGAUAUUUGGGAUACGCUGCUGAUAAGAUUUCGAUCUUCAUCAGUUAGCUGCUUAAAUUUUCCAUUUAAUUAUGGCCUAGGUCAUAAUGAUGGUGAUCUUAUUUUAUUCUAUUAAGCCCCUUUAAGGCAUUCUUAAGUGGGGAUGCACUGUUGUGCUGAGGUGUUUCAGGGUUCCCAUAAACUGACCAGUCUGGGAGAGACUCUUUUGAGGAAGUAAGAGACUCCCAAAACCCAGUUAAGGAAGGGGGGUUGUGAGCCCUUAAGACUAUUACUGAAAGUUACCUCAGGAGUUGGAUUUGUUAAAGGGGUGAGUACCUGAAGGUAAGUGCCGCCUCAGAAAGGGAACAAACUAAAAAGCCGAAACCUCUGUGAAACAAAUUCAGCAAACUAGCUUAUUAAUUCUGAAAUAACCUAAGUUAUUUGUAUUAUAAUACCUUGUUUUAAAAUAAAUCUUUAUUGUCAUUUUAAAAAACAAAACAAAAAACUGGCCAGUCUGAAAACAGGAUAUGGGACUAGGUAGGCCUUUGGCCUGAUCCACUAGACGUCUUUUUAGGUCCUUUUAGUUCACCACAAUCCAGAAUUAUGGAAUAUUGCAUUUAACUGCUGCGGGUUGGGUUUAGCUAAGGUUGGGUUGAGCUAAGAGCUUUGAGCGCAUGGUCCAUAUUUUCCUCUUCCUAUUCUGAAGUCUGCAGAUCUACUAUACUGAUUCAUGCACCCGAUAUAUAUUUACAGGAGACUCUUGGAUACAGAGGAUGAGCUGUCGGAUAUCCAGUCAGAUGCAGUCCCGCUGGAAGUACGGGAUUGGUUGGCGUCCACCUUCACGAGGAAAAUGGGGAUGACCAAAAGGAGGCCAGAGGAGAAACCAAAGUUUCGAAGCAUUGUGCAUGCUGUACAAGCAGGGAUUUUUGUAGAAAGGUGAGUUCUGGCUUUAUAAGAACCUCGAGGACGUGGCAUAGCUCAGUAGUAGAGCAUCUGACUUGAGUAUGAAAGACCCCUUUGGCAUCUCUGAGCAGACUAGUAAAGUCUUCCCCGAGAAACCCUUAAGAGAGUCUGCCAGCAGACAACACUGAGCUUGACUGAUCAGUGGUCUGUCUUAUGUUCCUAAACCGUAUUAAGCCAUACUUUGGCUUACCAUGAUGUGCAAGCCAGGCCAUUGUUAAGCUUGUAGCAUCUUACAUUUCUUUUCUUCAUGGGUGGGUUAGUUCAUUUGUUUUAGUCCUCUUUGUAACGAUCAUUUGAAGACAGGUCUGAAAUCUUGCUAAGUGCUAAGACGGAACAUUAAAAUUCUUUAUAUAGACUAGAAACUUAAUGUUAAUGUUCUGCCUUUGCACUUAGCAAGAUUUCAGAUCUGUCUUCAAAAGUUGUUUCCCAUGUGCGAAGACCACAGCAGGGUUUGAAGUGUAAGAAAACAGCAGAAUAUAUUAAGAAACAUGUUAGAGAGGGUGAAAUUAGAUAAAACGAAACCUUAAAAUGUAAUUGUAUAUAAAUUGAGUUAUAAACAUUGAUGUUGGGUGAGUGGGAAUUGUUUUGUUGAAUAGGAAUACAAUUGUUCAGUAAUAAAUGUAACUUAUGAAAAAAAUGUUUUGUUUUGUUUUUUUAAAAAAAGACAGAACAUUAAAAUUCUGUUUCAUCACACAUUGACCAAGAAAGUGUUAUCUUAAAAACAGAUAAGCAUGUGGCACUAUUGAAAGGACAUUGGCAUAAAAUGCAGAGAUCAGAUAUAAAUAUCACCAAAUUCUAUUGUAAUUUGGCGUAUGCCUUCCCUUGCUUUCGGGAGCAAACAUUUUUGGCUCCCAUCUUUCACAAGAUUUUAAGGGUCUUUUUAUAUCGAAUUUCAAACUUCAAAUUGCAAGGGGAACUUUUCCAGAACUGCUCCCAAAGCAUAAACACAUCACCAUUAGUUUUCAGGUGCCGUUUCAUUUACGCUUCUUUUCUUCUAGAAUGUAUCGAAAGACCUCUAGCAUGGUUGGCUUGGCCUAUCCAGCUGAAGUGAUGUCAGCUUUUAAGGUGAGAUCAGUUUGUGGACUUUACUACAAAGUAGGGAUUUGGGAGGAAUUCAGUGCAGUUUCAGAAAGUGCAAAUUUGGUCGGUUUGCCUUUAAAUGCACGCGUACCAAAACAACCAUGUGCCAAAAUGCACACUUCCCCAAAUUUUGCAAUGCAUUUCUACAGCCAGGUAAUAUGUACCAAAAAAAUAUACUAGCACAAACUGUGAUUGCAACUGCAGGUGUAAGUGAAAGCAACAUACAAAUAUUUGCUAUAAGAGAAAAUGUUGCUUUGGGCAGCGUAAGCAAUUUGGCCUUCCAGACUGAAUGAUCCCACUCUCCACCCCAUACGUGCUGUCAGGAGCUCGUUCUACACUCGAGUAGGACCCUGGCAGAGACACAUGCCCAACUGGCAUGUUCUCUCCCUCCUGGUCUUUCGUUCGGGAGCUUCAAAAGCUUUAUCCAGCCCGAACAUCACAGCGACCAAUACCAACAGACAUCGGCACACUUAGGGAUCCGCGUAACAGACCUCGGCAACUCAGCAUUUUGGCUAAUUACUUUAUUUACAUAUAAACACACACAGAGCACUGCAGCAUGGCUCCCUAUCUCUCUAGCAUCAGACAGCGAAGAGAAAAAAUGAAGGACAAUGGUUCGACUUCACGGAACACAGUAACACAAAUAUCCUUUCUCCGUCACUUCCCACUCUGUGGAGUCAUGUGAUACACCGCCAUGUGAUACACAAUAAUCCCAUGACUGCAAUCAUGGAGCAGGAAUUCUAACACGUGCUGUUUGGGAAGCCUCAUUGCUCAAACAGAAGUCCUUGUGAUGGGGCUCGAGGAGCUGGAUCCCACCCAUAUAUUUAAGCUACUGGAAUAUAGUACAACCAGCCCCAACCUGGCGUCCUCCAGGUGUUGUUGCGCUACAGUUUCCCACAUUACUGACCAAUGGUCAUGCUGGCUUGAGCUUGACCCCUUGCUUGAGCGAACCAUUUCCUAAGCAUUUCAGUAUGAAAUACACAUGCAAGGAAAUGUUUUUUUCUGCUUUCACAAAAGGUUUGUGAUUGUAUGGCUUCUUCCGCUUAGUUGUGAUGAAAUUUAGGUAUUAUUGGAAUGGUAAGAUGUAUCUGUUUUGAGAGGUGUUGCUCAAAAAGGUAAUAGUUGCUAUUGUUUCAGUAAUAAUAAUAAUAAUAAUAAUAAUAAUCUAUUUAUACCCCUGCCCAUCUGGCUGGGUUUCUCCAGCCACUCUGGGCUGCUCGCAGCAGAAUAUUAAAAACAUAAUAAAGCAUCAAACAUUAAAAAGUUCCCUAAACAGGGCUGCCUUCAGAUGUCUUCUAAAAGUCAGAUAGUUGUUUAUUUCCUUGACAUCUGAUGGGAGGGUGUUCCAAAGGGUGGGCACCACCACCAAGAAGGCCCUCUACCUAGUUCCCUUUAACCUCACUUCUUGCAGUGAGAGAACUGCCAGAAGACCCUCAGAGCUGGACCUCAGUGUCUGGGCUGAAUGAUGGGGGUGAAGACGCUCCUUCAGGUAUUCUUUUUCAGCAAGGCUACCCCCACCCUGUGAUUCCUUCUAACUUGAAGUGGUAGCUUAUAUGCAGAAAGUGGUAGCUUAUAUGCAGAAAGGUUUUGAGAUGAGGGUGUUUUUCAAAUUAACAGUCCCAAAAUCUAUAUUAUGAGGAAUCACAGUCCAGCAAGAGUCCUUUGCCAGAUGCAUUUUGGUUUUCAGCCCACAGAGCAAGUUGGGGACUGCAAGAGACAAAAGACUUAUAUGUGGUAAGAACAUUUCUGGUGCCAAUAUGAUUCCCUGACAAUUAUGGGAUGUCAGGGAAACAGGUUAUUGAGUGCAAAUUACUUUGUAAACAUGAUCCAGCCAGAUCUGAGCAUGUUUAAGACUGAGCACUGAAAACUCAAGAACUCAGUGCCAUUGGCCAUGUCAGGGAAGGAAGAGUAUUACAUAAAUGGGGUGCCAGGACUGAGUAGGUCCUUGCGCAUGUUGUUGUGGCAUACUAGUUUUCAGGUACAGUAACUGUGGCAUAAUGAUGAGGACCUCCUUCACGGGUAUGGGCAGGUCUAUAGAUUCGCCAUACCUUAUUCUCAAAUGGUGCUUGUUGCUUGAAUGAAACAGAGUUUAAUUGCUGCCCCUUCCCUGAAUUUUCUGUCUCCUAUCGGUGGGGAAUAUAUGCAAAUCCUUAAUUAUCCCCUUUUCCAAAAAUUCUCUUACAGGAUGUUGAUAAAUGGUCGUUUGACGUGUUUGCCCUAAAUGAUGCAAGUGGGGGACACAGUCUGAAAUUUAUGAUGUAUGAAUUAUUUACCAGAUAUGAUCUAUUGAACCGUUUCAAGGUAAGAGGCUUUCCCUUAAAGAACUGCCACAUCUACCCACACCUAAACAUAUGCCAGAGAAGGGAAAACAGGCAUAUGAUUUCUUUACAGAGAACUAGAGAAUAUUUAUUCUUUUCAUUACUGGAAUGACAAAGGACAAGAUGAAAUUCAAUGGCAUGUUAAGUAAUUUGAGUAAGAUAAUUAUAUUAUCAUUUCUCUCUCUUCUUUCUUCUUGUCUUUUCACUUCUCUUCUCGUUUUUCUUUUUUGCUUUUUCUUUCUCUCUUCUUCCCUCUCCUCUAGGGUCUUUUUUAUCCUUAUUAACGGAGAAUCUGAAUGGCGUGGUGAUUACUUACAUCCAUAUUGUUUUGUUAUUGAAUAUGCAGGCCAAAUUUUAUUAUAUAUAUAUUUGUGUGGAUUGCUUUGUUAUAUACAACUGCUAUAAGAUACCAGAUAUGGGAAUUAUGGCAUAUUGUUAAUUUGCAAGUAAACAUUUUGCACACAAACACACCCAAAGGAAGUUAUUUCAUGUUAUUUAUUUAUUUGUUUGUUGCUAAUUACUCUGUGUAAACACUUGUGUAUUGUAAUUAAAUUAUCAUAAAAUUUAUAUGCCGCUUGAUUGUAAAAACAAAAACAAAAAACCAACAACCUCAAGGUGGUUUACAAAAGGACAAAACAACAAAAUCAAGAAAAAAAUCACAACCAUCGUUUAAAACAUACAAAACUUAAAAUGCUAAAACAGAUUAAAAUUGCCCCAACUUUCUAAGGAUCUGGGUACGCUUGUCUAAACAGGAUUAUUUUUUAGCAGAUUCCAAAAAGAGUACAUUGAAAGCUCCUGCUUGAUCUCAAUAGGCAGGGAGUUCCAAAGUGCAGAUGCCAUCACAUUAAAUUAUAAUUAUAAUUAAAUUUUAUAAUUAUAUUUAUAUAAUUAUAUUAAAAACAAGAUCAAACAUUAAAAACUUCCCUAAAUAGGGUUGCCUUCAGAUGUCUUCUAAAAGUCUGGUAGUUGUUUUUUCCUUUGACAUCUGGUGGGAGGGCAUUCCACAGGGCGGGUGCCACUACCAAGAAGGCCCUCUGCCUGGUUCCCUGUAACUUGGCUUCUCGCAGUGAGGGAACCGCCAGAAGGCCCUUGGAGCUGGACCUCAGAGUCUGGGCUGAAUGAUGAGGGUGGAGACGUUCCUUCAGGUAUACUGGGCCGAGGCCGUUUAAAGCCUUAAAGGUCUGCACCAACACUUUGAAUUGUGCUGGGAAAUGUACUGAGUUCUUACAAAAAAUAAUAAUAAGCAACGUCUACAGAGAUGACUUGAAGUGGGCUGUCAAUCAAGGGCUCAGGCCAAAAGAAGGGCAAGCAUCUUAGGCAGGAGCUGGGCUGAAUAAAUGCAGGAGACCGAAGGCCAGGAAACUAGUGCAUCAGUUUGGCAGUGACAGAAAACAAGUGCCACCCACCCAAGUGACUCUUUUGCCUAGACUGAGUGAAGCUUCAGUAGCUUCAGUUUUAAGCAAUCCCACAAGAUGGGCUCUGCAAUGUCACCUGUUGUCCGUCUCAGCACAGGAGGAUUAUGGGUUGUUGCUAAAUGUCCUAUCGGUAGGUACCAGUUUGCAUACAUGCUGGCUGAUUUCUAGCUGGCGCCAUCCCCAAAACUCAGGAUGGAAGAUGGCAUGGCAAAAUUAGCACCCUCAAGUCUGCUGGUGACACUGGUGAUUAUUACUUGUGCUUGCUUGCAGAUCCCUGUUCCUAGCCUUAUUUUGUUUGGAGAAGCGUUGGAAACUGGCUACAGCAAACACCGAAACCCUUAUCACAACUUAAUCCACGCAGCUGAUGUCACCCACACAGUGCAUUGCAUCAUGCUUCUUACGGGGAUCAUGGUAAGAAAUAAUGAGCUGGGCUGAGCCCAGAGGAUCGGGACAUGGUGGCAUAAUGCAACCUAUUAGUGAACACUGGCGUGAGGCAUACUGCACAUAUAUAUGUUUUUUUUUGGGGGGGGGGUAGGCAAACCAGAGGCCACAAUCCAAAGAGCACCUUUAAAGGUAAAGGAUAAAGGGACCCCUGACCAUUAGGUCCAGUUGUGGCCAACUCUGGGGUUGCGGUGCUCAUUUUGCUUUAUUGGCCGAGGGAGCCGGCGUACAGCUUCCGGGUCAUGUGGCCAGCAAGACUAAGCCGCUUCUGGCGAAUCAGAGCAGCGCACGGAAACACCGUUUACCUUCCCGCUGGAAGUAUUUAUCUACUUGCACUUUGACGUGCUUUCGAACUGCUAGUUUGGCAGGAGCAGGGACUGAGCAACGGGAGUUCACCCCGUCGCAGGGAUUCGAACCGCCAACCUUCUGAUCGGCAAGUCCUAGGCUCUGUGGUUUCACCCACAGCACUUUUGGGGAUGCUCAAAAGGCAGCCUGCUUCUAGGCACUGUCAGCAUUUGACUCAGCAUUUGACUAUGACUUUGGAGUCACUAAAAUAAAGCUUUUGAUGGUAGCCAACUCUCUCACGGUCCAUGCAUUUUUUUUAAGCUUUCUCUCCGCCCAGUGACUAACAGAAUGCCAGCCUGAACCUUUUAUCAAUGGCUAUUUAUGAGUAUCCUCAUAGCAGAAAUGAAUGAGGAGCAAGAUGCUAGGAAAGCUAUAAGGUGUCUUAAGGUAUAUGUGGCUUGAGGUUUAAGACAACAAUGAUAAGUGCAAAGGUAAUGGACCACUUCCUGCAACCUUUCUUGCCGUAUGGGACUAUGAUAGCACAAAGACAGGCUAAGCCGGUAGUGGGGAACCUGUGACCCUCCAAAUCUUCUUGGACUGCAGCUCCCCUCGGCCCCAGCCAGCAGAGCCAAUGGUCAGGUACUGGGGCGAUCCCAAGAUGUCUCAGAACCUGAGGCAAAACGCCCCCACGAUGGGGGCGGCCACUCUGUAAGGAGUCUCCCUCAUUGGGCGGAGGGGGAGUUUUCCACAGAGCUUUGCUACCAGUUCCUCUCUGCCCCUAGAGGCCAGGGAGACAAGCUGCAAGGCUGGGUGGCAGAGCCGGGUGAUGUCCCUUAAGUGGUGCUGCCUGAGGCAGCCACCUCACCCAAUCUCACGGGAGGGCCGGCUCUGUCAUGGACAAUGGGAGUUGCAGCCCACAACAUCUGGAGGACAUCAAGUUCCCCAUCCCUGCUCUGUAUUAAGAAAGGGUAGGAUUCUAUAAGACAAGACAACUUAGCCAGAGAUGAACUAUUUGUACUUCAUAUGAUGGAAGGUUUUGUUGUUGUUGACUAGCACUGGCUCACCGAACUGGAAAUAUUAGCAAUGAUCUUUGCAGCUACAAUCCAUGACUACGAGCACACCGGGACUACAAACAACUUUCACAUCCAGACCAGGUAAGCUGGUGGUAUAGGAACAAACACCUAAAACAGGGAAGGAGAAAAUCUUUGAGCAGCUUUCAGACAAGAUCUCAUGGCAGACUCCCAAGUUGGUAUUGCGCAUGAUACAAUGCAGAAAUUUCCAUCAGUGUGAUAAUUUCAGUGCUUCCAGAAGGCACGAGGGACAGAAGAGAAGCAAAGUCACGAGUGAAGGGUUCCCAGCCCUCGCUUGAAGCUGGUAUUGACACUUUAAAGUUUAUUUAUAUCCCCUCAUUUUUGGCAGGAGUUCUGGUGCUAGAGAUCAUCCAGGCUGGGCACUGGUCAAGAUCCAAGAGGUUUAGAAGGGGCCCCUUGUUGGCUCAACCCAGUAGUGUGUAGCUAGGUUAUCGGAUGUGGCAUUGAUAUAACACUAUGGCCCCUGUCAGUCGUUUAUAAGGGUGCCAAGAAAUCAGCCCACUUCUCCCUAGCAAUUCUUUUUUCAUACAGUUGCAGCAAAGACUUGUUGAGCAGGAUUCAUCUAAACAGUCCUGCCAGCGGGAACCAUUGCAAUGGGUCCUGCUAGCAGAAUGGGACCCCCUCCCCCCUCUCCUUCCUACCUGCUCCCCUCCAAAUUGGCUCUUGGGGGUCAGAAUAACCCCCAAAACAGUGCAUGGUGGGAGGAGAGGGGAGAUCUUCCCACCUGGCAAAUAGAACUGCUUCCAUGGAUGGAAUGAUUGCCUCAAUGCUAUUUUGAAUUCCAGCCAUUGUGAUUUGAUAUUCAUAUUGCACCGUUUAAUGAAGAGAUGGAGAACCUCAGGCCUGAGGGUCAAAAGUGACCCACCAAGCCUCUCAGGACUCUUCCCCAGGCCAUAUCCCUUUGAGUGUUUUUGUCUGGCUGGACUGCGUCCUUGAACUCCUGCUUCCCUGGAUGGUGGGUAGUGUCAGGGACCAUGCUGAGGGGGGCUGCACUGAGGAGGAAUGGUGGGAGCCUCCCCCUACUCCUGAUCAGGAUCCUGAAUGUUCCCUGGAGCAGGAGGACAGUAUAGAGAGUAAACAGUGGUUUGCAGAGGGACAUAAUUCAGAAGGCAGAAGCUGGGAAAUACUAGAUGGGGAACAGCUAGGAGAGAGAGAGUUAACAGAUUCACUGUCUCUGGAAAGCUUUCAUCCGCCCAGCCCAAGGUCAAGAAGAGCUGAUAAGGUGGCAGCACAGAAAACACACUGGUUAUGAGCUCAGGGUACAAGACGCAGUAGUGAUGUGGGUGACUAGGCAGGAAGUGGGUGAAACCCUUAACUGGGAGCACCACCAUUCCUUGGAAAUGGAUUUUUUGUUCUCUCGCUGUGAUCAUUCAAGUUUCUAACUGGUAAGAAGACUCCUUUUCCUUUGUUCUGCUUAUCUACUGCCAGAGGGGGGAGGAAGCCAAUUCCCUGAAGCCUGGCAGGUAGAGAGGUCUGCGUGUGAACAUGUGUGAAACAACUGCAUCAAUUGCUCCUCCCACUUUUGUCUCUGGCCCUGCUCAGCACUGGCAUGUGGCCCCUGGAAGUUUGCCUGACAAUGAAUAGAACCCUUGGACUGUCAAAGGUUCACCAUUCAUGAUUUAAUGAUACAAUGAAGGGGUGUUUUCUUCUUCGUUCUCCCACAAAUUGCUAUGACCCCCCGACCGAAAAUGAGGACUCGUUUUCCCUCACCCUAUCAUGCUGCAUGUCCUAGGACACUGCUCUUGCCAGACAUGUUACUCAGUUCAUAAACUUUACAGACUAGAAUUCGUGUGUUAAUUUAUUUAUCCAGUGUCAUAUCUGCUCCCAUGGCGACAGUGUCAAGCCAAGGCUUGCAAGCUAUAACUAAAAAUAACUUUUUACCACUUAGUCCAGUAAUUCCAAAUUUAAACCACUUUUCUAUUUUGAUUUUAAAUUAUGGGGCCAUUUAAAAAAAAAACCACUGAAUAACAACUCAGCCCUUCUCAUUUCAUAUUUCAAAAGCAAAGAUAAAAUUGAGAUAGUUCUAGUUUUGAAAGGAUUUCCCUGAUGUAACAGAAUGGGCUGCAACAUGUUGAAUUGGAGGUUCCUCACCACUGUCAUAAGGUGUUUUCUUGUGCCUUAGCUGGAUACAGCUCUCCUGACUCACCUGACAGGUAGAUAAACCUGCCAAGGUGUUGUGAACUGAACCUUAAUAUCCCACUCUUUGCAUCUAGGUCAGAUGUUGCCAUUUUGUACAACGAUCGCUCCGUUCUUGAAAACCAUCAUGUAAGUGCUGCUUAUAAGAUUAUGCAAGAAGAAGAAAUGAACAUUCUGGUGAACCUAACCAAAGAUGAGUGGAGGUAAGACAGGUGGGCUUGUUGAGAGUGACACGCAUCAUAGGCCUGGCUCAUAGUAUUCCAGCUACCACAAAAGCUCUUCCAGUUGGUUGGCUACCAUGUUGCCAGAGUCAUAUGUCAAAACUUUCUCCAGUGUGAGUGGUCUGUGUCAUGUGGAUUUUGCCCGUUCCAGAGACCCCCCGGGUAUAAGGCGGUAUAUAAAUUCAAUAAAUAAUAUAGAAUAAAUAAAAAUAACUCUUCGGGGUUUCAGACAGGGAGCCUCUCUCAGCCCGAACCUGGAGAGGUCAGGGAUUGAACCAGGAAACUUCCGUAUGCAAGGCAGAUGCUCUAUCCCCUGAGCUAUGGCUCUUCCACAUCAGCUUUCUGUGCAGGAUAGGGGUGUUGCUAAGUACUAAGAAGACUCAGGGGUACAGGCUUAUGACCCCAAUCUGCACAAAGUUUGCAUAUGCAAAGAUAUCCCUGAGAUAGUCCCAACGUUGCCCUUGGCACAUGGGUUCUUUUAAAGGCUCACAUGUGCAGUUUAUUUUCCCUUCCCAAGAUGUGGAGAAAUAGCCCUCGGAAAGCAUCCCCGAUGCCCUUCCUUUCCGAGAUGUUAUCCAAUGGAGGUGCUGUCCUACCAGGCGCAUGCUGAGAUGGCUGCAAGUCACCACCUGGUAGCUUUUCUGUCAUCAAAGUAGUCACCUACCCCAGCUACUGCACACCACAGCAUGAGUGGCACUGUGGUUUAAACCACUGAGCCUCUUGGGCCUGCCAAUUAGGAGGUUGGCAGUUCGAGUCCCCACAAUGGGGUGAGGUCUCGUUGCUCUUUCCCUGCUCCUGCCAACCAAGCAGUUCGAAAGCACACCAGUGCAAGUAGAUAAAUAGGUACCACUGUGGCAGGAAGGUCAACUGCAUUUCCAUAUGCUCUGGCUUUCGUCAUGGUGUCCUGUUGCGCCAGAAGCAGUUUGGUCAUGCUGGUCACAUGACCCGGAAAGCUGUUUGCGGGAAAACACCGUCUCCCUCGACCUGAAAGUGAGAUGAGCGCCACAACUGGACUUAACCAUCCAGGGGUACCUUAACUUUUUUUUUUUACUCCUUAGAAAGACCCUCCUGGCCUCCUUCUUUAAGGGAAUCCUCCCAAGAUCUAGUUGGUUUCUCUUCCCCUUCUGAGUUCCCAAGCGAAAGUUCGGUGCUGGUGGUAAAGUCUUAACCUUCUCCAUGUUCUGCUGAUUGCAGUUAUGUGGAAAUCAGGCAAAGCAUCCCACCCAGAGCCCCAGAACGUAAUUACAGUUCAUGAUUCUGAAAUGAGGAAUAACAAAACAGCAGGACCGAUGAAGUAAUAGUAGGGUUGCGUUGUCGUAUUUUUUAAGUACCCAACUCCCAUCAACUCUCAGGAGGCUGGAGGUUUCCAGAUAAUAAUAAUUUGAAGUGCUUUUCUCAUUUUUAUUUAAUAAUGCUCAUUCUCAUCCCAAGAGAUAAAUUAACCAUCGCUUUGUGAGCAAAACGUCUCAUUAGAGAAUAAAUACGAUUGUAAUUUGGUAAUGCUGACUGUCUGCAGGGAACUGCGCACCCUCGUCAUCGAGAUGGUCUUAUCAACUGACAUGUCAGGCCAUUUCCAGCAGAUCAAAACAAUGAGGCACAGUCUGCAGCAGACCGAGGGGUAAGUGCCCCCCCAUUCUCUCUCCAGUGCUGUGUGUUAACAUGCAGUUCCUGUGUGAAUGGGAGGGAAGGGGAGACUUGCUGUUGCAGUAACAUAAUGUGAGAAAAUCUUUGAAUGGGCAGGAUAGACAAAGCCAGAGCCAUGUCCCUGAUCCUUCAUGCAGCCGACAUCAGCCAUCCAUCAAAAAUCUGGAAGCUGCAUUACCGGUGGACGAUGGCACUGAUGGAAGAAUUUUUUCGACAGGUAAUAUCCUUCUCCCAUGUCCAAACCUGUUCAUAAAGAUCCCUUAUAUGUGUUAUUAGAUUUGGUUGUAAUAUUCCUUGUUAUUUCUACUUUCUACUUGUAAGAAAGGGUGAAGGAAGAAUUCGUUUCAGUUCACAUUUCAAGGUGAACGGUCAAACCCGGAAGCAAUAGGAGAACCGAAGCCCAACUAUCCUUUGAAAUUUGCACUUAUCUGAAUUUUGCAAAUUAGCUCUCCAGCCAAGCUGUGCUUACAAAAAACACACAUCUGUUAUGGGAAAGCAUGUGUACAGUGGUGAAAACCACACACAAAGCUGGAUUCUGUUUGGGGAAACUGUUUGCAAGAAUGUGUGUAUCAGGCAACAUUGUGUACAGAAAUGCACGUGUUAGCAGAAAUUUGGACAAAAACCAGAAUUUUCAUGAGAACUUUUAAAAAUAAAUGAAGAGUUGCAAAACUGACAUGGAAAUGUAGAGAGCUGAACGCAAGAUUUGAAAAAUGAGAAAUGGAAAGAAACUGAGAUUGUCCAUCUCUAGAUGGGAGAUGGUGUGGGCGCAUCUGCGUAUGCAUGGAAAUGUUUGUAGCUCAUAGGGGAAGAGAAAUAAGCAGGCAGUGCUAAAAACCCUCUGUCUGGAAGCAGCCAUUUUCUCUUUUCUCAUCCAUCAUAAGUACAUGUUUAAUAUACAGUAUUUUUCUCUUUUUUUAAAGCCACACAUUGCAGAAAUUGGAUGUGAAAGGGACACCCCUUGGUUUAGUUAAAUAGAAUCAUAGAAUCAUAGAGUUGGAAGAGACCACAAGGGCCAUCGAGUCCAACCCCCUGCCAAGCAGUAGUUGGCCUUGUGUUCAGAUGCACUCCGUAAAUUCUUAGUCUUGCUUUCAUUAGUACCUGUAAACUUACACAUUUCAAUGUGUCACCUUUUUUUAUCCCUUCAGGGAGACAAGGAGGCAGAACUGGGGCUACCGUUUUCUCCUCUCUGUGACCGCAAAUCCACCAUGGUGGCACAGUCCCAAAUAGGUAAUGCUUGGCUUUUUUAUUUUUUACUUUGGAGAAAUGAUCUCGUAACGGAAAGGAAGAGUGUUGUGACCAUCACAAAAUAGGAACAACCAGCAUUCUAAGGUUGGCAAGUCACUAGCUUCUGCUUCCUCCUGCUACCGUGUGUUCAUUAUGCACACUGUCGCUUAUGGAAGAGGACUCUCAUAACAUCUGGAAGAAUAGAAGAGGAUCCUUACCUUUCAAGAGCCCAGCACUCUGAGGAAAGGCAGAGGUUUGGGGAUGGAUUGUUGCUGCAGGAUGGGAAUGAGACUAUGGCUACGUGAACACCGUACAUUUAAAGCACAUGACUUCCCGCAAGGAAUCCUGGGAAAUACAGUUUACCCCUCACAGGGCCACAAUUCCCAGGAUUAUUUGGGGAAAGUCAUGUGUUUUAAGUGCAUAGUGUGUCUGCAGCCAAUGAAGAAAGAAUCUGUGUGCAAGUGUGUGUGUGUACAGGCCCAUGAUAUAGGAAGAUGGCUGAAACUAAGCAGGUCUGCCUCUGGUCAGGUUUUGAUGGGAAAUCACAUACAGAGUGCUACAUAUUCAGCCUUGUGUUCCAUGACAAAAGGUGGAAUAUGGAAUAGGUGUUGACUGUUAGGCACACGGCGUCUCUUGCCUUUCCAUUGCCUACUGAAGACCUUCCUCUUUCAACAAGCCCUAGCGUAUGUCGUUUGCCAUCCUGGGCUCCAUUGGAAGGAAGGGGUAAACUUGUAAUAAACGAGCAAAUGAAUGGUUGAAGGACCAUUGGCUAGGGAAGAAGCAUCACCACCUACCGUGAGGGUAGAUUUCCCACUCCCAGCACCAAAUAGCUAUAGUCCAGCUGGUUCUGGAGGAAUCCCACAGGUCAACAGGCAACAUGUCUCCAGCCCAGGUGCCAUUGCACAGGUAUGGGUAAAAAGGGGGGAUUCAGUUUGCACCUUUUAGGUUUGCAGAAGGAGGAGCUGCGUCUCGUCCUAGCUCACUUUCCUGGCCUCACCUUGCUUGUUGUAGCUGGCUCAUUGUGAGUGGUAGUUUUAGGCGCAAGUGUCACAGGAACUGGCUGUGGCUCUGAGCCACAGAUACAUGGCAGCCGGCUGUGGUGAUGCUAGACGGGUCUCCCUGCACACACCUAGAUGGAUCCUUUGCUGUAGCAGGGAUGGGGAACUGGUGGCCCUCCAAAUGUUGGAAGCUCAACAGCCCUCAAUCCUGCACGGCCAAUAGGUAUGGAUGAUAGGCAUUGGAUGCACCAACACCCAGAGGACCAUUUCUGCUCUUGAGGGUCUUCAAGUCAGCCAAUGUUCUUAGCUAACGCAAGAUAUGGGCAAUACAGAUUUUCAGAUUCAGUGCCACAACAUUCCACACAUUGGUGUCAUUUCUAAGUCUGAGAAUGCCCGUUUUCAAUAAGGUAAUAGAGUACCGCUCUCCUUUAUGCCCAGAGCAUUUAUUUAGCAUAUUGAGCCGAUUUGAAAUCUGUUGCUGUUCCAUGUAGUAUCGGGUGUUUCUCUUUUUCCACCUGUUCAGUUCUCAGCGGGGGAUAAUGCUUUGUUCUCUGCGUAAUUUCUUGCCUCGACAAGCAUUUUUCAAGAAGACAUUGUUCGAUACUGACAUCUCAGAGCUGUGGGUUGAGUUCUGUCUCCCAGGGAUAUUGCUUGUUCCAUUCACUGAUUUGACAGAACGCUGCUAACGCAUUGUGAAAUAACACUCACGCAGAAUAAUAAACAGUAAUUUGGAAUAUCAACUCAGACUCAUAAAGACCCUGCUCCAAGAUCGAUCCCCUGUAGGCGGAAGUGUAAAAGUUGCAGCACGCAAGGGCUUCUUCUUCCAAAGAGAUGAGAUGUUUCUGAGCUCCAUCUUGGCUCGCACAAAACUGUGCCCAGAAGGGCACACAGGUGCUUGUUUCCAUUCAUGGAUUUCCUGUGCUAGAUCAAAGGAGAACUCCAUGUUGAGAGACAGGAUGAUGAUCUGGCUCAAGGACUCUGGCGUGGGCAAGGGAACUUCAGGUUCAUAUUCCCACCCACACCCCUAUGGCCAAGUUCACUUUGUGAUUUUGGGCCAGUGGCUCCAGGCACACCUUCCUCUUACAAGGUAGUGGUGUUGUUGAUGAUGAUAUAUUUAUGUAGCGUAUUUUUCGCGCUAUAAGCUGCACCAGACCACAAGAUGCACCUAGUUUUUGGAGGAGGAAAGCAAGAAAAAAAAUAUUCUGAAUCUCAGAAGCCAGAACAGCAAGAGGGAUCUCUGCGCAGUGAAAGCAGUAAUCCCUCUUGCUGUUCUGGCUUCUGGGAUAGCUGCGCAGCCUGCAUUAGCUCCAUAAGACGCAAACACAUUUCCCCUUACUUUUUAGGAGGGAAAAAGUGAGUCUUAUAGAGAAAAAAAUAUGGUAUUUAUUUAAAAUAUUUCUUAACUGUCCUUCAUCAGAAGAUUCCAGGGCAAUAUACAAAAGUGUGGAAACAAUCCAUGUAGCAUAAAUGCAAUAGGUUAUUAAAGUGUAGGUGGGUUUCCAUGAAAUAAGACACAGUGAUAACAGCAAGAACCUGUAUUGAAUUAACAGAACCGGACAACAGGGGGCAAAGCAACUGCUUAUAUACAUUUCUGAAGGCCUGGACCACUCCCACUCCCAACGUGAUUGGCUGUCUAAACUUCCAAGCUGUGAAUCAUGACUCAGAGUUUAAAGGCCAGUGGCAGAGGCCCAAAUCCUGAAAUGUUCUGUGAUUGGAUAUCAUGUAUCGAAUCAGAACACAGGGGCUCAGAAUCCUUAGUCCGGACUCAAGCUCAGGCAAACACAGACCACUGAAUACAUAUCACCUACACUCAACUGAGUUCCAGUCAGAGUAGGCCCAUCAAAAAUACUGGAUCGUGGCCAUUAGUUGGAUGUAACCCAAUUUUUAAAGGAAACAGAAAGAAGGCUAAUCUUGUUGCACUCCAAUAAACACUUAUUUGGGUUUUAGUGCCAUGAAACUCAGUGGCACUUCUGAGUAAACGCAGGAUUUUGCUACAUAAACCCAGCCUGAGUUUCUGGAUGUAAGGGUAGGAGGUAAAUGUUAACACCUGACAUAAAAUAAAUAGUGAUCCUUUUUGCUCAACAAUUGGAUCAUGGGAGUAUUUCCUUUUUAUUCCAACAACUAGCUGCACAAGUCUAAUCAGAAGUAAGUCCUAUUGAAUUCAAUGAGGCUUUCUCCUAGGAAAAUGAGAUUAGGAUUCCAUCUUAAGGGCGCCUUAAAAGAGAGGGUUAUAGAAUACUGGCUUGAUUAUAGAAUUGAAAGCUGUCAAUAUUAAAUGUCAACCUUUUUAUCCUUGCCUUCACCUUGUGGGCAACAUAGGACAUGUGUGUUUGUGUUUGUUUGUGUGUGUAUAUGUGUGUGCGUGUGUGUUUUUGUGUACUCCUAUGGUCUUGCAUCUUUAAUGCAUUAGAUUCAGGAUGUAAUAGCUUUGCAACAUUUAUUUUAUUGCCCAUAUGGGGGUUCAACUGGACCUCAUAUUGUUUAUGUAGUUGCUCUAAAUAUAUCUCUGUACAGAGAGACAGUGGUGCAACAUCGUGUCUAAGCCUAUCAGGGCCAACGGACAUUGUACAAAGUCUGUAGCUUGACUGUGCAAUCCAAUAUAUGCAUGUUCAGAAGUAAAUCCUGUUGCUUUCAGUGAGAGUUUCUCCUAGGUAACUGCAGGCAGAGAACUGCAGACCGAAUCUCACCUCUGUCACGGGUUAACCACGUUGUCUUCGGCAAGCCUCGCCCUCUGAAAUAAGGAGGGCGUGGGAAUACAACUGAUCCUGCCUUGCCAUUUACGCCCAAAAUACAAGCGUUUUGAACACUCACGCACUACACAGAUGCUUUCAUGUGCAGAGCUUGCGCUGUUACCAGAUGCCACAUAAUGUCCAUUGUGCAUUUGUGAGAAAUUGAUCUUUUAGUGUGGCAGCGCAUCAGUUAGGCUAGCACACUUCUCCUAUACAAUUGUAGGCACUUGCUGAAACCGUUAUUCCAGCAAGUCUAUCCGGUCACAUAAUUAAGUCAUGCAUUCUUGUAUCUCGAUUAUGUUUAUUUUAUCUCUGUGUUGAUGAUAAUUAUUUUACUGUUUUAUGUACACUUAUUGGAUUUUAUUUUUAAUUAAGCUGUUUAUUAAAACUCUUAAAUUUGCCUUCAGCAAAGCUCUGUUCGCAUUUACUUACUAACUGUACAAAGAAUGGACAGGCACUCAAUGUUUUCUUCCGUCUCUCUCUCUUUCUCUCCACACCCCACUCCCAAAUUGCCCUGCAGGUUUCAUAGAUUUCAUAGUAAAGCCAACAUUUGCUCUUCUUACUGACUCCAUGGAGAAAAUAGUUUUUCCUCUUAUAGAGGAAGCGUCAAAAUCUGAAAGCCCUUCCUUCUCGACAUCAAUAAGGUUUGAGAAGCACCCCCCCAUUUAUAUUAUUAUUGAAAAUCGAAAUUACUCUAAUAUAACAUUGCCACCUAGUGGCAAGAGUUGCAACUGUGUUACAUGACAGCAUAUAAAUCCUGUUCAGGAAACGACUGUGUAUAUGUAAGGCAAAGACAUAGCAGAAUACAAAUCAUUAUAUUUGAAGGAGCUGGUGCUCAAAAUAUUAUUCAGGAAAUUUUGUGGAGGGAUGAUUUGCUUGGAGGUGUGUACAUAUGAUUUCAAGGCUCUUUCCUCUCUGCCCUAAAGCAAAUUAUGAAUUUAGCUUUUAGCCAUUAAGCUUGUUAUGCUAGCAAAAUACUGUACGUUUUUGUUUCAUAAUAGCUUUGCGGCAUCUCACAGUCACGAGAUCCAAAGCAGAAAUAGGAAGAUUCGAGGUCAUAUAAUGUAGGGCAUAUAAAUAAAAAUAAACCAGCACCCCUUUUGGCAAGGAACAGAGGUCUACAAGUUAAUUCUCCAAGUCCAACUAGUGUCCUUUAUUUAAUUUAGGCUGCAUUCUUAUACUGAGUUUCCUGGGAAUAAGCUCUAUGGGACUCAGUGGGACUUCUAAGCAGGCAUACAUAGGAUUGUAUUGCCAUGGCAAAGAACAGUAGAGUUGCGUUCUGCACAUGGGCAUAGACUGGAGAGGAACAGGGGGUCAGCUGCCUUCCUCUAAAUCAAGUAAACAUACAAAAACUCUUAACUAUAAAAGUAGAAAUUGUAGAAAGAUUUUGACGGAUUUCUCUGAGCACUUGGGGUCAAAGGAAAGGAAUUUAAAACAACUGUUGUUGAGACAUUUCAUUCUGAAUCUGCUAGGCAGAGCCAGACAGAGGAGGAUGACAGAUGAGUGUCCUCCCCCCCCCCCAAAAAAAUAUCCUGGCUAUGCCCAUUAGGGUGGUUCAUUUUUUUUUUUUAAUGCCUGCUCCAAUGGUCUUAUCUUACUACACUAGGGAUUAUAUAGCUAUAUCUGAAAUUUCAUGCAUAUCAGUUAAUAUCUUGACCCUCCUCCACUGAAUUGAAAUUUCAGCCUUCAUGACAUAGGGAAACGACCAAGUAAACAGCUCAUUGUGGCCUAGGGCUCUCGUAUUUACAGGACCGACUCUCCUGGUCUGCCCCGCAGAGGACCUUAAGGUGCAUGAAUAAUCAUAGUUUAGAGGUCUCGGGUCCUAAGGAAGUCAGAUUAUCCUCCACCAGGGCCAGGGCCUUCUCAGUGAUGGCUCCGACCUGGUGGAAUGCUCUGUCCCAUGAGACCAGGGCCCUGCAGGAUUUAACUUCCUUCCGCAGGGCCUGUAAGACAGAGCUAUUCCGCCUGGCUUUCAAUUUGAACUUAACCUGAUCUUUUAUUCCCCUUCCUUCCCUCCCUCUCCCCUUUUUAUGAAGAUUACCCUCUCUGGGAUCCCACAGCUAAUUCUCCCUGGGUCUCCUUGCUGGCCCAAAUAGGACUAAUUUAGCCAGCUAGCCCUGGUGAUCAUCGAAUGUUUUCCCCUAAAUUGAUUUUUUGAAUUCAAUUAGCUAGUGUAGUAAGAGAAGACCUUUGGAGCAGGCAUUUUCGAAAAAGGUUUUUUUAUGAACCGCCCUAAUGCUCAUGUCUCGUUGCCCUUUCCACCCUCCUCCAUGUAGGGGAUAUUCCUGCAUCAGUUAUGGGAGCCUUUUACAACCUGGCAUCCUUUAGACUGUUGACUUCAACCCCAUCCAGAACUGAUGCAAGCUGUGGUCAAAAGCCUCUGGAGAACCCCAGGCUGAGUUAUGGGCUACAAUGUAUUACUGUCCUUUCUCCUUGUCUGUGCCCCCGAAGUGUCUUGCUCUGCCUUUAAUCUAGUUCUUUAAUCCACCCCCUCUUCUAGUGACAUCGCUGGAGGAUCCAGUGUGGAGGUACACAGAAGGAUACAUGUUAAAAAUGCCGGGUGUGUUGGCGGGUCUUGCUCAGAAAACUCUUUGACCACCGUGGACUUAAGAAGCUUUAAAGACUCCCUGUUUCAGAUCAUACAAGAGAACAAAGACAGGUGGAAAGAGUUAGCAGAAAAAGGUACGUUUCCCAUUUGUCAGAGUUCCAUUUCCACCCCAUUGGCUGGUUCACUCUUGAGCAGCAAAGUAUCUCUGUUCAUCUGCGCUCAAAGACAGUUUCCUUGCAAAACUACUACACAUUAAAAACACCAUGAGCACACAAAUGGACGUGUGCAUGUGAGAAAGACAAAGAUACGGUGAUCACCUUUUUUUGUGCAUGGUAUUUAUGUGUAUUUUUCUUUCUAAAGUUGUAGACAACCUGCUGUUCCUUUGAUGGACAUCGCUGCUGCACUUGCAGCAUUCACACCACUAGGUGGCAGAUGUCCACCCCAUCUCUCACAGUGCUGUCCUUUCCAUACUCGUGUCUUGAUAGACCAUUGCAUAUGAGAGAUGAGAACCUGAAGUUUCCUUUUGACUGAUAGCAUGCAGUUAGCAAAGUCCAAGUGAAAAGCUUGCUUGCUUUCGAAAGGAUAAAACGUUAACGAAAGAACGUAAGCAGAGGCAUGCUGGAAUGGAUCAAAAAGGUCCGUCCAGUGCAGCGUUCUGCCUGCUACAACUUUGGUAGAGCAUGAGACUUUUAAUCUCAAGGUUGUGGGUUCAUGCCCCAUGCUGGGCGAAAGAUUCUUGCAUUGCAGGGGUUUGGACUAGAUCAGGGGUCUGCAACCUGCGGCUCCGGAGCCGCAUGUGGCUCUUUUACACCUUUGCCGCGGCUCCAGGGCGGAUACUAGUGAGGGGAGGAGGCGCAUUGUGCGCCCCGACACUCCCCACUGUGGCGGGCGCUGUACUGGCUGUGACGUCGCAUGGGGGCGGUGCGUGCGUUAGUCACGCACCGUCCCGACGUCACCUUCCCGCCCGCUGUCAGAUCGCAGCUCCGGAGAUAUAUUUGUUUUAAAUGUCGCAAUGGUUUUGCGGCUCCCAGUUGUUUUUUCUUCGGAAACGGGUCCAAGUGGCUCUUUUUGUCUUAAAGGUUGCAGACCCCUGCACUAGAUGCUCCUUGUGGUCCCUUCAACCUCUACAAUUCUAUGAUUCUAUGUUUAUGGGAAGCCGAUGAGCAGAAUGUGAAGGUGAUCACCCUUCCCUGCUGUUUUUGUUCCUGCCUCCAAUAGCAACUGGUAUUCUGAGGAGGAGGAGGAGGAGGAGGAGUUUGGAUUUGAUAUCCCACCUUUCACUCCCUUUAAGGAGUCUCAAAGCGGCUAACAUUCUCCAAACAUCGGGGGUCAGCUUGAACUGAACUGAAUUGUAAAAUUUGGAAAACAGUUUAAUCCAAUUGUAAGAUGCAUCCCAGUCAGUCUGGAAACUACAAAUUAACGUAUUUUUCGCUCCAUAAGAAGCACCUGACCAUAAGACGCACCUAGUUUUUAGAGGGGGAAUGCAAGAACAAGAAUAUUCUUUAAAGGGAGCGCUGAGCAGAGCCUAUAUGCAUCUCAGGCCCUGCUCAGCGCUCCCUUUUACAAGCUGUGUGGAGCGUGUGUGCGACGCUUGCAGGCUUUUCCCCAAGGAGGAAGAAGGGCAGCCCAUCACAGACAGGCUGCCCUUCUCCCUCCUUGGGGAAAAGCCCCCUAGAACUGCACACACGCUCCACGCGGCUCUUUAAAGGGAGCACGGCUCUUGCGAGAUUUUCCAGGAGGUGGAGGAAGGGACAGAGGGGCUGCCCUCUGUCCCUUCCCCCACCUCCCACAAAAGCCAGGGAAAGCCACGGGAAGCCUCCUCAGGGCAGCGGGAUGAAGGCUUCCCGUGUCCUGAAGAGGCUUUGCACGGCUAAGCCAGAAGCUAGAACAGCGAGAGGGAGCGCUGCACAGUUCUCCCUUGCUGUUCUGGCUUCUGGGAUAGCUGCGCAGCCUGCAUUCGCUCCAUAAGAUGCACACACAUUUCGCCUUACUUUUUAGGAGGGGGAAAAUGCGUCUUAUAGAGCGAAAAAUACAGUAGGUGAGAUCCCUUGAAACUGAACAAAACUCUUGUGACCCACCAAGCAAAACGCAGCCUACUAGCCAUGUAUCGAGGCCUGCCAAGUUUUGACAAACCAUGCCCCCAUGUUUUUGCCAUUCUAAGUAGGAAGGGAAGCAUUAAUAGGUCUCUGACAUGCGUGCCAGCUUGCCCCCGCCAUUGUGGGGGCCGGCGCUGAGUGACAUGUAGCACACAGCGCAUGGUGCGCUGAUGACACGCAUGCAUGCAACAUGCUGAUGUGUCAUGUGCCCAUCGUGCACUUUGUGCGUGUGUUGCAAGCAGGCUGUGCGCAUGCGCAAGAGAUGUGAGUCUGCCACACAGUGUGCGCACAUGGCAGGUGCAUGGUCGCUGUGAAAUUUUGAGGGGGGGAGGCCCCCUCUUGAAAAUUUUGGAGGGGGGCCUUGGGGCCCCUUAGUUGGCACCACUGGUCUUUGAUGGGCUCUCACACAGAGCUGCUUGGGCUUUAUUUGGCUUGGUCAGUCAGCGAUUGUGUGGCCCCCACCCUGGGAAAAUCUCACUCUGUGACAUAAAACCUUCUCUGUCUGUCUGUCUCUCUGUGUGUUUUGUUACUUUUAAAAAAAAUCUUUAUUGCAUUUUAAAAGUUUACAAAGAAAGCUUGAAGUAAACAUUACAUCCAAAUAUUCAAAACUAAAAAGGAAAAAUAGAAAAGAAAGUAAAAAAGAUAAAAAGAAAAGAAAAAGAUAAAUAAAAAAUGAGAAAAAAAGAAAAAUGAUGAAUAAUAAAAAAGGGGGGGAAAGAAUUAAUCAAAUACACAAAAUUGUAAUUUAAAUAUUCUACACACCAGGUUCCCAGAAAGAAAUUACAUUUGUCAUCCUUCUUUUCUUUCUUUCUUUACUGUCACUUUCUUUCUGUUCCGGAAUGUUAGUUGACUUCCCUCUAUCUCUUUGUGGCUUCGACACUUUUCUUAAAUAACAAGUAUUCUUUACUGGUUUAUUUAAAUCUGUUUCCCCCCAAUAUAUCUGUGAAAUUAAUCUAAGGACAACCAAGUAUUAUUUUUGGAACCAUAUUUUAUCAGGUAGUUUUUGAAGCAAUCCCAUUCCUUUUUUACGUUAUUGCCUGAGUGAUCUCUUAUUAGUUCUGUCAUUUUGGCUAGUUUGAGGUACUUGCACAACUUUAAUUGCCACUUGUCUUUUGUUGGUAUUAAAUCACUUUUCCAGUAUUUUGCAAUUAGCAUUCUAGCCACUGUUGUCGCAUAAAGAAACACACUUUUGUUUUCGUUUUGUGCAAUAAGGUUCCUUCGUUUUGUUUACAUCACCAGCACAUAUUGUUGUUAUUUUUAUAUAUUUUUUGCUAAUUUGGAUGGGGUCAGGCACCAUCUGUAAAUCAUUUUCAUAAAGUUUUCUUUUAUCAGAUAGCACACAGUGAAUUUUAAGUCUUUCCCCCAUAAUUUUUCCCAUUUUUCCAUCUCAACUGGAUAACCAAAAUCUUGUGCCCACUUCACCAUGACUUCCUUGAUUUCCUCGUCUUUAAGGUUCCAGUCCAGUAAUAAUCUGUAUGUUUUUGAUAAUAUAUUUUUAUUAUUUAAUAAAAGUUCUUUUUCUAAAUCCAAUAUCUUUGUUUCAAAUACAUUAAUAUUUUUGGUCUGAUUUAAAAAUUUCAUUUCACUGGUUAUAUUGUAGCCAGUUCACACCUGCCUGCUUUAAUUCUUCAUAUUUUAAAAUUUAAUUGGUUAUUUUCUUUUUCUAAAAUUUUCUUAUAUAUUAGCCAAUUAAUGUCCAUAUUUUUCUUUUUUUACUGCUAUUGCUUCUAUCGGUGACAACCACCAAGGCGUUUUGGGUUCCAAUAAUUUUUUGUUUCUUUCCCAUACAGUAAAUAGAUAUUUUCUUAUUAUGUGACUGAGGAAUCCUCUUUGGAUUUAACUUUAUUACAGUGGUACCUCUGGUUAUGAACUUACCGUAUUUUUCACUCUAUAAGACGCACCAGACCACAAGACGCACCUAGUUUUUGGAGGAGGAAAACAAGAAAAAAAUUAUUCUGAAUCCCAGAAGCCAGAACAGCGAGAAGGAUCGUUGUUCUGGCUUCUGGGAUAGCUGCGCAGCCUGCAUUCACUCCAUAAGACACACACACAUUUCCCCUUACUUUUUAGGAGGGAAAAAGUGCGUCUUAUAGAGCGAAAAAUACGGUAAUUCGUUCUGGAGGUCCAUUCUUAACCUGAAACCAUUCUUAUCCUGAGGUACCAUUUUAGCUAAUGGGGCCUACCGCUGCUGCCAUGCUGCCGCCGUGUGAUUUCUGUUCUCAUCCUGAGGUUAAGUUCUUAACCUGAGGUACUACUUCCGGGUUAGAGGAGUCUGUAACCUGAAGUGUUUGUAAUCUGAGGUGUUUGUAACCCGAGGUACCACUGUAUAUCCCAGAUAACUGUGCCAGCCGAACCUAUUUUUUCAGCCUUCGAUGUCUAAUAUAUUUGCUUUUUAAAAAAUCAUCCAUUCUUUAAGCCAUACUAAACAUGCUACCUCAUAAUACAAUUUGAGGUCUGGUAAUGCAACCCCCCCUCUGUCUUUCAUUUCCAUUAGCAGUUUGUACUUUAUCCUUGGGUUUUUUGCCCUGCCAUAUAAAUUUUGCCAAAUCUCUCUGCCAUUCCUUAAAGCAAUAUAGUCUGCUUAUUAUUGGGAUUGUUUGAAAAAGAAACAACAUUUUCGGUAACACAGUCAUCUUUAUUGUAGCUAUCCUUCCCCAUAGUGACAAAUUUAGCCUAUUCCAAAUUUCCAAGUCUUUUUUUAUUUCUUUCCAUGUUUUGGCACGGUCAUAAUUAUAUAAAUUUAUGCUUUUUACCGUGAUCCAGAUUCCUACGCAUUUAACUUUGUUUGUUAUCGUUAGCCCGGUCUUAUUUACUAGCUCUAAUUUUUCUUGUUCGUUCAUAUUUUUCACUAAUAAUUUAGUUUUAUCUUUAUUCAAUUUAAAGCCUGAAACCAUUCAUUUUUUCCAUUGCUUCUGUUAUACUUUCUGUUGGAUUUUCUAUCGUAAUGAUGACGUCGUCGGCAAAUGCUUUUAAUUUGUAAGAUCUAUUUCCCAAUUUGAUCCCUUUUAUUCUUGGUUCUUCCCCUAUUUCCUUUAAUAAUGUUUCCAUUGUUGUUAUAAAGAAAAGUGGUGAUAGUGGGCAGCCCUGUCUGAUGCCUUUAGAAAUAUUAAACGUUUCUGAUAAAUUGUUAUUUAUUAUCAAUUUGACUUUUUGAUUUUUAUAUAUCGCUUUUAUGCCGCAUCCAAUUUUCUCUCCUAAUUCCAUUACAUCAAUAGUUUUCUCCAUAAAUUUCCAAGACACAUUAUCAAAAGCCUUUUCCGCAUCCACCAGCAUCAGUGCAGCUUUUUUAUCAGGCCUCAUAUCCAAAUAUUCCUAAUGUAUUGAUCACCAUUCUUGUGUUAUUAUACAUUUGCCUCCCUGGAAGGAAGCCCGCUUGAUCGUCAUUGAUAAUUCUCUUCAAAAUCUUUUUUAAUCUAUCCGCCAAUAUUCCUGCAAAUAAUUUAUAAUCUGAAUUUAGUAAAGAAAUUGUUACUGUUCUGUAGAAGAACAAGUGCCAAAAGCUGGUGGGGAGAGAAAGGAACAGAAAGGCCAAAGCCGAUGUGCUACAGACCCGUUGCUAGAAGAGGUGGCAACGGAGACACCAAAUGAGAAGAGCAAGGAAAGCGGUGGUGAAAGGCCAUCUGUGGACUUGUCCCAUACCUCUGUCAUCCUUCAAGUGCACUCUCUCAAUUCCCUGCCCAAACCAUCUGACUCUGAGAUCUCACCAAAGGAUUCUUUGAAUGGAAAAGGGACUGCGGAUGUACAGCAAGGCACAAAACCUUGUGCUCCACUAAAUGGUAAGAGGACAUCAGCAAGCAUGCCUUGGAUGGGUUUUGUUUUUAAUCUAAUUUUCCAUUACAGAUUCUCACAUUCAAAUCAAUAUAACCAUACAAUAAUCAUCAACUUCCCCCUUUCCCCCACUCCACGGUUCAUUUUCGUUAUCCAUUACCACUGCGUAUCCCAAUUACUCCCUAUAUUUUCUUUUAUCCCCAUUUUCAUUAUAUCUUUACUUAAUUUAAACUGCUGAAUUUGCUGUAACCCUGCUAAUGUUUUAUCCUGCUUACAAUGAUUCUUCAGAUAUUCUACAAACAUUUUCCAGUCUUCCUUGAAGGCUCCUUCUUCCCAUUCUCUCAUUCUAUUCGUUAAAUUUUCUAAUUCUGCAUAUUUCAUCAGUUUCGUCUGCCACUUCUCCUUUUAUUGGCAUCGUUCUCUCUCUCCAUUUCUGAGCAUAUAUCGUUCAAGGCUGCUGUGGUUGUGUGGGUUGUUAGGAUUUUGGACAUGCCACCAUAUUUAUUCCAUCUCCAUUCAGUCAUAGUUACUAAAAUAAGGUAUUCAACCCUGCAGUUAACAGAUCACACCUUAUGCAAGCGUGCACAGACUAAUAGGUGUCUAUGUAAAAGAAAUUAGCCAGUACAAAAAUGUAGCCAGAUUCAGCUAUGAGCAACGAGUUAUAGUGUUGCUUGGGAAUUCUAAAAUACCCCCUCCCCCCAAACCCUGAGAUUUAUAAAUCACUAAUGGCAGUUUGUUAGUAUCUAGAUGUUAAUAAACUCUGGUCAACCUGGAAAACACCUGUCCCAGAUCCAUCCCCAAAUUAAUUUGAGGGACAGGCUAGUGUUUAAUCAGAGCUUUAAAAACCCUAUGCAGUUUGGAGGGGCAGGGAAGGAGAUGUUGCGUCUCCCCGCCUCCCCACAACCAGGGGCAGAGGAAAGGGGGUGCGGUAGGCGCAGGCCACCCCAGGUGUUACCACUGAGGGGAGUGACAAAAUGCCGGGUGGCACUCACUGCAGGGCCUGCAGCAUGCCCGAGUCACAUGUCUCUCCUGGGAGAGACGUGGUGGAUUGGGAAUGCGCAGGCUCCACACUGCCCAAACGGUCUGCCCGCUGCCUCCCCCCAGCUGUAGGGUGGCUGAGUGGGAGGAGGCAGGCAGACUCCAGAGGCCCUGCAGUGUGCUCUGCCCCUAUGGGCAGCUCAUCCUGCCCCUGGGCGUGCCGCCCCGGGCAACUGAGCAGCUUCCUCCGCUGCUGCCUGCAACCACACCGCAGAGAGUAGGAGAGUUCUGUCCUGCUGGGUAUUCCCUGCACAGAUCCCUGCAGGCAGUAGGAUUGUUUAGGGAAGCUUUUAAUGUUUGAUGUAUUACGGUAUUUUAAUAUUUUUUGGGAAGCUGCCCAGAGUGGCUGGGGAAGCCCAGCCAGAUGGGUGGGGUAUAAAUAAAUUAUUAUUAUUAUUAUUAUUAUUAUUACCCAUUUGGUGGGCCUCCCAUGUACCGCAGCUUCAUGUACUGUGUCUGCUUGGCCUCCCGCCUCUGGCAUCAUUGCCCCCCCCCCCCGUGUCUUGGCUUGUUGUGGUUCAGGUCCCAGCCACCGCCACUAAUGGCAGCGCCACCUGCCCCUGCUCCAUGGCUGCCUCGCUUAUCCUUCACCGCUGCCACCGCUGCAUUAUGGGAAACAGCUCUCCCUGAGCCAGCCACACCUCACUCACUGCUGCCUCUCAGGUUGACAUUUCAGGAUAGGAAGCAGAUCUUCAUCAACGCACGCAAGUCCACUUUCCUCUGUUGAAGGGAUGUAGCCCUCCAUAAGCUGUUGGAUCACAACUCCCAUGAUCUAUGACUGUCGGUCAUGCUAUCUGAGGCUGAUGGGAACUGGAGACAUAACAUCCAGAGGGGCACAGUGGUGUAGUGGUUAAGAGCGGUAGACUCGUAAUCUGGUGAACUGGGCUCGAUUCCCUGCUCCUCCACAUGCAGCUGCUAGUCACACUUCUCUGAAGUCUCUCAGCCCCACUCACCUCACAGAGUGUUUGUUGUGGGGGAGGAAGGGAAAGGAGAAUGUUAGCUGCUUUGAGACUCCGGGUAGUGAUAAAGCGGGAUAUCAAAUCCAAACUCUUCUUUGCUCUAUUGAAGCAGCCAGGUGCUCAACACCUUCAUUUGUGCAUCUGAGCAUAUACAGGGUUUGGGGGAUAUCAUUUUUGCAUACUGUGCUACAGCCUUCCAUUGGUUUCAGUAGGAGUUACCGCCUCCUUCCUUGGAGGUUUUUAAGCAGAGGUUGGAUGGUCAUGGAUGCUUUAGCUGAGAUUCCUGCAUUGCAGGGGGUUGGGCCAGAUGACCCCUGGGGUCCCAUCCAAUUCUGCACUCCUAUGAUUCUAUGAUAUAGCUGCAGAGUGAAAGAUCGAGCAUUGGAGAUCAGAUUUAUAUAGGCAUCUGGAUUCACAUUUCCCUAUACUUUCCUUGCAAUGCCUUUCUGGGCUCCACUGAAAUAGCUGAGUGCAUAUUUUGAUAUGGGUUGGAAUCCACACAUUCCCAUCCAGGGCUAUCAGUUAUUACACGUGAUCAUGAACGCUUUGGGGUGGGGCCUUGGUUUCUAAAUCUCUGAUAAAAAGUUUGGUGAAGCAUCCAAAAGAAAAAGCUCAGACUAUAUUAAUAGAAGCUAUUAAACUUCUAUUAAACUUGUUAUUUAUUUGCUGAAUGCCAAGGUUGCUGGGAAAGUAAUGCUCACCUUUUCUAAGUAAAUAGCGAGGGCUGGUUUCUUUUUCUGGCUGAGCAAAUCCUCCGCCUGUUAUUACAGCACGUCCCACUAAUUGUAGGCACUUAAUAUCAUUGGAAUCCCAUGGGCCAAGUCAUUUGUACUGAAAAAUAAAGAACAGGUUCCAUUGCUAAUUUUACAUGAUUUUAAUGUGAUGCACUCCAAAACGGAAAGUCGAUGUAGAAGCUUUCAUUUCAUUAAUAUGGAACAUUCCUUUGCUAGUACGGAAUGGGAAAAGGGAAUAGCUAGAAAGCCCUUCAUCAUACACUGUGAUAAUUAACUUGGAUUAAAACUAAUGAAACCAACUGCAGCCGACAUUCUGAUGGGGAUGGAAUUUGUCUGUUAUCUGUAGGAAAAGCAUUGCUGUAAAUAGAAUUCUACAGCUUAUGUUUUAUGUUAACAUUAUAGUGAUAUUAAGUGUGAGUUUGGAAAGGGAGAUUGAGUUGCUGAGGGAAAAUGGCUGUGACCUUACCCACUUUUUGACUGGGACCUGCUAGUGGGUCACAGCCUGAUCCAAAGUGGGUCAUGACAGGGGCCCUACCAUCAUGCAAAUAUAUGGUAAUUGGUUAAGAAAUGGAGCCCCCAAUGAAUGCAUGUUUGGGUUAAAAGUGGGUCCUGGGUCUGGAAAGGUUGAAAAAUGAUUAGCCAAUCAGCACACAUACAAAAUAUUAUUGAUUUCAGUGGGAGAAAGCGAAGGAUUCAUCAUCAACGAGAACUGAAGCUGCAAUCCUGUACAACUAUAUCGGCUGAUUGCUGGGUCUGGCGAAGCCCAUUGCAAAGCAUUCUUCAGGACCCCAUUGCAGAGCCACUUUGCAAGGCGCUUCUCAAAACCUGCCAUUCAGCUGAUCAUCAGGAUUUGCAAAUUCUUUUUCACACGGCUUUGCAGGCAUCAGAAAUCAGUGUUUUGGAAGAAAUCUAAUUCUGUUCUUGUUUAAAGGCAAACAUGUUGACACUUUCUGAAAUAGUAUGUGAACCGAAACACAGCUAUCCAUCAAAAUCUGAACUUCUCUAGAUUUUGCAAUGCAGUUCUCUAGCCAACUUCUGUGGGGGGGGGGGGGAGAGAAUAUGCCAGAGAAACAUGCAUAAAAUGCAUACAAUAGUGAAACUAACAAAAUAAAAGAGCAUUAUAUUACAGGCAGGGCCGUCUUUACCCGGGGGUGCAAGGGGUGCAGGGCACCCGGGCCCCGAAUUCUGGGGGGCACCAGGCACCCGCCACUGAAGCCGCCUAAGCUCUUAACUAUCUACCUGUUAUGAAAUAAUAAAUAAUUUUGAUCAAGCUAGAAAAACAAAAUACAUAUAUACCUAGGUAUUACCGAAAUGUAUACCUACUGUUUCACUAAAGGACUUUUGACUUUGUGCGCUCAUUUACCAAAGACGUGCUGCUCCAGCAGUGGUGCUUGUCAUUCACAACAGCUCCAUGCACGCGAAAUUAACCCUUACAUCAAAUUAUUAUAUUACGUAUUGUAUUGAGCUGCUAUGCAGCAGCAGGGUCAGCGGCACCUUUGACACGACUGAUGUUUCUCCUAAGUAGGUGCCUAAACAAUACUUAUAAGUUUAAUUGUGGUGGUGGUGUAUACUUAAGUAUAAGUGUGUUGUAAAUAAAUGAGUAAAUAAAAUAGUUUGUUUCUUUUUCCUCCCUUCUUUCGUAAACAAGAGAUAAGGCAUAAGCGUGGUGUCUGACAUAAGCAUAAUAAAGUUAAUUUGGGGGCUAAACCAAAUUUGGGGGCGCUGGGUGGAUCUUUGCACCCUGGCGGCGUAUAUGCUAAAGACAGCGUUGAUUACGGGAAAUUGCUUUGCAAAGAUUUCUAUGCUAGGCAAAAUUGCAUAUGUAAAUGUGUCUAUUAGGAUAAAUUUGAACUAAAAUGCUGGUGGGUUUUCAGGAGGACUUUUUAAAUUAAAUUGCAAAUUGGUGUGGGAUUGUGGAGAACUGAAUUUAAGACUGGAAAAAAUGAGAAUUGGAGAGAACCUGAAACUGGCAGAUUCUCCCAUCCCUCUUGGUGGCACCUGAAAAUCUCUUUUAGCUGGGCCAGGCUUUUGCCUGCUCCACACCUGAUGUCAUAUAUCUGUGGUUUUCAACCAGUGUGUCAUGGCACCCUGGGGUGCCUUGAAUGAUGGUCAGGGGUGCUGUGGGCAACACUGGCCUCUGUCCCUCCUUCCUUCCCUCCCUCCUCUGAUGCCCUCUCGUGUCUCUGCCUCCCAAAGGCUUGCACAGCUGUUUGUGCAGCAGCCCUGACUGCAAGCUCCCCAGGCGAAUCGUGUAUCUGGGGCUGGUCAGGGGGUGCUGGUUGCCAGGAGCUGAGGUGGCCUCAGAGUAAGCAAGCAAGCAAGCAGGUGAGGGAGCCCAGCCAGCCAGUCUACCAGCCCUUGAUGUUGGGAAUGGACAGACAAGUCCCAGGUCCCUGUGGGGCAGUGUGAGGAGGCAACUCUCUUUGGGGCAGGGAGAGGGCAGCUCAGAGACCAGGGGCAGCAGUGGCGGCUGCCCAGAGGACUUCCAAGGAGAAGGGAGAGGAGACGGAGGGAACACUCCACAAGGGAGGGUGUUCAAAAAAGGGUGAGAGCCUGUCAGUUCUACAGGUGAGGAGUGACAUAAAUGGACUCCUGAGCCCCACAGGGCUGUUGCAGAAAGAAUGUAGUUGGUCAAGGGAGCGUGGACUCAGAAAGGUUGAAAACCUCUGUCAUAUAUGAUGGCAGGUAGGCAUGGCUUGGCCAAUAUGGCCUAUGGCCAAAUGGAGAGGUCUGCUGAACCUAAAUAGGCCUGCGGACCAGAGGUUCCCCACCCUGAUUUGCCCACUUACCUGGGAGUCAGCCCCAUUGUGCUCAAACGGGAUUUACUUCUCAGUAGACGUGUAUGGAAUUGUGCCAUAGAUGUGCUUAACCGUGUCUGCAUCUCCUGGUUCUCAAGGCUAAUGCAGAAUUUAAGUAGCAUAUACAGUUCUCCACCCACCACCACCAUUUGCAGCCAUCUUGUGAGGUGCAUUAGGCUGGGAGGCCCUAGGCCAGCCAAGAAGUUUCAUGAUUGAUUGGGAAUUUGAACCAACCCAGGCUUUCCUGGACAUAGUCCAGCCCUUCAACUGCUAGGCCACACUUAGACAGUCAAGGCCACAUAAUAGCUGGCUCACGUGACCUAUGUGGAGACUUUUUUAUUUUUAAAAAAGCUUUGUUUUUCUUUCCAGGUGAGCCUAACCUCAAUAAGACCCCAGAAGUGACCCCUGAAGAACAGAAGCAGAAGCUGCUCCGCAACUAGAUGAGCUGCAUCCUCAAAUGUUUCUGCUGUUUUGAGAAGCAUAGGUAAUUGUUUUCCUACCUGGUUUUCCCCUUGCGACAGAGCCCUGAGAAUUAAGUUGCCACGGGGUCGCGAAAUGGCUCCAAGUCACAUUACAGGGUUUGCAUCCCAUCACUCUGUUUUCUGUAUCUGGGUGACUGUUUUAUCUGAACAGUUAAAAGAAGAAGCCUCAUAAAGUUGUAAUGGGAUGGAGCGUGUCCAAGAGAAGGAAGUCCGGUUGCAGGAGAGACAUGUAUCUCAAUUGCUUGGGAUCCAAGUAUCCCCAUGAGGCAAGUUAGCGUUGACCGUGGGGGCCAGUUUUGCCAAUGCAGUGGCUCGAAUUAUCAGGAGGAGACAACCGACGACACUGUGUGGAGUUGUUGCCCAUGUGUGCUGAGGCUGGGAGUGAAGAGGGAGAGGUGGCGCUAGGGUACUUUUUUUGGUAUUACAAUUCAUCACUGCAACUUUCACAUUUUCAAAACUUUGGAGAAAAACAGGAAAUAGGGCGCUGUUCGCCUAUCGUGCCCCCUUAGUGGAAGGAUUUCUGCUUCUGCCAUGGGACUUUCUCCCCUCUCUUCCCUCUGUGUGUGCACCUCUCACCCUCCCUGAAUCUGCUCCGCAGGAUUAGUGGAACGCAUGGAACAGAUUUAGGGGGUACACUGGGGGAGGAGAGGUGGGGGGACCACUCUGUUGCACAAGCAGAAAUCCUUCCACUGAUGGAAAGUUCACUCGGUGCUAUGUUGGAUUCUGCACAUAGCCAGUCGUGCUGCCUUUGUUGGAAUGAAGCCACAGAGUUUCCCUUCUGACUCCAGUGUUGCUGCUGCUUACCUGGAUAGGACUGGGACAGGGCACAGUGGUGAUGGUGAGGUUGUUCCCAUGGUACUGCCUUCUUCAGCACCCUGCUUGGCUUAGCUCUGCCCAGGUAAACAGCAUCAAUACUAACCUUGGGAGGGGGACCUCCAUAGCUCCACACACACACACCCUUCACCACACCUGGAAAUAACCCACUGUGCUUUCAUGUCCUUAUUGUUGUAGCAUGUGGCAUACCUUUCAAUUUUUAAAAAUCCACUCUUCAGUCAGUGUGGUGUAGUGGUUAAGAGCGGUAGUCUCGUAAUCUGGGGAACCGGGUUUGCGUCUCCGCUCCUCCACAUGCAGCUGCUGGGUGACCUUGGGCUAGUCACACUUCUUUGAAGUCUCUCAGCCCCACUCACCUCACAGAGUGUUUGUUGUGGGGGAGGGAGGGAAAGGAGAAUGUUAGCCGCUUUGAGACUCCUGAAGGGGAGUGAAAGGCGAGAUAUCAAAUCCAAACUCUUCUUCAUCAUCAUCAAGCAGGUGCUACUUAAUGACACUGGGAGAAUCAGCAUCCUUCAGUGUGUAGUCCAUUCUCCUUUGUAACCUUCAAAAUGUUCAGUUUCAUUACUCCACAGUUAAAUGCCUUGAGUUUCGCACAACAGCAAAUCUCAGCCUCCUCCCUCCUCCAUUUCUGUUUACAGGAUGAACAGUGCAGCACUAAGACAUCUCCAUUCCCCACGAGGCUGUUACCUUCUGUGCCAAAUCAUCCUUGGACCAUCCUAUCUAUAG